CUGUUGGAGCGUGUCGGGGUCGCGCACGGAGCGGCGGGGUCGCGCACAGGGAGGCGGACGUUCACGCAGACACAGCCGGCUGGCCGGGCGGGAGCGGGAUCUAUCGGUCGGUGUACCGGGAGUGCGGGAGCCGCAUGGCAGCCUGGGAGAGACGGUGAGCUCGCCACAUGUACUAACACUGCGAUAACAGCUCGCUCCCAGCCUGCAGGACUACAACUCCCAGCAUGCUCUGCCACCAGCAAGCCUGGCCGGGCAUCAUGGGAGUUAUAGUCCUACAGCAGCCAGGGAGAUCAAACUAUCAGUCAGAAACCUCAAAUCUAAUCAAUGUAAUACUGUGUGUAAUAUGGUGUGUAAUAUGGCUAUACGGUGUGUAAUACGGUGUGUAAUAUGGAUAUACGGUGUGUAAUACGGUGUGUAAUAUGGAUAUACGGUGUGUAAUACGGUGUGUAAUAUGGCUAUACGGUGUGUAAUAUGGCUAUACGGUGUGUAAUACGGUGUGUAAUAUGGCUAUACGGUGUGUAAUACGGUGUGUAAUAUGGAUAUACGGUGUGUAAUACGGUGUGUAAUAUGGAUAUACGGUGUGUAAUAUGGCUAUACGGUGUGUAAUACGGUGUGUAAUAUGGCUAUACGGUGUGUAAUAUGGAUAUACGGUGUGUAAUAUGGAUAUACGGUGUGUAAUAUGGAUAUACGGUGUGUAAUAUGGAUAUACGGUGUGUAAUAUGGCUAUACGGUGUGUAAUAUGGCUAUACGGUGUGUAAUACGGUGUGUAAUAUGGAUAUACGGUGUGUAAUAUGGAUACACGGUGUGUAAUAUGGAUAUACCAUGUGUAAUAUGGCUAUACGGUGUGUAAUACGGUGUGUAAUAUGGAUACACGGUGUGUAAUAUGGAUACACGGUGUGUAAUAUGGAUACACGGUGUGUAAUAUGGAUAUACAUGGGAGUUAUAGUCGUACAGCACCCCGGGAGAUCAAACUAUCAAUCAGAAACCUCAAAUCUAAUCAAUGUACCUGUGUGUAAUACGGUGUGUAAUACUGUGUGUAAUAUGGUGUGUAAUAUGGCUAUACCGUGUGUAAUAUGGAUAUACAGUGUAUAAUACGGUGUGUAAUAUGGCUAUACCGUGUGUAAUACAGUGUGUAAUAUGGAUAUACAGUGUAUAAUACAGUGUGUAAUAUGGCUAUACCGUGUGUAAUAUGGCUAUACCGUGUGUAAUAUGGCUAUACCGUGUGUAAUAUGGCUAUACCGUGUGUAAUAUGGCUAUACCGUGUGUAAUAUGGCUAUACGGUGUGUAAUAUAAUAUGGAUAUACGGUGUGUAAUACUGUGUGUAAUAUGGAUAUACGGUGUGUAAUACUGUGUGUAAUAUGGAUAUACGGUGUGUAAUAUGGAUAUACGGUGUGUAAUAUGGAUAUACGGUGUGUAAUAUGGAUAUACGGUGUGUAAUACGGUGUGUAAUAUGGAUAUACGGUGUGUAAUACGGUGUGUAAUAUGGAUAUACGGUGUGUAAUAUGGAUAUACGGUGUGUAAUAUGGAUAUACGGUGUGUAAUAUGGAUAUACGGUGUGUAAUACGGUGUGUAAUACGGAUAUACUGUGUGUAAUACGGUGUGUAAUACGGUGUGUAAUACGGAUAUACUGUGUGUAAUACGGUGUGUAAUACAGUGUGUAAUACGGAUAUACCGUGUGUAAUACGGUGUGUAAUAUGGCUAUACGGUGUGUAAUAUGGCUAUACGGUGUGUAAUAUGGAUAUACAUGGGAGUUAUAGUCCUACAGCACCCUGGGAGAUCAAACUAUCAAUCAGAAACCUCAAAUCUAAUCAAUGUACCUGUGUGUAAUACUGUGUGUAAUACGGUGUGUAAUAUGGUGUGUAAUAUGGCUAUACCGUGUGUAAUACAGUGUGUAAUAUGGAUAUACAGUGUAUAAUACGGUGUGUAAUAUGGCUAUACCGUGUGUAAUAUGGCUAUACCGUGUGUAAUACAGGGUGUAAUAUGGCUAUACGGUGUGUAAUAUGGCUAUACGGUGUGUAAUCUAUACGGUGUGUAAUAUGGCUAUACGGUGUAUAAUACGGUGUGUAAUAUGGAUAUACGGUGUGUAAUAUGGAUAUACGGUGUGUAAUAUGGAUAUACGGUGUGUAAUAUGGAUAUACGGUGUGUAAUAUGGAUAUACGGUGUGUAAUAUGGAUAUACGGUGUGUAAUAUGGAUAUACGGUGUGUAAUAUGGAUAUACGGUGUGUAAUAUGGAUAUACGGUGUGUAAUACGGAUAUACGGUGUGUAAUAUGGAUAUACCGUGUGUAAUAUGGAUAUACAUGGGAGUUAUAGUCCUACAGCAGCCAGGGAGAUCAAACUAUCAAUCAGAAACCUCAAAUCUAAUCAAUGUACCUGUGUGUAAUACGGUGUGUAAUAUGGCUAUACCGUGUGUAAUACAGUGUGUAAUAUGGCUAUACCGUGUGUAAUACAGUGUGUAAUAUGGCUAUACCGUGUGUAAUACAGUGUGUAAUAUGGCUAUACAGUGUGUAAUACAGUGUGUAAUAUGGAUAUACAGUGUAUAAUACAGUGUGUAAUAUGGAUAUACAGUGUAUAAUACAGUGUGUAAUAUGGAUAUACAGUGUAUAAUACAGUGUGUAAUAUGGAUAUACAGUGUAUAAUACAGUGUGUAAUAUGGCUAUACGGUGUGUAAUAUGGCUAUACCGUGUGUAAUACAGUGUGUAAUAUGGAUAUACGGUGUGUAAUAUGGCUAUACCGUGUGUAAUACAGUGUGUAAUAUGGAUAUACGGUGUAUAAUAUGGCUAUACCGUGUGUAAUACAGUGUGUAAUAUGGAUAUACAGUGUAUAAUACGGUGUGUAAUAUGGCUAUACGGUGUGUAAUACAGUGUGUAAUAUGGCUAUACGGUGUGUAAUAUGGCUAUACCGUGUGUAAUACAGUGUGUAAUAUGGCUGUACCGUGUGUAAUAUGGCUGUACCGUGUGUAAUAUGGCUAUACGGUGUGUAAUAUGGAUAUACAGUGUAUAAUACGGUGUGUAAUAUGGAUAUACGGUGUGUAAUAUGGAUAUACGGUGUGUAAUACGGUGUGUAAUAUGGAUACACGGUGUGUAAUAUGGAUACACGGUGUGUAAUAUGGAUACACGGUGUGUAAUACGGUGUGUAUUAUGUAUACAGGGUGUAUAAUAGGCUGUGAUAUUCUAUAUUGGUGAAUUGUUCUAUAUAUGGAUACAUGCUGUAGGUACAUUAUUGUGGCUGAGAUUUGUCUCCCCUGCUGCUGUUGGUAAAUCACACCAGGUUAUACUGUGCUCCUUGUGUAGGCCUGGCCUGUCUGUUCACUAAAUAUCAUUACUUAAAGCAUUAAUCAUCUCCCCACCAUGGAGAAAUGUUGGAGAGAGUCGGCACCAAACUUACUGUGAGCAUUGUAUUCCCUGAGAGCUGCUUUAUGUUCUAUACAUGGAACACAGUCUAUGGGAGAAUUAGCUCUGUGUUCCCCUGGGGGUACCUAUAAUCAAUACAUCAUGCAUGGCAGCAAUAGGGAAAUAGAGCCCAGCACUAUGCACGUCUAUAGCUGGCUCCGAUGGACUCUAUUAACCUGCUCUGCAAACUAUUCAAAUGACAUUAUUUGUUCUUAAAUGGUUGACUUGUGUGCUUUUUUAUUUGUGUUUGAUUUUAAUUUGCCUUUCAUUGUUUUUAUUUGUAAUAUUCUUUUUAUCCUUGCCGUUCUUUACAUUGUACUUUUUUUUUUUUUAUUGUGUAUUUUGUUGGCCCUGGGGUUAGUUUUGUCUUACUUUGAGACAUUAUGUAGUGUCUACAGCUACACCUGUGUUUUUGUUUUGGUCAAAGACAUAACUAUUUGUUAAAUCUAUCUACCCAAACGUGCUGUGCAAUGUGGGUGAAAUCUGCCAUUUCCUUUCGGUAUGUUUUGAAUUUUAUGCGUGUGUUCACCUACUUUGAGUAAGAUUUUGAACAAAUGUCUUUUUGCGUGAAAACGUAUGUAGUGUGCAAGAACUGUGUGAGCGAUGUGGAAUUUGCCAAUGACAAAUGAAAACACUGAUAUAUAACACACGUUUAAUAAGACCGUAUGCAUCUUUAUAUCAGCUGCCUGGUAAUUUGGGACUGUUCAUUUUCUCAACCUGUCAAAAAAUCUCUUUAUUUAACACUGAUCGAAUAUUAUUGUUGCAUUUCCACACCAAGCUGUGUGUAUAACUUUUCUUACAUUUGGGGUAAAAUGUGUUCCAAGCGAUAUGUUGCUUACAAAAUUGUUUCUAUUUACAAGUUGUCCUAUGAUGCAUUAUCCAAUCAAUACACAUCACGAAUCUCCACAUUGUGACUUUAAAUAACGCCCCUUAUUAUAGGUUCUUAAACCCCAACCAAAGCCAUGUUGCUUUUUCGGGGAUUUUUAUAAUAUUGAAAAUGCAAAAAUAGGUAAGUUGGGAAUUUUUUAUUUUAUUUUUUCUUCCAAUUUUGCUUAUUUUUGCCUACAAUUGCAAAUCCAUUUUCAGUUGUUAAAAUUCAUUGCUUAGUUAAGAAAUGGCAAUAAAUACUGAUCCCAUCAUUGGAUUGCUUUAUAAUCUCCGUGAUAUUCCCAGCGUACACCGGGCAGGAAAAACAGAAUGUGCAUGAUUGUUUUUAAAUUUAGAUUAUAAUACAGUAAGAGAGACCACAGGCACACCAGGACAUAGCAUUAGGAGGCUAAUAUAUCGAUUCCCUGAAGCCACUGUCCCAUAAAAAUGUUGACUGAUGGGGUAGAAAACCACAUGUAUAGAUUACGUGGAAUUUCCAGGAUUCCAAUGAUUAACACUACAUUUUAUUUUUAUUUUUCUUGACCUCGUGUUCUUUUGUGUCUAUAAUAUAUAUAAUUGGACUUCAUAUUUAGCUUUUUUUAUUGCCUUUAUAAUAGAUUUUCUGUUGUCUAUAAACCUAGCUUAUUGUAGACUAUGUAAUGUGUAAUAGAUUCACCUUUCCAUUUUAUAGUUUAUGUAAUUCUAUGUAAAAGCCUAGCUUAUUUUGGCCUGUAUACGUACAAUCGUUAGUUCAGUUUGUUUACCUCUUUCUCUCACUGUAAUAGUAUCUCUAUGCUUAGCUCACUAUAGCUUAUGUAAAAUGCAUUAUGUUUAUAUUGCUGUAAAAUUAAUCAAUUCCCUGUACAUGAAGUGUGCCGUCUAUUUUACUAAACCCCAUGUCAUACGGCCAGGUGACUUUUUCAAAAUGUAGCCGCUACAAUGAUGGUCCAUUAAAUCCACAGUUUUGUUUUCAUCUAUUUUGGCCCAGAAUAUUUUGAAGUUUGGUUGUCUGGUAAACCUAGUUUAAUUGUUUUAUAUUUUUGAGGGGGGCACUUUUUGGAUGCUGGCGUACCGUAUAUUAUGACCCUUUCAGGACAAAAAUAUAUUGAUCUCAAAUACAAAAAAAAAGUCCUGCGCUCAAACUCCCAUUACUCCUGGGCGGAGUGUAUUUGUAUUCACUUCUGUAUCUCACAGCUAUGUUAUAAUGCUGCUGCCCAUCCCAUGUGUUCCCUGUUAAGGGUUAUUAAGCAUGUAGGGGUUUACAUAAAAAAAAAAUACCCCUUUCUGUCUCAUUAGAGAUAUCUUUGCCAGAAGCUCAAGGAAGCAAGGUGAAUGGUUAGUUAGGACCCACCUAAGAGGUCUGCCUUGACGUGGCAGGUGGGCAUACCCUCUCACGGCCAUUGGAGGUAACAAAAAACUAAAUUUAUUUAAAUAUACAUAGGGAUUUGGGAAAGAGCGCAGGUUUUUUUUUUUUUUUCCUUUGGUUUUUACUGUAUAUAUUGAUCUCAGUCAGGACAUGAGUGAACGAUUAUUUGCCAUUCCCAAAAUGAUAGAGGAAAGUUUGAAGGAUGGUAUGGCAACGUUGGUCUGGAUCCAAUUUUGUCCCUCUGGCUACCAUAACUGGCUUGUAACGCUGGUAUAUCACGGACUGUGUGCCAGUGAUACACACUGCUUCUAUCAUUCUGACAUCAUUCCUGUGUGGAAUUAUCAGUGGGAAACUAAAACCACUGUUUGCAUAUCUCUCUAUACCAAUAGAUAUCUGCACUGCCUCCCGUUUAUUCAUAUUGCUAUUUAUAGGGUGUCAAAUCAAACCCCGUAUGGCCCGAAACUGGCUCAAAUCAUGCCGUCUGUCACUUGUCACACAUUUUCACUUUCAUCCAGUGCAAGUUAUUACCGAUGGGGAACUAGAUUUUUUUUUUUUUUCCUGUCUUUCCUACAUGGUCGUAUAAUAGACCACAGGACACUUUCACUUGCAGACUAUUGCUCUGUAGAAAACCACAAGACUAUUUGGUUAUCACUGACACGAGGAACCCCCAACUGAGAAUGAAACCUUGUAGAGUUUCAACAUUGUGUUAUUUAGGAAGAACUUCCUCAAUUUUAGUACAGUAUAAUAUCUGUGGUUGUGUAGUCUUAUUUAUUUGAAUUCUCUAUCAUUUCUUUUUAAACUAGGUAACACUGCUCUGCUUGUUUAAAGCACUGUUGGAGAAUAAGCUGCGCAUGCAUGAGAAUGGAAUUUCUGUUAGAUUCCCUAGUGUGUGCACACCAGGUAUUGUACUGCGCUACGGAAUUUGCUGGCGCUAUAUAAAAAAAAUAAUGUCCUGGAGUGGAAGUCGCCACAACCAGGAAGUGUAGGGGUGUUCAGUUUUUUUUAAAUGACCUCCCCUGCAUUAUCCACCCCAGUACACCCUGUAAUAAAGGGGCCGUGCCUCUCUGGAAGUGACAGCUUCUUUUUAAUCAUGAAUUGAGCAGCAUUGGUGCUUAAAUUGCAUGUUUUUAGGAAACCCCAACACAGCUGGAAAUUUAGAAGUUUUAUUUAUUAUUAUUAUUAUUAUUAUAUUCCCUUUUCCAUUCUCCCAUAUCUUUUAUCCUUGGUUAUCUCCAGCUCCCCAUUUUCUUUUUUUAAAGAUUCCGUUUUAGGUUUAAUUGUCCAUUCCUUCCUUUUGCUUAAAUGUCGCUGACCCAGCCACCAGCCAUACCUCCUAUAUCCGUCUCCUUUACUCCAUUUCUGUACCCGAUCUCCUUCGUAUCGGUGCAGGUCCAGCUCCUCCCGUUAUUCCAUCCCCUUGUAUCUGCAGUGUCACUGGUGGUCCCUGCUUUCUAUCUAGUUAAGCCACUAUAUGAGCUUUAUAUACCAUCGUACACCGCUACAGAGUUUGCUGGCGCAAUAUAAAUAGUAAAAUAAUAUAUGUUCUAAUAUUAAUACUGGGGGUGGUGAUGAUACCACGUGCCAUUAAAUGGACACUGUAGGCCCUGUACCUUCUUUAUCUCAUUGAAGUGGUUAUAGUGUCUAGAGUCUCCUGGUGCUGUCCUUACAUUCAGCGUUUAAACAGUUUGUAAUGUUUUAAUUCUAACCGAGAAUCCCCAGCAUGCCAUUCUCUCUGUGCUGCUGGAUUAAUGAGGAAGCAUUAGCCCGAGCAGCAAAUGGCGGCUGUGAUUGGCUAAGAGUGUCAGGUGACUGCUUUCAGCCAAUCACAAGGCCCAUUGUCGGUAUGAAUGGGUACGGCUUUAAGGAAGUGUGUAAUCUCUACCUUAGUAGCCCCUCUAGUAGGAUUGUGGCCAGGGACUUUUAUUUAGUGGCACUAUGCCAGGAGUGGGCAACCUUCGGCACUCCAGGUUUUGUGCAUGACAUCUCUCAUAAUGCUCUUACACCCAUAAUGCUGGCAAAGCAUCAAGGGAGAUGUAGUCCACAACAUCUGGAGUGCCGAAGGUUGCCUUCCCCCUGCACUAUAUUGUCAUGUCGCCUACACUGUCUCUUUAAGCAUUUUAGCAUGCCGUGUGCUCCCAGACUGAUAGGCUGACCCUGAGCACCACCUCAGAGAGCAGGAAAUGGCUUCUGUGGAUUAGAAGCCGGGAUCUGCUCUAUCUCCUAUAUUUUGCUAUGGAAGGAUGUGCAUGUAUUCUGAUAAGGAUUGAUGGGGGCAGGGGAAUGGGGCUAAGGUGUUACAAAAAUGCAGAGCAGCUCCCAGCCUUUUUCCAUGAAGUAAAACCUUGUUGAUAUUUCACACCCAACACGCACCCCGGGGCCAUUCUAGGCACGCUGCGCAAUGCACUUUUAGUUUUGUUCGCCUGAUGCCUCAUUCUGGAUUGCUAACAUUUUAUUUCUCAUUCCUGAGUAAGCAGGAAAGGGCUUAACGUGACAAAAAUAUCUCCUGACGGCAAAGACAGUGUAACGAAACAUGUACGGCUGCAACACUUUCCUUUUCCCACUGUUCUUCGGGUUUAACUCCGUUUCAGGUGUUCACCAGCGUGUGACUUGUAAUCUUUCUGUAGCAGAAUUGUUGGGAAUUCAAAGUAAAUUUUACAUUUUAUAAACCUGUCACAUUGUCACUGUCCCAGGGUUAUUCACUAUGGUGAGAACUUGGCAAAUGCUUUCAGUUUCAUUACUUAAAUGUUAAAUUCACUUUGAAUUCUCACUCUAGUAAAUAACCCUGUUAGGUUCUUUGUGCUGUUGGGCAGCUCAUGAAAAGCUGUGACCAGCAACUCCAAACAUUCCAUGGCUUUAAUAACAUCCAGAUCAGUUUGGACACUAUAGUCCGUUUAGUGUAGUGGUUUUAGUGUCUAAAGCCAGUCCCUUUCAGAGAAAAGGCAGUGUGUUUAUAUUGCAGACCACUAACCCUUUUAGUUGCAGUCACUCAGACGGCCACUAGAGGUGCUUUCUGUGUCAGUACUGUAUCAUACAUUCAAUUUAUCUCUAUGAGGAGAGGCUGAUUGGCGUAGCGUUUUGCCACGCAUGCACAAUAGCCUCCCAAGAUUGACAAUCUCUGUCAUAAAGGCAGGACUAUCUUUGGUAGGACCAGUGUAUUGUGGGAAAAAAGUGUUAGAAACUCCUUUCCUAAGCGAUCUAAAAGAGGGGGGGGGGGUGGAUGCAGGGGACCUAAAGAGUUGGUUAAAUACCUGUAUUCCUGAAACUAUAGUUUGUUCUGCUUGUCUAUUUGUUUUUAUUAGAUUACACUAUACUGCAUAGCAUUUACAAGUUAACAUAUAACUCUUCAUAACAGCCUUUUAAAAAUAAAAUGCAUUAUUAACUUGUUUGUAGGCUGCAGGAGGUAAAUUUAGUCUCUUUAAAUUUCAUCCUUUAUUUAAACUCAUCCAAUCCUGAAGCACAUGAAUGCUGCAUACUACAGAGCAGCUCUCUUUAUUUGCACCAAUCUGCGUGUAGACGUGAUGUAUGUGGUGGAUCUGGCUCCGAUAUAUCCAAAGAAACCGUGACCUUUUUGCUCUGGACGUUACCUGAUGAUCAAAAUAGAUGAAUUCUCAGAAUUAAUUACUCAAAUUGGUUAAAUUGUCAACUUGGCUAUCUUGGGCUAAUUAUUACAAUUUGUGUUUAUAUCGUUCAUUUGCCAUAGUUUGCACAUUUGUCCAGAAGUUGCUAUAGAGUCGAAAAGCCAGAUUCUUGUUCAGAGAUAAGUUUAUCUUGGAUAAUUAAAUAGUAAUUUACCUAUUGUAUUCUAUGGGAAAAUUGCUUUUUAAUUUCGAAAGAUUAACUUAUCUCUGAUCACCGAAUCCAGUCCUGUCAGUGACUGGUAAAAAAAAAAAAAAGGCAGUAAUUAUACGCUUCUUUCAUGGAUUCUGUGUGACAUAACGACAGAUUCUGCCUGUGCCGUAGACAUGCAAUGACCGAUUUAUUAUGGACUGUAGAGGUUACUUGGGGAAUAAAUGAAUUGGGGGGGGCGAUUACAUCUUUUUAGGUUUUAAGAUCUACUCUUGUAGAAUUCCUGCUUUUGAACAGUUGCCUGCUAUUUGGGGUCCAUGGUGCUUUCUAGGGGCAUUGCAUGUAAAGUGUUACCCUAAGACUUUUUGUUUUGCUCAAGCAUUCAUGGCAUGCUCUGGGGGUUCGUUUACAAACCAAGGCAAGUCAGUAGUGCAAAACUGUAACUUUAAUAUUACCAGUGCAGUUGCAGAGAGGUCCAAUACAGUUUGGCUGUAGCAGUUAUGGUGAUUUUUUUUUUUUGUGUGAUUGGUCUCCAAGCCAUAGGUUUACAGAGAAUCUGUAAUUUACUAAAAAAGUUGAUUAAUGCACCUUUGUGGUGGUGUUGACCCAGUAUAUACUGUACUGGUAUAUUUUUCAGCAAAUAGUUAUAAAAGAUAUUUUUACCCACAAAUCACGAACUCUGCUUCAAGGUUUCAUCCCGGGUUGCUUGGGGCAGUUAAAAGCACAACUUCCCCAACCCCACGGGACACGUAUGUUAUUCCACGAUUCGUGACACUAGGCGUCCCAAGUUAGAACUUUUAUAGUAUUCCUGUAGCUAUUGGGGACGUCUCAUCUAGAUAUUUCCGUACACACUUUUCCUCUGGCAGGGGACCUUACAAACUGCUCACUUUUUGUUAAGAGUGCUUAAUCAUGUGUCCUAAAACUGAUAUUAUGGCUAAUACUGUGUUUUAAACUAAAACAAUGAUUUAGUAUUAUGGUGAAAUUAGGGGAGAUGUCUGAAGGCAAAACCAGUUUGGUUUUGUGCCAAAGGGACUCUAUAGGCACUCAAGCCAUUUUAUUUUAAUGAAGUGGUCUGGGUGCCAACACCUCCCCUCCACCCCCCAUUUUAACCCUGUAAUCUGAUUUGCACAGUGCCACAUUGUGCCACGCAUGCUCACUGGCCUCACAAUGCUUUCCUAUGGAAAAGCAUUGGAUUGUCGGAGAUCGAAAUCAGCAAGUAAGACCUGCAGGUGGGAUUUUGGGAAAUCAGUGGCCGACAGGGCACUAUCGAGUUUUUGGAAUUCACGUAUGUAUUUCCAAUGCUUUUGUGUUGCUUUUAAAUGUUAAAGAACAUUCCAUUGGUUUCCAUGGUGAUUGCACUUAAUUUAGUAAUUUUGGCUUUGCGUGUUUACAAAUAUCUGGGAUGUCAGCGUGAGCCGUGAAUAGUAUAUGGAUGCUUGGCCUACAGAGCAGGUACCCCCUCAAUCAUUUGAGCGUAAAUGUUAUUUUUGGUAUAUAAGAUUGUGUGCAGCCCAUUCAUAGAAUGAGCAAGAAAGUCAGUGCUUACACAUCACUUACGCAACACUUUUUUAAUCUUCUAAAACCAGACUUCCAACAGUUAAAAUCCAGUAUGGCCGCCAUGACAACCAGAACAAUCUACUUGAUUGGAAAAAGAUUGAUCCUCUUGUAAAGCACCCUCCACUGGAAACAUGCGUUUGGCAUGCAUUAACAAAACGGCAGGUUAUUUUUUCAUUUAAAUUUUUUUUUUUUUUAACCACAAGCUAUUUUGCUGAUUAAACGCUGUAGCGUUUAGAAGUUUGGCUCGUUAAUGCGGCCACCAGCAAUGUUAUGUGAGAAGAACUGGCCUGCUCAGUGAAGUUAAAAUUAGCACCAAUCUAUGCUCCCUGCAGGAUAAAUUACGCCCCUGACGUUUGUCAGCUGGUGAUAUCUCUGCAAAUCUAAAUCCUUCAUUCCACUGGAUGUUAUUCUACGCACAGCCCAUUAGCAGUUUAGCGCAGAUAUAACAUGUUGCGUUUCGUCCUCUGUAUUCCAAGAUCUAAGAAGAUCUAUAGCAUUAACCUUUCAGUGCAGUACAGAGUCAGAAUACUGGCUACUAUUGAAAUAAAACAUUAUUCAGGGGCAUGUCAUAAAAAACGAAAUCUGUCCCUGUGUUUAACUUUUACUUGGUUUAGAGCCACAGCUCAUUGCUAGAGUCAGUGGCCUUUUUUUUUUUUUUUGUAAGCGACGAUGCCAUAAUGAUUUUAAUCACUCUAUUAUAUGGUGGUUCCCACUCCCCCCCUGCAAUUUGCACCAUUUUAAUGUUUUCUUUAGCAAUGGCUAGUUUUUAAAGCUCAUUAAAACCUCCCUGCCCCCCACCCCCAUUCUGUUUUUCUGUCUCCUAGUUUGCAGUGUUUAUACAGAUGUUAAUGAGUCGGGGGUGGGUGCUAAUUGCAGACACCAUUUGGUCUGCCGCCUUGGCAGCAUUGUCCCAGACAGCUAGAAAUCCCACAUGUUGUUGGGAGGUCCAUGAAUAGUGAUGACCGGCAGUAUGAGGGAUGUUUAAAUCCUGCCAGAGGAAGUAAAAUCAUAUUGGGGUACUUUAGGGAACUGAAUUGGUAAUUUUUUUAAUUCUUCUGGCACAGUGUUAACGUAACUUAGUACUGGGUAUUAUUAUUUAUGCACCUCCCCGCAGUCUGUGGAUAUUGCCAGUAGCCGUCAUCCUCUGUUCGAUACAUAAUGAGGAAGUUUCACUGUUCAGGUAAAUAGGAUCAGUCUGUGCCCACUCACCACUGACGUUCAUUGCGCCAAUAAAUUGAUUUAGAUCUAUAGAGUUAAUGGCUGCUUAUGUCAGAAUACUACUAUAUGUAGCGAUAUUUAGGAAUUAGGAAGUGGAUCCUCUGUCAGCACUGAAAAUGUCCAUGUGCAUUCUUGAAAAUGGCGAGUGGUAAUAGAGACUUGGCAUGAAAACGCUCGAUUACCUGGCACUGUGCGGCUGCUUGGUAGGAGGCAGACCAAACCCCUGAUCCCAACUCAACAUUUUCUUCCAGUGAGAAGUGCAGCUGCAUAGACACCAGACUGUUUAUUACAUCCGUCAUGUAUUACCGCGGCGUUAAGUGACUGGAGCUGUGACGUUAGCGCUGCUUGACUUUAAUCUGCACUCAGUUCAGUGUGACUUACACUAGGAACCAGGGAUGGGACCCUCGUCCGCUGGGAGAGGGGCUCAUAUGACCCCACCACCAAAAAAUAGUAUAGAAGAAACUGUACUGUCAUAGUAAGGUGGCCGGGGACAUUUUUAUAAAAGUCUGUGACUUAUCACUGAACCAUUCCUCCAGGUACUACUUACCAGUCCUCUUGAUGUCACUUGGCCAUUUGCAAGAUGUGGACCAGUGACAUGAGGCGGGAAAGGGCAUUCAGUAACCCUUUACACACACCGACACUAACCAUCACACACGCACACCGACACUCCUACAUUCGCACCCAUAGGACGUCCAGAAGUAUGAAAAGCAUAAGAUAUUUUAAUAUCUAAACCUUGCUUGAUAUGACAUCCCGAGCACUAAAGUUGGGCUUUGUGUGCUGCGAAUACUCUCCGCACAAAAACAAAACCUUUUUAAAUGAUGGUUCGACACAAUUGGGUUUAUUUGCUAAGCUGCAGUUGUGGGCUAUUGCAGGACAAAUGGCUGAGCUAGGAGAAAAUCAGAGUAAGCUAGAUUUAUAACUUGGCUGUUUUUAAUCCCAAACUUUAGGGGUUUCCUAGCUUUUGAUGAAUAAACCCCACGUAUGAUCAGAUGGAUGUCGCUAUGUUAACAAUGUUUAGCACAUGUAUAGACGGUGCAAGGACUAUCCCUUUAAAUAAGCACUCUUUGCUUACCAGGGGAAAGUGGGAAAAGUAAAUCUCCCUCUGGUCUGUGACGGUAAACGUUAGACUGUGUCUGCGCGGUAUUCUUAGCUUCCUUCCAGAGAAAUGUGUUUCCAAUUUGUUGUAUGUUUGGUCCCAGGAGCCUUUCAGAGAUGGCUUGAAAUUAUAAAGAAUGCAAAAGGUUAGAAUGCAGAUGGAGCUACAAAGAAAACCGUUUAAUAGUAGUUAGGGGCAAGUAGUUGGAAUUGGGAUUUAUUACAAAAUAAUACGUUUUUGUGUAAUUGCCCUUUAAACCGAUACCUUUUAGACUGUGCUGUUUUUUCUGCUGACAUUUUUGUCGAAAGGGUCAAUCUCAGCAAGAUUUCAUCACUGUACAGAAUUUGGGAUAUAGUUACUGUUCCCCGUCUGAUAACUGUUGAGAUUUGGAAAAAUCACUGCAUCUGUGAGCAGAAUUUGUAUUUUCUCCUUUGACGUCCAAGAUUUGUAGAACUUGUCUUUGUGGCACGUACAGGAUCAGAGAGCAGAGCCGCGAUCACCUGUGUCAGGUUUAAAUAAAAUAAAAAAAUGUAUUCUUAAUUUGACUUUUAGCUUCUUUUUCUUAUUAGUUAUGUGAUACAUUUAAAAAAAAAAAAAAAAUGAAAUUAAAAAAACAUCCACGAAAUGGUGCAGAUCCUGCCCCCACAGCUUCCUAUGGCGUUUUAUUAAAUCCGUGUAUUCAUUAUAAAUCUAGAACCACGUUAUAAGGAGGAAUAAUACUUCAUAUAAAUGCAGUUAAAAAAACACAAUAAAACUGUCCUCUUAAGAUCAAAUAUUUCUAAAUUAAAAGUUAAAUGCAUAAAACCAGUAUAAAUAAAGUCCUAUAUAUGUCAAGUCCUUUAGAAUAAAAAUAACGUGUUUUCAUUGUCUCAUACGAGUGCUCACAUAAAGUUACCGAAAAAGAAGAGGGGGGAGAGAGAGAAAACAAAUGAUGGUGUUGGAUUGUUAAAAACUUUGAGACAUUUAUUAAAAUAGACGUAAAAGAAAUGAAAAAUGGACUGUCAAGUUUAAGUGCGAGAUUUCCAGCAUAUCCAGUAAUGCAUCAUACAAUGGCUCAGAAACUCUGUUUCUCCUUGUACUGGACUCAAUAGCAGGAGGAGAAGAUACCCAUCUGGUGCCGGUCCAUUCCCUGGCUGCACUCUCCUGGCAAAGUCCAGUGUAGUGGAAUGCUGUGUUUUUGGUUCUGGUGAGGUUAAAGGAACACUGUAGUGUCACGAAUACAAACAUAUAUUCCUGACACUAUAGAUGUAAUAAUAUUUAGCCCCCGGCCCCCUCUCCUGCUUUUAAUGUGAGUCUAUUAACCUUUAUCCCAGCGCCGCGCCGGUCUCCAUACUUGAAGAUCGAAGCCAAUCCUAAAGGAAAGCAUUGGGAGGCUAUUGCGCAUGCGCUGAAAAAAGCUGUGCUGCGCCAAUCAGCAUGUCCUCAUAGAGAUGCAUUGAAUCAAUGCAUCUCUUUGGGGAGCGUUCAGCAUCUCUAUACAGCGCGUGGAGACGCUGCACACUGUGAUACUUUAAAUGUAAGUACUGCCUUCUCUCUGAAACAGGCUAUAUACACCAGAACAACAUUAAGCUGUAGUUGUUUUGGUGACUAGUGUCUCUUUAAAGGGAAACUAUAGUGCUAGGAGAACAACGUUGUUUUCCCGGCACUGUAGCUCCCUACAGUGCCCUCUGCCUCCACAUGGUGCAGAAGGGUAUAAAACCCCUUCUGUCACUUACCUUAGUCCAGCGCCGAUGUCGCUCAGUGCUUGGUUCCGCCUCUGCUCCUUGGUGGGGGAGACCUAAUGCGCAUGUGCGGCAAUGGUCACACUCAAAUUAGGAUUCAUUAGGAUUUCCCCAUAGGAAAGCAUUAUGUAAUGCUUACCUAUGGGGAUUCAGGUGACGCUGGACAUCCAGCUUCAGUUAAGCAAUUAAAAGUGUCCUGGGACCUGGGAAUAUGCACCCAGACCACUUCAAUGAGCUGAAUUGGUCUGGGUGCCUUUAAAGUCUUUGCCAAAUGCAUUUCGCCCCUAGUGGAUGACUUUCACACUGCAUUGUGUGUAUGUAAUAUGUUUGUGUAUGUAUAUGUGUAUAUGUAUGUAUGUAUAUAUAUAUAUAUAUAUAUAUAUAUAUAUAUAUAUAUAUAUAUAUAUAUAUAUAUAUAUAUAUAUAUAUAUAUAUGUGUGUGUAUAUAUAUAUAUAUAUAUAUAUAUAUGUAUAUAAUGUGUGUGUAUAGGGGUAUAUAUAUAAUUUUAUUUUUUUGCGCUCCCUGUUCUAUUCAUUAUAUUUGGUGCAUGUGUGAACAAAGCUUUAUAAACUUCUCUUGAAAGAAGAGUGGGGAUAAGAAAAGCUCCUGUAUGAAUAGAAGAUCGAUUGACUUCCAGCAGUUUGCGUUCAAUUCUGUUCUAUAGCGCCAGCAUACUCUGCGCUGUGCAAUUGUCGAAAAGGGAUAUUAAGAGUUUUUUGUUAAGAUUUCGGCUAAAACAAGCUCUGUCUCACAUGUCGGUGGCUCUUCCCGGCAGCUUCAUUUCACAUGCUGUGUACAGGGAGAAAAUGCUCUCACGAUACAGUAAUUCUGUCCAAUGACAUUUCCUAAAUCUACUUUAAUGAUGAUGGCGGUAAUAAUGUGCUGGGCCGCACAAUUCUCAGGAGUCUAAUUGCCAUGGCUCCUGAAAUCUUAUUGCUGGUGUAUCCAUUUUGAUCAGCAUUUUAUCGAUCGCUCUGUCCCUGCGUGACUUCUAAAAAAAAAGACAAGCUGUCAUCCGAUCUCGUCCAGCUGUUUUACAGUAUUUUACUCGAUAUAACUUUAUCCUGCCAUGAUAAUGCGCGAGUUGUUUGCAUGAGCAGGGCUCUGGGUAACCGUGGCUUUCUGACAUAUCUAUAGUGUGAAAACAUUGGGCUUUAAUAUGGGAGACUGUCUCGCUUUGUGGAUUCCAGGCUGAUAAAACCGUGAUAAACACUAGAGAAAACAUGUUUUAUAACCAACACAAAGAUGAGUUUCUGCAGAUUUUAGGAAGUCCUGUGAUACCAACAAAAUUUCAUUGAACAAGGUGCACAGUCGCUAGUCCAGAGCAGUUUAGCAAAAAAUAGUUUCACUGUUCUUGGACUAGGGGAUGUACCCCUCUUUGUGUUGGGGCUGUGUCUCUGUUUGGGUGUGUAACCUUUGACCUUCAUUGAAAGAUUGGGGUUCUCCUGACAUUCUUUCUAAUGUCAUUAAAACAAUGUUACAGGAUUACAGAGAACGUUUCUAGAGAACGAUGGUUGGUACCAUAUGUAAACUGCAGCAACCACAAGUCACCAUAACUGUGUAGGCUAUGUUAUGGUUAGUUACGCUGACUUUGUUUAUAAUAAUAAAAAACCUUUAUUUUAUGUUUAUAGUUUGCACUUAAACGCAUCCUUUUUGCUGCAGCUUCCCACACUACACUGUUUUUUGGCAAAAUGAAAAAAUACAGCUGUGAAUGUUAACUCAAGAAGUUGUUUAUUAAAAUGAGAAUUUCAAAUAGAAGGCCGGCGUGACUGGACUGACAGUAUAGCUGACUUAGAGAACGGUUUCAGUUCGGCUAUUUUGACUUAAUUUGAGGAUCCCUUUAAAGUCUCACUUUAGUAAAAAAUGCAGUUAGGAUUCUAGAAGUUGUAGUUCAAAUGUUGGCUUUAUAAAGUAUCUAGAUAACGGUACUACAACAUCCAGAAUCCUUUGCUGUGUGAUAACCUCGUCAGAGCUGAAGGUCAAAUGAGCACGGUUAUCGGCUUAAUCAAUUUUGUUGAAUGCAGUUUUUCUGUUUUCUCCGUGUUAGUGUGAGAUAUUACCUCCCCCAAAUGAUCUUUUAAAAAAAAUAAAAAUAUAAAUGUUUGCCAAAGAGAGAGAAAACUGUAGUGAUUAUGGUGCAAACAAGUUCUGGGCACUGUCGCAGUGUGACAAUUCAGAGACUCUCCCCAUAGCACUCAGAGAUCACCCCCCUUCCUGACACUUGUAUAAUAUGACAUCUACUCUUCCAUAUGAUCAGUUGGAAUUCUUUCACCUGUGGAUAGCAGUGAUAGGCUAUUGGCUUUGAACCUCCCGCAGUUCGCUCAGCCAGUUUUCGUCGUCGCCCAUGUUGGAUUUUAAAAAUGUGGAAGUUAAUAUUUUUGACCCAGAGAAAUGUACAGGGAGGUUUUUUGGAGGAAAUAGCUUGGUGCGCUUGAUAGAUCCCUUUAUAUGUUUUUGUGUCUGCGCUGUACCAGUCAUUGCCAGUAUUAUGCCACGAUUUUCUCAUGUAUCGUCCUUUGCCUUGAAACUGGUCGAGUGGGGCACAGAGAGUGCUAGCUAUACUGCCCAAUAUUUAAAGAGACCUUUUCAGUCGGUGUACGAAUGCAAAAAAGUUAAAAUGGAAUUUUGAUUGUAUUACUUCACAUUUGUCCAGGAAGUGAUUACAUUUCUCAGACAAUCUGUAAUCUAGGCAGUAGUUUUAUUCCUGAAAAGAAUUGCAUGAAACUAAUGUAGGGAACUGCAGGCUCUGUUCCUCCAUAAAGUCUCUUAGAUGGCAGUGGUGCAUGGAGUGCCUCCUCAGUGGUUUCUGUAAUUACAUGGUAUGUUAGAUGGUAAAUCACACUCAAACCUUAACAUGUCUGUUUUUUAUUAGAUUUUCAAUGUCCUCUAAUAAGUAUAUCCAGCAUGCAUAAUCCUUUUUAAAAAAAUGUAUUUAUUGAAUUUUUUUAACAUGCCCUUCUGGAGCAGGAGUGCCCUACAGGUAGAUCCCCAGAUGUUGUAGAACUACAUUGUAAACCAGAGCUAGCAACAAGAUUUCCAUCUUUUUUUUUUUUUUUCUUUUCUUGGAAACAUAUAUUGCUUGUGGGCAAGUGGUAACAGUGGUCCAGGUUCCGAUGAAGCAUUGUGCUCUAUUAAAUGUGAGCAGUGAGAUUAAAAGACCUACUAGGUCAGUUGGUUAAUUGUGAGUCAUAUUCAAGCCUGUAAAUAGGCUUCUAAAAACCGCUUCCUAAGUAAGGGAGACCCAUCUUCUUAUUGUCUGUCGUACUUGUGCGACUAUGCAUUUAGGGUUUUUGGGCCCCACUUGCUUAUAGCUCAGAAUGCUGUGUUAGGUAUAGGUAACUAAUAAUACUGACCUUACUCCAUACGGUAACAAACUGGUUUACUGUUCCAACGCUGCCCAUUCCCUAAUAAAGUAUUAUUACCCACCAGGUUUGGAAAGAGAAGAGGAACUCCCUGCUCAAAUUAACUUAUGUGACCUAUAUGUAUUCAUGAAAUAAAUUACCACAUUUUGAUGCAGUCUUAAAUAUAUAAACAGUGGUAGCUUUGUACCCCCUGCUUAAUUUGACCAUCUGAAAGGAGCACGGUUUUGUCUGUGACAUUCGUAUCUGCUGGCAUGAUAAAGUUCCAACAAUUUGUGUUCAUUGUGUUAAACUGUAGACUAAAUAAAUUAUUUUGUGCUCCGGAUUGGCUUCCAGCUAGGGAUUCCAGAUUCAUGACAUGUGCAAAGAGUUUGGUGUUUGCUGGCUGUUUGUUCAUAUUAUUAUUAUUAUUAUUAUUUCCCCUCUGGAAAGGGAUAUCUGACUGCACACGGGUAAUGAAAGACUAGGAAAUGGGUGUUCUCCUACCCCAUAUUAGAUUAUGUGUCUGAAACCCAAACUGCAUGGUCUAUUGGUAUGGCAAGCCUUAAGGAAGACAUGAAUGAAAAGCUGAGUGCUUGCCAAAACUCCCUAAGAAACAUUCUAAGGUACCGAUGAAAUUUCAGGUACCUUUAUUAGUUUAGUCAUGGUCUGCAGAUGGAAUCUGGGCAACGCAGUGUAAACUUAUCUGUUUAAAUUCCUGAAAGUCCUAAAUCUCACCAGAUAACUCACUGAAGAAAAGCUUUAGUCUCUCCAUCUAGUGAAUGGUUCAUUAAAGUCGCAGUGUUUAAAUUUAUCUUGCCGUGUGACAGUGCCAUUGUUCCUAUCCUCGGCCGAAUGUGUUCUGCAUUUCCCAUCAUCUGUUUGGGAGGAGAACCAAUGGAUCAUGUAACAUGGCAUUAAGACUGAUGGAUAUACAAUACCUUUAAUAACUUUGCUUAGAUGCUUGCUUGGCCUCCUCUAACCUGGGCUACGGUGUAAAAGCUUGUUUGUGUAGACUUCAUUUAUAAAUGUAAAGUAGACUUCAACCUUUUUAGACCUGCUUUAAAUAUCACUUCCCAGAAUCCUUUGCUUCAUUAGACCUAAUGAAUGAAUGGAAUAUGUGUGCACUGUAAAGAAUUUACCUUUUUUCCAAUUAGUUUCAACAUUAACUCUAUCCGGCUGGGUCUUCUGCUUCCACGGACGACUUCUGAUAUCAUGUUUAACUUUGUCGAUCCCCCAAAACAUGUUUUGAAGUGAUCAUGGUCUCUGUAGUCUGUAUGUGCAGCCUUUUCGUUUAUGAAGAUCUGCACAUACUGAGCCUAACCCCUCUACUCCUGGAGUUUUCGGCAUUGUCAUUGGGGCUGACUAAUGUAAAUUCUAUAUACAUUUCUACGCACGUUAAUUAGCGGAGAGCGGUGUCAAAAGGACAUCCUGGAGGGCAGGCUAAGAGAAAGGACACGUUAUCACUUUGCAUGCUGAUGACACAUGCCGAGUAUGCACCGAAUUGGUAGUAGCCAGCUUUGAAUUUUGUUCUGGUCUUGCUAAUGACACUACCGGAGGUAGAGUUAAACUUUUAGCAGAAAAACUCUGCACAUACAGACUCUAAGCACCAUGAUCACUUCAAAGCACUGGCAUAUAUAGCCCUUUAAAAUCUAGCAUUUCCAGUACUUGUACUUAGUCCUCGGUUUCUUUUGUACUAGUAUUCCUAAUGUGUGCUGUAUGAAUUCUCCCUGUUGUAUAGCCCUGCUGAACAUGGUCCUUUAACAGUACCAGAUAAGAAAUGCCUGGCUACAAGUGCAGUGCGGGAAGAAUGUUUGUUUUUCAGUGCAAAUCUAAUAAGCGUACGUGAGUGUCCACUAACACCCAGUUGGAUUGUACUCCGGCUAAGUAUUGCCUGAAAGACUCUUGGCUCUUUGCGAAUCUAUGAAGAAAAGUUUCAAAGUUAAUCCUAUAAACAUUUGGGGUGUACUUUAACCUGGAGUUAAAAAAAUUUAAAAAACAUAUCUACGUUGGCCAUGUCCACAGUACGCGUUGGAUGUGCAUUUAAAGUGAUCAAGUCAUGACAGGUUCACCUAAAGGUAAAACAACUGCUAAAGCACUAAAUCUGUAACUUAUUAUAAAGAUACAUAAUAUCUCUUAUCGUAAUUAUAGAUUCAAACCUGCUAUUCACUGCUCCUGUGCCAUCAUUCACUAAAGUUAGUGGUAAAACCUUAAGAUCCUCUUUAUUCUCGAUAUAAUAUUCGCUGCCAGACCAGAGCGACAUGAGUCAGUCAUUCGUCACACUGUGGCAGAGAGCAGGAGAACCGCUUGUUGAAGGGUUCUCUUGUGUCCCCACUCCCUGUAUGCCAAUGACGGACAGGUGAGGUUAGGGAUCUUAUUUUUUUUAUUUAAAAUUAUUUAAAUAUGUAACAUUAGCGAGAAUAUAGUAAGCUGGUUGGAGCAGGACAUCCCCCACUUUGUGUGUGUCUGUUUAUCUUUGUAGAGUCAAUUACUUGCCAUAUAUCCCACUUCUACGAUUGUAAAGUGUUGGGGAUAUGUUAUCGCUGUAUAAACACUACUACUAAUAAUGAUUCGAUGGGCUUUUUAGUCAGUGCUGUCUGUACGGUGACAGUUUGGGUAUUUGCUUGUACUUUUAUUACUUUUUCAGAUCUACAUUUAUUUAUUUUGUGUUUAAUAUUUUUACUGCAAAAAUAAACUAAAAUAAAAAAUAAAAAAGCACAGCAAGAGAUAAGUUUCACACCAAUUAAUUAUAGAAGAGUGUCUUGCAUGAAAUGAUCGAUUCUGCAUUGAUUCCCGUUUCCCUGUUUGUGCUUUGGGAUUGUGUUUUACGUAGUCAGGGAAAAUCCGAACGCUGUCAUUUGUCCAAUUGCUGCAAAGCAUUCGCUUGGCAAAUUGCUCUAUUUGAGCGACAUGAAUGAUUUUGCCUGUUUUCCAUUUUUUUUUGUACUCUACGGGAAGGUUACUCUUUCGCAGGCACAACUACUGUGCUUUUUUUUUAUUUUUUAAGAGCUCGAGUUUCUUGCUAAAUGUGGCUGAGGGCGGAGGAAGGGGCGAGGAGAUCAGGUUACACAUUCUGAGUUUGCGUUUGCAGCUACCCUUGAAGGCUGGAGUCUUGCUGGCUGGACUGGAAUAUGCAAUCUGUGCAUUCGUUAAAACCCUGCCCCCAACCUUGGAGAAAGAAGGAAAGGAGAAACGGACCCUGUUUUCUGUUAUUUUUUCUUCAAACUGGAGGGUAACUUUAAAUGUAAAAUGUAACCAAAAAACAAGGCUUCUUUAAAGUUCUAUAAUGGCCAUUUUCUCCGACUACUGGUGUAUUGGGUUUCUCACAUAUAAAAAUGGACUUACUGUCAUUUUAUGUACAAAGCACCAUUUUCGACAGCACUGUCGCGAAUUAACUAGAGGGAAACCAUUUUUUAGUGAAAGGAAAAUGAGGUUGUGUAAGAGUUCUUCUUGAACGUUAUAAAACAUGAAAAGUAAUUUUAUAAGAAUCCCAAUAUUACACUGGGAUAAAGCUAUUUAUUACCAGCCUGUCAGACUCCGGAUCCUAAUUUCAGGCCCUGAGUCUUGUUGGAAUUUGAUAAUUUGUAGAGUGCUCAUUCACACGUUUUAAUUGCUAUUAACUCGCUGCUGAGACUUUUUGGUGAGUUACAUAAAACAAACAACCAACCAACCCCCACACACCUUUUUAAGCCAGUGGCUAAACUAUACAAAUGAUAUCACCCAAGCUGUGAUCAAGGAACUGUUUCAAAGAGCCAGGUUGGACAAGGAAAAACCAAAAAUGACGAUUUGUUUAUGAAUUGACACUUUUUUAACAAGUUUAGUGAUCUUGGAUCCUGCGCUGUUUCAGCUCAAAUGAUAUUUUUUACGUUGCAUGGCUUUACAAAAGUUUUGUUGUGGCUUCCCUGAGUUACUAAGUGGCCUCAAAGUUCCCCAAACUGUUCUGGCAUUCAACGCCUGGGAUGAAGUAGUGGUAAUUACAGGUCAUUUGGAUACCUUGCUGCUAAUCUUGCCUACCUUUUUAUGUUCUUCUUCUGGAUUUAGCCUUAAUCUGUGGACAAAGGCAAACAUUGAUAAUCUCUUAAUUCCCCUAGAAACCCUCAUUAUCUUUCUGAUCUGAACCUCCUCAUCUAUAAACUGGCUUUAUUUGCACUUCAAUUAACCAUUCAUUGCAGUGCUGAGGUUCUCAGUGCAGUGUGUGUCCAUUUUCAAAUAUAUUUAAAUUUUUUUUUUUUUUUUGGGGGGACACUCUUGGCACCCAGACCAAUUCUUGUCAUCAAAGUAAUUAGGGUUCAGUAUUCAGUCUCUUUCACCCUACAUUGUGAAAUUCUGAGAAACUGCACUGUUUAUUUUCAGAUUUGAUGAUCUCGGCCAACACCGUAAGAAAGCAUUGGGAGGUUAUCGCGCAUGCACAGCAAAAAAAAAAAAAAACCUGCACCAAUCAGGCACUGAACGUUCCCCAUAGAGAUGCGUUGAUUCAAUGCAUCUCUAUGAGGAGAGGCUGAUUUGUACAGCGUUUUCCCGCACAUGCACAUGGUCCAAUGCUAUGGGGGAGCCUUUAAUGCAUGCACAACACUUUCCACGCAUGCACGUUGGGUCCCACCAUUGCUGUGAUGUUGUGGGAGGAGGAGACCUAGCUAGCACUGAGGGAGCCUAGGCGCUGGAAAGAGGUAUAUGAAAAGGGUUUUAAACCCUUUAAUCAAUGGCCGUUGUGGGGGGGACCUAUUAUGUUACAAACUGGGGCACUGUAGCGUUAGGAAUCCAGUUUUGUAUUCCUAACGCUAUAGUGUUCCUUGAACCAACUUUCCCAAUUCAAUUCCAAAGAAAAUGCAGCCUCUUGUAGUCCUUCAUGAGGUAACAAAUUGUGCCAGGAGCCCGCAUCUAAAUUACUUUUUGUUAGACUUGGGGAGAUCCCAAAACUGUGCAGAUAGAAGGGUGUGAGCCAUGCAGUCCUCCCAAACAACGGAAACAAGUGGGGGGAAAAAUAGGCAUAAAACGGAGCUUUGAAAACCUGCUCGUAGGCUGCAACAAAAAUGACAGACGCACCAGGAUUGAUUGAUUUAAAUUGUGAUUUCUGUCAACGGAUAAGUUACCACGUAAUUCUUUAUUGCAUAAAAUGUUGGACAUGAGGGAUGGAAAUAGCAAGAUCGAAGCAUAUAAUCCAUAAAAUAAAUAUAAUUGCAACUAAUUCACGCAAACCAACGCAAGAAUAAAACCUUCCUGAUCCCCAGAAGGGCAUUGGCUGAUAUACAAUAUUACAUUUCAAGUGUGUGUUUGUUCUUUGCAUAAACAACUCCUAAUGACUAGUCUUAUUUUGGCCAGAAAUGCAAGGAUUUGAUAAUCUCAGGCUUGCAUAGUUUGACUGUUGCAAAGUAAAUGAAACCUGUUAAGAAGUCAUGGUUUUUGCAUUGUUAUUUAAAUCCUUUAAUGCUUCGCCAUCAAUCAGCGAAGGAGGGCGAUGUAUGCGUUUGUCAUCACCGGCUGCCCGGAGUCCUGGAAAGAUGGAGGCAUUGUGAAGGCACACCUUGACGUCUGCUGCUGCAUAGAAAUGCAGUGACUGACAAAUACACCAAAUACAUUAAAUAAAUAACUGGGGAUGGAUGUGGUCUUCCAUUUUCUGUUAUUGUUUAAUGGCAGAAGAGCUCCCAUAAAGGGAACUUGGAAAUGGAACGUUGGGAUCAGUAUUUACGCUAGAACUACGCCAUUGAUGCUUAGAUAGCAGAGCAUCAUGGGAAUUGCAGUUCAAUAUCACCGAAGAGGCUACCUCCAUUUUGUCCAGCUCUGGAUUGUAGUACACGUCACGCAAAAAAAAGACAUUGCGUGUUAGAAUUUCUUUUUCACAGCGUAAAGUUUAAAAUGUAACACUGUUUACUAGAAAAUAUUUCUCUGUUGAUUUUUUCAUUUAUAAAGUCUUAUUUUAGCUCCUGUACUUGUAUAAAGACUACAUACUCAAGUGGGUGCAUGCUAUCUAAUAGCUGUGGCCGCCAUCUUGGAUGAGGCAGGUUGCGCCUACGGUGCAUUACUAGGUUUGUGUAUGGAAAUAAAUAAAUAAACAUAAAAUAGAUAUAGCAAUUUUUAUCCCCCCCCCCCCUUUUAAUCUAUGACGGUGUCUCAGGGUAGCCUGCCACAAAGGGAGGGUUUGCGUGAGCUGGACCGAUUAGUCACUACACUAGUCAGCUUAGACUUGGAAGGAAGUGAUAUUUGUCGCCAGUAUUUUGUCUUUUAUAAAGUUCCCAUAUGCACAUCUGCUUGUGUUGUGGAGAUUUAUCAUUUGGAAAGAGUCCAUGUUUAUUAUAUAUAUUAUUAUUUUUUUGCCCCAUCCGUAUUCUGUCGGUGCUGAUUUUUCCAUCUGUUGCCGCUGGCAGGUUUUGAAUAACAUUAGAUAUAUUCCUUAUGUGUUGACAAUCACUGCCAUGUUUUUCUAAUUUACUGUCUUUAUCUGGGGCAGACUCUGAGAUCAGAGGAGAGCUCUCUGUGUAAAUAUUUGCACAUAUGGUGUGAAUAGCCCCAUCUAAGGAUCUAUUUACUUUUUUGCAAUAGCAGAUUUAUUUUCCGGCCAUUAAAGUGUUACACUUACAGCCCGACCACUUGUUGCAUAAGUUUUGGUGGGAAAAUUUGUAAACACGCUGUCUGUUAACUGUCUGAUUCACAUUGAGCAGAAAGUGGGCGAAGUCCAGCUGUACCCUGAUUCUAUUGCAACGGUGACUAAAUCGAAAAGAAUGGGGACGCGCUUUCCCAUAUUACCAUAUUAAUCGGGGUGCGCUUCGCCAGAUGGUAAACAAACUGCACAAGGAAUCCAACACGUUUAAUACAAAACCCCAUUUUAUUAGUUAGGGGUAUAGGACAGGCUUUUAUUGGCGAUUAGCUAUUCAGAGCGGGGACUGAGAGGAGCCUGCCACAGGCCACAUAAUUAAUGGCUUCUUUAUAGUGUUCACACAGUGUUAAUCCUUCUUUGUGAGGAUAUUGUGGUUUAAACUUUAAAUCGCCUUUCUCCUUAAAGAUACAUUCUAAAAAUUAUAACCACUGCAGUGGUUGUGGUUCCAGGUUCCGUCACAUGCUAGGCUGUCAAACCAUUCAUAAACAGUUUGACACUUACAUGCCUCUGUCCAUGAUAAAGCAGUAACAUACAAACGCAUGCCAAAUUUGGACAGUAUAUAGUGGGAGAGAGCAUUCAUUGUUGUAGUUGUUUUGGUGUCUAUAGCCUAUGCCUGCAUGCUUUUUAAUGUAAACACUGCCUUUUCAGAGACAUUCGCUCAGGCGGCCAAUAGAGGUACUUCCUAGUCCAGUGCCGCACAGUUUGUGGGCCUAGGACAUGCAUGAAAAUGAGAGAAAUCUCAAUAUAUCCUUACUGGUAAAAUAUUUUUAUAAAUAAUCACUACAGAUGGGUUUGUGGGCCUUGUAGCUUUCUACAGCAGAUGGCAAACAACUGAACUUAAUUUCAUUGAAAGGCAUGCUGUGCCCUUAAAGGUACACUAUAGUCACCAGAACCACUAGAGUGUAAUGUAGUUGUUUUGCUGUCUAUAUCCCAUCCCUGCAGGCUUUAUAAUGUAAACGCUGCCCUUUCAGAGACCGUCACUGAGACGACCAAUAGAGGUGCUUCCUGGUAUAAGGAGAUGCUGACGUGCAAUAGCCCCCCAAUGCUUUCCUGUGUUUUCCCCAAUGUUUAGCACUAUAGUGUCAGGAAUACAUGUUUGUGUUCUGGUGUUCCUAAUUCUGAGCAUUGAUGUCUGUAAUAAGUCCUGCUUUGCCAUGAAAACUUGUGGGAGCAUUGAAUUGGCUGCGUCAGUAGUCUGGGCAUUAGCUGUAGAAUCUGAGCCUAACGCGAGUGCACGGUCUCUAAUGUGAGUGUCCUUAAUAAAUAGGUAUAUGUAAUCGAUCAUCCCAGCUAUGAUCAUACAGUAUCUUGCGUUAAUGUACAUGGAAUAAUAUAUUCAUUUAUCUUUGUUUUGUGUUAAUUUGUAACCCCAGUGUGCAAUAUACAUUUUAGUUAACUUAGCCCUGGAGUGUACAUUUUUUACGAGCUUCCCUGGUUAAAACAACAAUAGGGCAGAACUAAAACUGAUUGUUCUUUUACCACCACAUCCCAUAUUGUUUCUUUGUUUACCAUUAAAAGGUGUGGUGUUUUUUUUAUUUUUUUUUGAGACGUCAAUGACACCAAAGCAAAGUGCUAAAUGACUUGCUGCUUGUGGGAGGACUGCGGCUUUAAACCCCAUUUAUUCUUUACCUUCAUUGUGAACUGUCAGUCUGAGACUUGUAUCGCCAGAGGGAUCUUUUGUCUCCUACAGCUGCAUAAAAAGCCUUAUUUACUAAUCACAAUCAAACCCAGACACCCCUCCAGUGAGGACUAUCAUUUAGAGACUAUUUAGAAUUGCACAUACAUUUUUAAUGACAUAUUUUGAAAUGCCUUUGCCUUAAAGGGGAAUUAGGGUAAAGAAGAUAAAUGGGAACGUAAUUACUCUGCGAAUAGUGCUGUAGUUUUGUCCUGUUAUUAUCAUUUUGUUCUGAUCUAGAUCAAUAUUGUAAAAAAUAACUGUUUCUUUAAAAAUAAAAAAAAUCUAUUCCUUUUGGUAAUUAAAUGCUUAGAAUUUCCCAGUUUGAACAAGCUCAGUACGUUAACCCUUUCAGUACAGUACUAGUUCAGUGCACAGAUGAUACGUUAUCCUUUUUAAAGGGAUGCUGAAUGUUGGUCAUGACGUAUUACUCAAUGGACAGGUACGCUUUCAAAUAAAUUCAGUACAGCAAAAAAACAAAACAAUAGCACACUUGAAGUCAGUAAGGCAAGUCCAGGGUGUGGAGUUCAAAGUCCGUUUCCACAUUGUAAAUCUGCUUGUAUAUGCUUUUUGCUGAAUGCACACAGGGCCUUCCUGUUUAGCGAUACUAGAAGUAAAGUGUCGUAGGAAGGAACAGAGCCAUAGACUAAAUGACAUUUCUCUUCGUGACACUUCUCUGAUUAAAAAUUCUGCCAGGAUCAUAGUCCGGAUUCCAUGUAGGGUAAAUAGUGCUUACGUUGCUUAUGAUGGCUGAUAAAAUGUCUACUGCUUUAAGAAGCACUCCAAGCACCAUAACAACUGAAGUCUAGAUUAAAGCGGAACUGUCACCCGCCACCCCGCCUUUAAAAAUUAGUAUUUAAUAAAGAUAGAAUGUGUACAAAAUACUCAUUUUGACCGUGUUGGAAUUUCACUGUAAUUCCAACCCAGUCGAGCGAAAUGCAGAGACAAAGUAGGGAAUACAUUGUCUCUGUAUAUUUCUUCUGACUUUCCUUGACACUGGCCGGAGAUACAGUAUUAAUCCCGACAGCCGUCACCAGUAACCAGGGAAUUGGCUCUGUCUAUGGAGGAUCCAGGAAUCCUUCAUAGACCUCAAUGCUGUACUCUCACGCAUGUGCAGGAAUAUAGCAGUGACUGAAGCGCCAGGUGCUGAAGAGGACUGGUAACGGGAAAGUGGCCGCUCCCGCGAGGGUCAGGUUCAGGUAAAUAAAUCUCUUCUUUACCUGACCCCCUUUGCUACUGGACCACCAGCGGUAAUGUCAACCUCAGGGGUCUCUGAGAAUUCUGCAAAGUCCCCAGACAGUGCAGCUUUAAGUAGCAAAACCGAUCUAAGCAUGUUUUGGCAACUUACCUAGGUCCUGCAUGAUGCCUGUUGUCACCUUCCACCUCUUCUGCUGCUGGAAGCUAAUGAAAAGAGCUUGCCUUAACUCUACUAAGCUAAAUCCUGCCGUUCUGGACUUGUUCAUUGGCCUAGACUUGAGCAUCUGCUGAGUGGACCUCCAUGGCUGGCAUAGCUCAGUGGCAGAGCUACUGCAGUGAAGGUGGUGGUAGACACACAGUGAGACCCCGGUAACUUGUCAAAUCGUUAUCAAACAGUGUGAAUACUUGCCCUGGGAGGACACAAGUGCACUCCUGGCGCCAUAACCACUACAGAGGUCUGUAGUGGUUUUGGUGCGUGCAGAUUUCCGGUUAAAAACAAAAGCCUCCAAACCAAUGUAUGUGAAUAUAUUCUAAAAUAAGGGACCCAAUGCUGUUCCAACCAGUAUUUUUUUAAUUUUUUUUUUACUUUUCUCUUUGACUUGCUUUAAGGAUGCCAGUCCUUAUUACUGUGAAUUUGUACCAGGCAGCAGAGGCUGAAAUGAUGAUUGAUGGGUGUUUGGAGCUGGGUGUAACUGUAGUGUUGAAGGAAUAAUUGUACAUAUCCUGUUUUGCAAACGCAUAUCUUGAAUGCAUGAGUCCUUAUUUCAAACACACCUUUUACACGAACCAACAGGUUAUGAAAUAAGUGUGUGUAUAACAUAUAAAAUAUGUGCCUGUCUUAACGCUGGCAGAGGACUUCUACAACCACCCCAACUUUAGAUUCCCAUGUGAUAUUUUGUAUCAUGUAUUAUAUAAUAUUUUUAUGUCCUGCUAACAUGUCAGUUUACAAUAUGGAUUGGGAAAUAAUACCGUCAAAUCUUAAAACCAUCUAAAAAUCCACCAUGCGAGAUCAAAAUCUAAAUGUCCAAUAAACGUGUCUAUAGCCCGGAUACAGCAUUAGUGUUCCCUAAUACACUCUUCACACUUCUGGAUAUUUGAUAAGUCUGAUUUGUGGUCUUGAUGCUCUGAUCUCAGGGCAGCACUGGGACAAACAUUACGCUAGCUGUCCGAGGUUGGCGGUUUACAGUGAACAAAAGCUUCACCCUUAUUACCUGGGUGGGUGAUGUUUGAUAAUUAUUCCCAUAAAAGAAGCCUUUUUGGCUCUGUGUUAGGUAGCCAGAAGAGAUCAAAUGAAAUGCAAUAACACACAUCGUCAAUUAUACUGUGACAUUUGUGGUUAUAACUGUUUCUGACAAAUUAUAUUUUCGCUUUGCUGAAUGCCAAAAAAAAGUAAAAUUUAUCCUGAUCGAAAAGCAUACACUCUUCAGUCGGUUACUUAGGAUUUGGUGUGUUGUAAGGAAAAGCAAUCGUUGUUAACCCUUUCAGUGCCAGACUAAUUGCUAAGAGCACGAAGGAGUGUUAAAUUGGGAAUUACGCGGCAAGGUUUGUAUCAACCGAGAGAUUUCAAAUAUCAGGCUCAAAUAGCUGAUAAAGGGAAACAAACCCAAUUGAACUAAUUUGGCAUAAUUCUACUUGUCCUUAACCGCAUUCAUGUUCUCUGUAAUGUGUUUCUCAACUCUGUUGUAUUAAAAUAGUUUAAAGGGAAACACUUUAGCUUGUUGGAAUGCUUUGUUUGUGAAGCUUGUGUCCUCUUUAUUUAGUUUUGCAGAAAAUGCAGAUUUCAUGACAAAUUGACACGUUUAUAGAUGUUACCAUGUUACACCACUUGGCUGUCAAUCAGGUCCUGUUACAUCCUGGUUUGGUUAGCUCAGUGGAGAUAAACUCAAGAGGCAGCAAUUACCCAGAGUACCUGCCUUGCAAAGACUUCUCAUUGAGCUGCAUUGGGAAGUCUGUGAUUGGACAGCCACAGAAAGUCUGGGAGGGCUUGCAAAGGCUGCAGAUAAGAGAUCUGCAGCUUUUGAAAGAUUUUUUUUAUAUAUAUUUAACCUCAAAAAAAAAAAAAAGCAUCAUGCAUAACAUUUCAUUUAGGGUAUAUCUACUAAAUGGUGAUUUUGUGUGUUUGGGCAGUUGAUUGUGUCCCUUUAAAGGCAAUUUGUGUAUUUAAGCUCGUGUAACGCUGCUCAGUACUGUGAAAAGCUAUGUCGGAUUGGCCCAUGCUCCGUUUUAGGGAUUGGCAUAGUAUCACAUUGUACAGCGCUGUGGAAUUUGUUGGCGCUUUGUUAAUAAAAAUGCAAAUAAAAUUGUUUCUUAUAGCUUACUGCCUAAAACUCAGCCUAGCCUUGCUGUCCAGCUCGCAUCGAUUCAACAUGCUAAUGUGAAAGCGUAGUUUCUGCUGUGUUUUUUUGUGCUUUUAAUUUUACAAUUUUUUUAUUUCCUUCAAACUGCUCCAAAAUGUGUGUUGGGGUCCCUUUGAGAUUUUCUGUGCUUGUUUUACUUGUGUUAUGUAAAACAAAACUAUUUUUUCUUUUUUCUUCAGUGUGUUUGGUAUAAAUCCUACCGAUAAUUUACCCAAAGUUAUUCCGAAUUACACAUUUUAUAGGUAAGCUUGCUAAUUGGAAAUGCUUCUAAUAAAUCCCCUUUUUAUGAAUAAUUAUUGAGUUGCUAAUCUUGCCAGAUUUUAUUUCGGCUGGAUUAAUAGCGGGUGUCAGAUGUCAUAAAACAAGGGUAUUCUCCUGCAAGGAAUGUUUAUUAAAUUAAAGACACAUUAUACCUUUAUAAAACCUUGUAAACUGUGGGGACAAUCAGACCUGGCUGUUACAAGCAUGCUGCUUCGCGUCAUUUUUAUGAAUGCUCAUUUACAUUAACAGGAGGAAUAAAGAUUUUCAAAAUCCCCCCAGCACAUGAGGCUUUUUAAAAACAAUGUUGAGGGUCUUUCCCUGUCAACAGAUUUUGGCACCCGCAAUCAUCUUACACAGUGUUUAUAGAAAAUCAGGGGCUAUAUUUUUUUAAAAAAAUUUUUUUUAAGCGAGCAGUUUUGAUUAUUCAAGGUAUUUUGGUACUGAUUACUAAACUACCCACACUAAUAACGAACAAAAUACCUAUCCAAGUUUUAUAAAGUCUGAUAAGCUCCCUUUAUGUCCCAACCAAACUAAUCAACACUAUCUGGAUUAUUUACUAAAAUAAGAAUUCUUGAAAAUUCAAAGUGAAUUUCAAAUUUAGGGCCAAAAUAGCUGAUCUGGAAGCACAGCUGAGAAUUUUUCCCGUUUGACUAUUUAGGUCUUGGAUGCGGAAUUUAUUUUAAAAUUCCUGACCAUUCUCAAUUUAGUAAAUGUGUGACAAGGACAACCUAUAUGUAGACCUCAUAAUAAAGCAGAGGCUGACGGUCAUGUGGUUUAAUAAAUGUCUAUUGCUGGAUAUAAGUUAUCUUUUUAUAAUACACGCUUUAUUAAGGCUAAAUUUAGUAGUUUGCUGGUUAAGGGAAAUGUUUACAGCUAUUUCAUUGCUCUCGUUAACUUUGUUAAGGGAUACGCUGAAUUAAAAUGGCGUUAGCUGCAGCUCUAGAGUGUAACUCACACUGAUCUAAGGCAGACUUUGACAUGUUCUGGUUCUGCCUGAGAUUAGGGCCUUGAGCUUCUGGGAGAUGAACUGUGUAUUUGUAUUUUUGUUCUAAUUCAUUGUUAUAAAGGAUUUUAACAUGUGCCUGUUCCAACACCACCUUUUAUACUUGUUGCCCGAAGCGCUAUUCUUCAUCUUCUCAGAGACCACCUUUAAUAACCAUUACUUGUGAGGUCAAGGAAUAUUCGUGCCUCAGAAGACAAUGGCCAAGUGUUUGCCCCCCCCCUCACUUUACUGAAAAAAGGCGGCUCCGAUACCACCGAAACCCCACUGUGAAUCCUAACGUAUUGCUGACUAUUUACCAUUUACUUGGCUUCCUGCACAUUUUCUUAUUGCUACAAACUCCUCGUGUUUAAUCCGUAAAUAGUUCUGUAGUGGUUAUGGUGCAAAUUCGCGUAUCAAUUCUAUCCAUCGGAAGCACUCAGCCAAUGAAUCAAAUCCAGAUUCAGAGCUUAUUUAUUUUUAUAUUUUUAUCUAUGUCCAUUCAGAAGGGACUGAUCUUAAAGGCCUAGGUAAGAGUCCACUUUUUCAAAAAUGUUUAGUCUUCGUUGUGAGAUGCUUCCAGGGAGCUCAUGGCACCAAAACCACUACAAGGGUCUUAGAGGUGCCCCUUUAAAAUGUAUACACCUGAAAAUAUGUUUUAAAAAUGUGAGUUAUCUUUGCUGAAUUGUAAGGAAAUGUUGGUGCUGCCUUCUAUGACAUCAGCAGAUCAUUACUGCUGAAUAUGUUGACAGUGUAACGCCAUGGGACGCCAUUGAGACAAUAUAAGAAUAGGACAUACGAUUAAGCUAAGGAAUAAGAACUUAUUACAUCAAGCUUACAGUCGGUGCUCUGCCGAGCUGAUCUGAAUAGGGAAUAAUUAUUUAUUAAUUAUUGGGAGGCCGCCUUCUGGUCAGUGAUGUGACUUUAUAAAGUUUGUCUAUUCUCUUUGGUAAUUUUCUGCAGGGGACGUAAAGAGGGAGAGAAACGUUUUUUCCACUUUGUCUGUGUAAGAGAGACCGUUCCAUUGGCUGCGCGUUGUUUAUGAGUACACUAAAUGGAAUGCGGCCUACAAAUUACUACACAACAGCUCCAGCCUGCAGCCCGACCACAGUCUGGGGUUACAAAGUGCUACAUUAACCCAUUCAACCCACCAGUGAUACAAUAAGUGCAUUUAUUCUGCUUUUAGAUCCAAUCAUAGCUGGCUUAAAAUAGGUACUUUACAUACAUUUUGCAAUUCCUGUGCUAACCCACAAUUUCCAAAAGAUAUAUUGUUGACCACUGCCAUUGAGAUUUCACAAAAUGUAUUGGAGAAAGCUCCACCUUUUAAGUUUUGUCAACCUAUGCUUUGCCCAUAGGACUAAAUAGUCCCCUACUGUGUGUUUCUUAUGCCAUCUUCUGGCCUCGUUGGAAUUUUAGUUAGUUAAUUAUUUUGUUGUUUACUUUUUUGGAUACUCCUGCAGAGCGGUUUUAAUUUGACUGUUUUUAUGGGUUUUAUUAUCCACCGAAUCAUGGCCAUGGAAGCAGCCAUCUAACACACCUUCCACCAUAACUUCAGUAGAAUAAGGUUGUUAUGGUGCGAGGAGGUCUCCAGGCAGCAGUUUAUCUUUAAGGGGGUUAAACGUUUAACAGACAGUUUAUCCCCAAAGUGCCGAAUUUGGUGCGAGAUUGCUCUGCCUGACUCCUUACAUCACAGUCUGAGGCUUGAAUAGGGAAGCGCCGCUAAUAGUCUGAGAGCGUUUCUCAAGCCAUUUUGUGAAUAUGGAGCUACUGAUAGACUAUUGGCAUCAGCUUAAGAUCUCAGAUUAUUAGCAGCAUACCUGUUCGAGCCUAGGACUGUGGUGGAAGGAGAUGAGCAGAGUGAUUAACAAUUUGGGGUUAAACAGUUUGUUAGCAGUUUAACCCUCUGAGUUAAGCCAGGAACUUCCUCACUAUAACAACUUAAUUCCGAUGAAAUUGUUAUGGUGCCUAGAGCAUCCUUUGAACAAUUUAUCAGUGACUUGGGGCCCCAUCUCUCUCCUGCCAGAAAGAUUUGUCAUUCACAAUUUGACAGCCAAGGGUUUCUGCAUUCACAUCCCUUCCUACCUUUUACUAGACCUCUGCUUACAUCACACUACAUUCACUGUGACAUCACAUCAACCAAUAUCUCACUGCAGAUCCAUUGUGACAUCACUCGUAGCUUAGGUGAAGUGUGUGUCGGUAGAUAGUGUAGAAAUACAGGAGGAGAUAUAACAUGUUCACACUCUAUCUCAGGGCUUCCCAAACUUUUAUGGGCAGAGACCCACUUUUCAAAACGGUAAUUUUUCGAGACCCACUUGCAUUUAAUGCAUAUUUUAAAAAGUGAACACCAUGGUAAUCACGUUUAGAUGCACACCAUGACAAUUACUUUUAGAAGCAUAAAACUGGCACACCAUGGCAAACCGCUUUAGAGGAAUAUAAUUGGCACACCGUGGCAAUCAGCUUUAGAGGAAUAUAAUUGGCACACCGUGGCAAUCAGCUUUAGAGGAAUAUAAUUGGCACACCGUGGCAAUCAGUUUUAGUAGCAUACAAUUGGCACACCAUGGCAAUCAGCUUUAGAGGAAUAUAAUUGGCACACCGUGGCAAACCGCUUUAGAGGAAUAUAAUUGGCACACCUUUGCAAUCCGUUUUAGUAGCAUACAAUUGGCACACCGUGGCAAACCGCUUUAGAGGCAUACAAUUGGCACACCGUGGCAAUCAGUUUUAGAGGCAUAACAUUGUCACACUAUCGCAAGACGCACUUUAAAUGCAUACAAUUGGUCCAUCAUGGCAACUUUAGGUGCAUACAAUUGGCGCACCAUAGCAGUUUUAGAGGCUUACAACUGGCACACCAUGGCAACCAGCUUUAGAGGCAUAAAUUCAGAACAUCAUGGGAAUCAGUUUUAGAGGCAUAAAAUUGGAACAUAAUGGCAGCUUUAAAUACAUAAACUUGGCACAGCAUGGCAAUAAACUUUAGAUGCAUAAACUUGGCAAAUCAUGGUAAUCACGUUUAGAUGCAUACACUUGGCACAUCAUGGCAAUCAGCUUCAGAGGCAUACAAUUGGCACACCAUGGCAAUCAGCUUCAGAGGCAUACAAUUGGCACACCAUGGCAAACAGUCAGAUGCAUAAACUUGGCACACCAUGGCAAUCAGUUUUAGAUGCAUAAAAUUGACAUAACAUGGCAGUUUUAGAGGCAUAAUUCUGGGAUAUCAUGGCAGUUUUAGAGGCAGAAACUUUGCACAUCAUGGCAAUCAGUUUUAGAGACAUACAACUGCUUACACACAGACUCAGAAUCAGAAGUGCUGUGUCCUGCUCUGUCAUGCAGGCACCUCACAUUGAUUAUCCCAGUGGUGGAACUAAUGUAGAGUUAGCCCUGGUGCAAGAAUGUUUUCUGGGGCCCCCUCUAGUGCAAGUGUGGCCAAAAGGUAGAUCUCCAUCUGUCGGAGAACUUCAAUGCUAUACCAGAUGGGUAUCUACCAUUUUAUUAUCGUUGCAGGGUUAAAUUUGUGAGCAGUGUUUGAAUGUAAGCAUGUUUUUGUAUUAAGUAUAUGCGUGCAUGUAUGGGUGUAUUUGUACUGUUGCCAUUGGAAUGUAGUGGUGUACUUGUUUGUAAUGUUUGCGUCUGAAUGCAUGGGUGUUUGUAUGUAGUUUCGGACUUGAAAUGCAGGUGUGCUUUUUGUGUGUAUUGGUGUUUGUAGAUAAUUUUAGUGUUUUAAUGCCGGGGUGUGUUUGUAUGUAAUCUUUGCGUUUGCAGUACGUGUAUAGUGGAUGCAGUGUGUGUAUUGUGUUUAUAAAAUAUAUAUAUACAUAUAUAUACACAAUGUGUGUUUGAAUGUAAGCAUGUUUUUUUUGUAUGGAGUAUGUGUGAAGUGUAUACACAUACACACACUGACACAGCAAUACACAGACACACAAUGACACCUAGUUUCCCACACAUAGAUACACAGACACUCAUGUACACAGAUACACACUGACACACAAAUACACACACACACAGACACAAAAGGACACGCAGAGACAGGAGGUGAGGGUGACAGUGUGGGAGGCAGUGUGUGUGCUGGUAAAAGUUUGGGGGGCAGUGUGAGGGCAAGGUAAGAAAGGGUUACAGUGGGCGGACAAGGGGAGAAAGGGUGGGCGGGCAGGGGGAGAAAGGGUGGGCGGGCAGGGGGAGAAAGGGUGGGAGGGGCAGGGAGUGAAGGGGUUAGUGUGUGGGGAGGGCAGGGAGUGAAGGGGUUACAUGGGGGAGAUGUCUGGGGGCUGUGUCCUACCUUUCAUAAAUUCCCUGGUGGUCCAGUGUCUCCCUGGUGGUCCGGUGGGUCUCCGGUCUGAGCUCCGCCGGGUGCAGAGCUGCAGACUGUGUAAUAAGUCUCCCGAGCUCCCAGAGUGUUGCCACGGUAAAGCUCUGGGUGCUCGCGAGACUUCUAUCAUACGGUCUGCAGCUCUGGACCCGGCGGAGCUCAGACCGGAGGUGCUGGGCGGCAUACAGGGCAAGCUGCCGGGCUCCCUCCUGGUGUCGGGCCCGCGGUCACGGACCAAGAGCCCGACUAAUCAGUCUGCUUGCCUGAGUCCCCGGAGGCCCUGGAUGUGUGGGUCAGCGCGACCCACUGGGAAUCGCCCUGCGACCCACACUUUGGGAACCGCUGCUCUAUCUUGUUUAAGCAGAGCUCACAUUUUGCCUUGUUCCUGCUCUAAUCAAUUUGUCCUUUAUCUAUUACACAGCAUUGCCAUCAAAAACGAUCUGUCUCCUAACUGUGACACCAGUAGACUGCCUGGCACCAUAAUCACUGUAGUGCAUUUUAGUGGUUUUGGUGCUUAGAGUGCCUUUUUAAUCGUCUGUAUCACAUUAAAGCUGAUGCCUGUAUGCUGAUUGGAGUAUUUAGGCCAGCGGCUCCCGAUCUCUGGGUUGGGGUUGUUCUCAAUGUCAUUAUAGUGUAUUACUGUAUAUACUUCUUGAUGAAUAAUUCCCGGUAGUGAUACCGCCGCUGUGUCUAAUAAUUGCACAAUUAAUUUUUAGGAUCUUUAAUAUUACAGUUAAGCAGCAUUUUGCAGAAAUCCUUUUACAAUUGCAAUAAAUCACCAAGCAAUGUUAUGUGAACGGUUUCCAUAGUGGUGUUGUUUGUGUACACAACGUUUGAGAUCUAUGUUUUGCAAAUUGUGGCGAAUUGUUGUUGUUUUUUUUUGUUUUUUUUGAGGCCCAUAUCACUUGUUUUUUCUACAUGGGUACGGGGUGUGUAGUACAUUGAGACAGCUUUAUAGGAACGGUUUCCACAGGAAAAUGAAGACAAUGAGCACUAUCACAAUUGGAUAAGGGUUCUAUUCAGUUUCCAAGACCCCAUUGCAUAUUAUCUAUGAAGGGAAGUGUUGUGUUUUUUAUUAUUGUCAUUGCUUGUUGUAGGAAAUCCAUUAUGUAAAAUGAGUUAAAGAGAACCUGUUAUGGCUUUAUGUCACUUUCCUGGAAAGCAAAACUCUAGACACAUUGCUAGCAAAUGGUAUAAAUAAUAAUUGAUUUACACAUAAUUUUACAUUGUAUCAUACCUGUAAGGACUACAAAUUUGGAGGUACGGAGAGGAUCCGACCGUUCUCCAAAUGACGUAAAAUCAUUCCUUAAACCAGCACCCUAUGCUGCGAUGAGGGCGGGUGCCCAGUUGUAGAAUAAAGAGUUGUAGAUUUCUACAUUAAUUUUUUUUUGUCUACCCCUUACAAAUAAGUGCGGUCCACCUGUCCAGUGAGUGUUCUCAUAAAGAAGCAUUGAGCACGCACAUACUUUGCAUGCGGAACCCUAGAUGUCAAAUUUAUUAAAUAAUUAAAUCGAUUUUUGCCUAUUGCCCUUAUUGGCUUUUUUCAUCUAAUAGUAGAUGUGGAAAAUGCAGCAUGGAAACCGUAAAACAUCCUAGAAACAGCACCAGUUUCAUAUACUAGGCUGUAGGGGCUGCAUCUGCACAGCAAAAUAAGUUACGGUGCCUACACUGUCCCUUUAAAAAACUUAAUUAUGUCAAAACGAUGAGGCCGGCUGCAUAAUCAUUGCCUUACCUUUACACCUACAUGCAACUGAAGGACUACAAUAUUUGAUUUAGUUGGUGUAUUAGCUUGAAAAAUAAAUUGAUUUAAUUGUAUAGGGUUCCCAGAAUCCUCUCUGCUAAUAGCAUGGGGGUUUGAGUGAUAUUAUUGUUAGUGUGUUUGUGAUGUAUUUCCAGUGUAAAUAUUAUGUCACUUUUUUGUGUUCCUUCUAACUGCAGCGUCAGGAAGAAUUAAAAAAAACCCUCUCCGUAUUACUACUGACAAUAUAUUGGUAAUCUAAGGCAUACGUACCAUAAAGCCCAUAGUGGAUCUCUCCAAAAGCACCCGGAGUCCCUUUCUAUUUAGUAAUUCUUCCUUUUCUCAUGCGAACUCAUAGAUGAGAUUCAUGUGUAUCAAUGGAACUGCUCGGUGCCUUGUCAAUCUGUUUAAUGCAGUGGGCUGCAAUCCAACCAUCUCAUUAUGUAAUUUAACAAAAACACGUUUAACACAUUGUGGGCCUGUUUGAAAAAAAAAAAACCAAACGAACACACUAUUUCAGCUGAUGGGUAGGUAAGAAAGCUGAGGUGAAUGUUACUGUUUGCAGAGAAAAACAUAGAUGCACGGUCCAUACCUCCCGACUGUCCCUAUUUAGGAGAUAAACUCGCUAUUAUUUUGCCCAAAUCCCUCUCUUCUCUCCCAAUGUCCUUCUUUUCUUGGAGCUCAGUAUUUUCAGUCAGUCUGAGUGUAUAAGAGAGCUCGCAAGCCAUUAUAAUAAUCCCUGUAAUGUGUAUUUGAACUACAAUAAACGUGUUUAGAAAUCAAGCUGUGUGCAUUAGUUACAUAAAUUGCUUCGAGUAAGUCACCUAAAAUUUCUCAGAACAUUCACACCCACAAAAUGUGUCCCUCUUUGUCACUUUGAAAUGUUGGUAAGAAUGGCAUAAACACACAGAAACAUAUCAGUCGUAAUCUUUUAAAAUCUUUUGCACUUGUUAUAUGGCGUAAUCAUUUCUAACAAUUUCUCUAUAUUCAUUAAAGCUUGUUAUGUUAAAGGGAAAGCUGUAUUCCUGGCACUACCAAUGCCCCUCCUACCCGCUAAAUAAAGGGUUAAAAACCCUUUAUUUACUUAUCUGAUCCCAGCGCCGAUGACUCUCGGUGCUGGGUCGAAGCUCUGCCCCCUCCUCCGUCACACGUGGAGCGGAACGGAGUCUAAUGCGCAUGCGCUCAAAUGCCAAACGCGCAUUAGACCUUCCCAUAGGAAAUCACUGAAUCAAUGCUAUCCUAUGUGGGGGGAGAGGGAGAAAUCUGACGCCGUAUGUCCUCAUGCAGAACCAAAAGUCUGUUCCGAUUCCAGAAGUGCCCCCAGUGGCUGUCUGAUAGAGCCAAUGACGGCAGACUUAGUGCUGCAAUGUUUAAAGGGACCCUCCUGGCACCCAGACCACUUCUGCCCAUUGGAGUGGUCGGGGUGCCAGCCCCCACCACCCUUAACCCUGCAAGUGUAAUUAUUGCAGCUUUUAAAAACUGCAAUAAUUACCUUGCAGGGUUAAGUCCUCCUUUAGUGGCUGUCUAUCAGACAGCCACUAGAGGGACUUCCGUGUUUUUAGUGUUUUAAACAACGCUGGACGUCCUCACGCUAUGCAUGAGCACCUCCAGCAUCGCUGGAAUCCCCAUAGGAAAGCAUUGAAUAAUGCUAUCCUAUGGGGAGGUCUAAUGCGCGUGUGUGGCCAUUGCCGCGCAUGCGCAUUAGGUCUCCCCCGUCAGCUGACCUCCACAGGGGAGGGGCGUGAGCGCAGUCUUACCCAGCACCAAGGGACAUCGGCACUGGAUUCAGGUAAGUCACUGAAGGGAUUCUAACCUCUUUAGUAACAUGGGAUGGGGGGUGGGAGGGAGAGGGGCACUGCAGGAUUCUGCAGUGCCAGGAAAACAAAAAUGUUUUCCUGGCACUGGAGAGUCCCUUUAACAUUGAAGCACUUAGGGCAAUAGGGACACUGCACCCAGACCACUUCAAUGAGCUGAAAAGGUCUGGGUGCCUACGUUGUCCCUUUCAUGGUGAACCCCUCUCUCCCCCCUUUCUGUUUGACCAAUAACUAAGGUUUUUGGCAUCAAAGCUCAGUUUCACCUCCACAUUAAUCAUCCGCAGCCGUCAAAUCUUGGACAUUAGUGAUAGGCUGUGAGCGAAGUAUUGUUGUCAAAGUUAGUAAUAUCUGUCAAGCUGUUGGCUGAAAAAUGGGGAAAGUGCACCCAGAGACUCUAACCAGCUGCAGUGGUUGUGGUGUGUUUCCCUUUUUAUAUAAAUGUAACAAAGUGCGUUCUUUUAUGUUCCAUUUAAAAUAUAUCUUUCAAUCUAGGGCUGUCUUAAGCUAAUUCUACAGGCCAGUAGCUCUAAAGUCAUUUGAAAUGCUCUAUGGGGUAACGUUCCCCUGGGUCCCCUGCAGAGUAAACAAUGCCACAUUUACAAAUGGAUUUUUCUUAUGGAUUAGGAGAAUAGAGAUUGGACACCUUGGAAGAGGUCACCCGAAUCCUAGCAUUCUUCCUUAAUGUAGACUUGUGCAGAUAAGAUUACCCUGUGGGUGGUGAAGCCAGGAUCAUUGUACUAAAUGUGUUUUCUCCUUUCUAAGGGGCAAGAGUAUUUACCAGGCACUUUUCUGAUGGUUUAACUUAAAAAAAAAAAAAAAAAAAGUUAGUUACUAUAUAACAUUUCGGGACUUUUAGCCUCUUAACCUAUGACUUUAAUAAGCAGAAAAAUGAAAAUGUGUGAUUGGAAAUAAAAUAAGAUUAAACGUUCUUUAAUCUCGCAGACCAAUUUUAGAGAUUUUCAGAUAUAAGGGGGCCUAACAGAGACAAGCAUGUCCCAGUCUGGCUAAAUUAUUGGGAGUUAUACUCCUAAAUGGCACCUACUUGCAUUUUAAUAACCACAGAAAAAGCUUUCACUGCAACUCCCACUUAGCUCAGGCAUCGCUUACAGUAGACACACCCUUUUAAUCUUACACUAUUCUAGAAUAACACUAACCAGUACCCAGUAAACCGCACUCCGACAACACUAAAUAUUAACCCCUACACUACCGUCACACUAAAAAUAUUGUGUAAUAGUAAAGAUUAAGUAUUACGGUAAAAUAAAGCCGUCACAGGUUUCAUCCUUCGCUUCAGCCAGAAACCCUAGAUGGCAUUAUUGUUAUAAUUAUUAUUAUUAUUCACAUAUAUCGUUUAUUUGGGGGGGGUUGUGUUUUUUUUACUUGUCAUGUCUGAAAGUCUUGAUUUGAAUUUUUUUUUUUUUUUUUUAAAUUUAAAUAAUGUUUUUACUCCACCAUGGGAAACUGUUAUCAAUUUCAAAUGAGAGCUGGUCUCCGUUAUUUGGUUUAAAGGAACACUCUAGGCACCAGACACCCUCCAGCUUAAUGUAGUUCUGGGGGAAAUCGCCUGUCCCUAAAGCCUCAGCAGUGUAAACGCUGCCUUUCCUGAGAAAAGGCACAUGUAGUGGCUGUCGCUUGGACAUGCUCUGUGAUGCUAUAUGCUCCCUAUAGAGAUCAAAUGAGCUGUCUAUGUGAGGAGAGGCUGAUUGGCGCAGCGCGUCCGUGUGCCGAUUGUGCACUAGCCUUUCAUGCGAGGAUGCAUUCGAUUGGCUGUUAUCAUUGGGAUUGGUUAUCUCAACUGCUAGUCGUCAGCCAAAUGUGUUUUUUUUUUUUUUUCUUCUUCUUUUGGGGGAAGUGGGUGGCUUGAUAUCUAAAUAGGUACUGCAACACUAUAUGUUCCUUUAAAAAUGGUAUACCUGAACUUUGUGUUUUACAUGUGAACAUUUAAAUUAAUGGUUUUAUUUUUUUAUCUGUUGUUGUAGAACCACGAAAAUAUGCAUCAGUUUGGCCCAGCCCUGGAAUUGAUAAAUUGGAAGUGUAGGUGAAGUCAGACUGAGACUUUCUCUGCCUUAACGGUGAGUUGAUAUUAUUAUUAUUUUAUUAUUUAUAUAGCGCCAUCAGAUUCCGUAGCGCUGUACAAUGGGUGAUAUCUGUGCUUCAACUUUUUUUGUAACAAAGUAAAGGCCAUCACACUCUAAAGUGUAAGCCACAGAAGCCCAGGUGGGUGCCAGCUACUUAUCUGUUGUCUGUGCGUCAAUGGAUCUCAUUCAAUGGAGGAAAUUACUGCGUGCGUUCGUUCCAGUGAUAGUCGUCAAGAGUUGGAAUGCGUUUCACGGUGUAGCCAAAAUGUAUAACUUGUCGCCAGCUCUGCUGCUCAUAAAUGCAAAUUUAAACAAUUACAGAAUUUCUGUACGUAUAUCUAAUGAAAUUGAUAAACCGGGAGAGGAUUACCAUCCCACAGAGGCCAACUAAACUUUCAACUAUUUCAAAAUAAAAUUGUCCAAUCUGUCGGAGAAAAAAGAAAAUAACACUAACUGAAACUAAUCGCAGACAAGCUGAUAUGCAGGAUUGGAAUGGGUCUGAUACAGAGGGUGUGAAAAGAAUCCGGACAUAAAGAGGCUGUCAGAAAUGCAGGGCUAGAGAGAGAUGGUACAUUUUGAAAGAUGACUUCUAGGAAAUGUAAGAGGGAGGCAAUGAAGUUAAGGAAGUGGACACAGAUGGUAUAAAUGUUUAAAAUGCAUGUAAUCACACUGUUAUUCGUAUUUAAGUGUGUACAGCGUUACUGAAUAUGUUGGUGCAUUAUAAGGGUUUGUUCAAUGUGCAUUUUUUUUCUUCUUUUUUAUAAAUGUACGCUAGAAGAAAUAAAAUGUGUUUUCUCUCUGGCUUCGAAGUAUUUGGAGUUUAAAAGAAGAUGUGAUUAAUGCACAGAUAUCCAUUCAUGGUCACGUUUUCCAUGGAAGUGCUCUAGCCUAAACACCCAGGUGGGUUUCCUGAGGAAUGCUUCAUUUGUAAGGCACAAUAAGGUUAAUGAGAGUUUGUUUUACAAGUCGUGAUGGAUGUCCAUACACUCUGCACGGCUUUUAAACAUGUGAAGUAUGGCAGAAAGGGCUUGCACUAAGUGAUGCAUACUCUUUUUUUUCUUUUCACAGUGUGUAGCAUAGUUCUGGUCACGUUUUUCUCCUGCAGAUGGUCUUUCCAUCCUACCCCCGCUUAGGCAGUCUAAACAUAUGGCGAAAAUGAUGUGUUUGUUAUACAACUUUUUUUGCUAGGAAAUUUCUGGUCUAUAGAAUUGUGCCUUCUUUCAUGGACUACACAAACACCCUGUACAUGGGUCUGUCGUGUGUGUAUAUACACACACACACACACACACACACACACACACACACACACCCUUGUCAAUGGGCCCGUUAUAUAUACACACACCACACACAGCCUUGUCAAUGGGCCCACUAUAUAUACACACACCACACACACACACAGCCUUGUCAAUUGGCCCAUUAUAUAUACACACACCACACCACACACACACACACACACACACACAGCCUUGUCAUUGGGCCCAUUAUAUAUACACACACCACACACACACAGCCUUGUCAAUGGGCCCAUCAUAUAUAUACACACACCACACACACACAGCCUUGUCAAUGGGCCCAUCAUAUAUAUACACACACCACACACACACACAGCCUUGUCAAAGGGCCCAUCAUAUAUAUAUAUAUAUACACACACACACACACACACACACACCCACACACACACAGCCUUGUCAAUGGACCCAUCAUAUAUAUAUAUAUAUAUAUAUAUAUACACACCCCACACACAACACAGCCUUGUCAAUGGGCCCAUUAUAUAUAUACACACCACACACAACCUUGUCAACCUUGUCAAUGGGCCCAUCAUUCAUACAUACACACACACACACACACACACACACACACACACACACACACACACACACACACACACAGCCUUGUCAAUGGGCCCAUCAUAUAUAUAUAUACACACCACACACAUACAGCCUUGUCAAUGGGCCCAUCAUAUAUAUAUAUACACACCACACACACACAGCCUUGUCAAUGGACCCAUCAUAUAUAUACACACCCCACACACACACAGCCUUGUCAAUGGGCCCAUCAUUCAUACAUACACACACACAUACAGCCUUGUCAAUGGGCCCAUCAUACACACAUUCUCACACACACACACACACACACACACAGCCUUGUCAAUGGGCCCAUCAUUCAUACAUACACACACACUCACGUAGUCCUGUCCAUGGGCCCGUCAUACACACACGGAGCACUACAUUAGUACUGAUUGGGUCAAUCCAAGAGUUGAAUGAAUUUGAGCUUACUGAAGUGGUUAUGGUGAAAGGACCCUUUCCCUACAGUCUUCAAUUUGAAAGCUCCUUAUUUUUUGAGGUAAUAAAGCUUUGAAUUGGAGAAUGGAGCUGCACAUAGUGUGGUAUAGUAAGCUGAUAGCAGUUAUUGUAUCGGUUUGUGGAGAGAGGUUCCACACUGUGUAAUAAAUGAAGUGUGCUUUUAAUGAACCUAUUCUCACAUGUAAAAAGGAAAGGUUAUUGUUAAAGUUUAUCAUCCAUUUAGUUAUUUUUAUGAGCGCGCACAUGAUUAAUGCAAUAAAAGAAAACAAAAUUAUGUAAUAGAAAAAGAAGAAGAAAAAAAAAAGCAUUCACCCGGGCAGCCUUAAAAGGGGGUGGGCACGGUUUAGUGUUGAAAUAUAAACACAACCCUUGAACUCUGCUUUUGUCUGUUCAUUGAAAGAUUAGGCCUGCUUUUGACACCCUCUUUGAAGCAGAGUUUGUUCAGCCUCAGAAAGCAAGCUCUUGGUUCUAGUUUUAUGGUUUGUAGAGCUGUGAAGACAAAAUAAAAAGGAGACGCACACAAACACAACUGGAGGCUAUUGACCAGGCCGGGUUUCUAGGAUAACUAAUUACUUGGAGUGCGUUUUGCUGGCUGUGUAAAUAACUGAACAGCUUAAGUGGUUAUAGAUUGAUGCCUGUUACUGGGAGUUUGUGAAUUGUUCCUGAUUUAACAGCACAGUCCAUUUACUAGACAAAGAACCAUCACUAUUCUGGAAGUGAAACCAUUGAAUGAAAUGAUUGAAAGUUGCCUAUAACUUGCAUUUAGCUUUUUAAAUUUAUAUUAAAGAUACAGGAAGUGACAUUACAAUUCGGUUCCCCGCACAACCAUGGCACACAAUGUAAAUCCUCUUUUAAAGGGCACGUGUCAUUUCCCAAACAAACAGUGCUCAUUAGUUUAGGCCUAAAAUUACAUUUCUACAUCGUGGUAGCAGUUUUGCUAGCAACUGCAUAGAUUAGGGGGGAAAGCCUAUUUGCAGAUAAGUUUCUCUCCCAGCUGUUAGCCAGUGUCUCGGUGUGUCAAGGGAGAGAUGAAAAGACCUCCCACGGGAUGUUCCUCUGCUCUCCUCCCAUAGCAACCACUGUGCAUGCAUUGCGGUUGCUAUGGAAACUCGAAGCGCCAGUGGGGGAGUAUAGAAGCAGAGUGACUUCAGGUCACUCCGUUCAGACACUGGCACGCCUGCAACAAAGCCAGCGCACCGACGUCACUGACCAGAUUUGUCCUGAUUAGGGUGCGUCCCAAGCAGGGCAAAUCGACGAACAGAGCGCAGGUGGAGUGGCGGAUAGCCUAGAGUAACACCUACAAUGCUGGUGCUGCAUAUAGACCGGUUCCCCUCUGACAAGCCAGGUCGGGCGAAACGCGGGCGUCAGGGGUACAUGUGAUGCUGUCUCUGAUCAUGUUCUGACAGCACCACACUUCAAACUAUCAUAUUCUACCUCUAGAAAUCUGACGUCUUAUCUACUCUUAGCACUAGGGAUCUCUAAGAGUUUUAUUUAUGGGAAUAGCUGUAGGUGCCCCUGAAGGCAGUGUUGAGCGUUAUCUACUAUCUUAUUCCGUUAGCUAUUAAAUAUUACUGCAGGCGCUCUCCCUCUAUUGGGUUUCAUCAGCCAUACGGUCUAGUUAUUUUUCCAACAAUAGACCGGCAUGUGAGUUUGGCUAUCGUGUAUGCAGCCACUCUAUAUUUAUCCGUAUGUCUACUCCCCACCCUCCUAUCCCAGGAUACUACCCAAUGGUAUUAUCAUACUGACAGUGUAUCACUGUACCUGCAGUCCUAGCUGUAACAAUCCACGGCAGCAUUAAUCUAUCACACUGACAACUUACUCUUACCACCUUGAACUGCUCACUUUGACCAAGUUCAUUAGCAGUCCAAAUUAAAAUAAUUGUUUGUACCACUAACCACGUGGUAUGCGGCAUUCAUACGCUACCACAGUAGUAUUAGACCAACUUACAGUAGUGCUACAUACUAUAUAUAUGUUUACAACAAUAUUGACAUCUCAGUUAGCAGGUAUUUGCUUGUCAUUAUUUAGUUCACUAUUACUCUGCGUGAGUUUGUGCCUUUUAGACCGCAUACUCUGGAUCCUUUUAUAAUUGAUGCAUCUGUCUUGGCACCACAUGCUUUAUCUGGCUUUUCUGCUAUAUUGGAGUUGCAGCUGGAGUAUUGGUUAUCCUGAUUCAGCAAUAGCACUAUUCCACCAUUUAUUUAGUGCAGUGUAUGCAUGAUUCAUACACAUGCUCAACUAUUCUAUAGAUACCUAACCCGGUUAGCUACACCCCUUCUACCAAGCACAGACGUGUGCUUUUUUGUGUAUUAUCACAUCCAAGACGCUAGAGUCUAUUGACUUUCGUUUAUAUAUCGAUUUAUCAAACAUUGAUUUAUUCUUUUAUUAUAUAUAUUUCACUUUUUUUGUGUGUAUAUAGCACUUUGGGUUAUUGCUAGAAGCUAUUUUUACAUUCUUAUUUUAAUAAACUUUUUUAUUUUUGACCUUUGGUCUUUUAUAUUUGAUCUUGUGUGACUCCACUUUAUCUGGAGUUAUCCUGAACAAAUUUGCGACUCAUCCCAGUAUCCCCUUUCGGUACACUAUUUCAAACUUAUAGAAUGGAGGAAAAGUGAGUAAAUCUUUCUAUAUACAUUGAAUUCACCAUGCAUUCAAUGUAUAUAGAAGUGACUUUGACUUGUUUGGUGACCUACUAUUACGUUUUAAAAUUUGUUCAGUGAUUCAAUCCUAAACGAAUAUAAUUUGUUUCUAAUUUAAUUCUGCAGACUUCCUUUGAAUGGCUACAAUAAAUUGUGUAUUAACAACACUGGCUUCCUAAAAGCCCUUCCCAGUGUCAAUGCUCUGACAUUAGUAAGCGAUUUUAGGAAGCCAUUGCUGUUUAUAUGCGAUUUACUGUCGCCAUUUGACUGGCCGUGACACAUUGCGAAUUCACAGGUUCCCCAGUAGCUGGAAUAUGAGCAAAGUGGCCCAAUGAUUGGCCCUCUGGUGUAUAGAUCGGGCACAAUCUGUUUCACUGCACUGUUAGCCAAUGAAUUAACUCUGUGACACAUCAAUGGUGUAAACACACAUACAGCACAAGGAAUGUCUGUGAUUGUGUAACAUUGUUUCAGCAAACGCUUAGUGCAAGUGAACGACUCCUAGAGCAUCAUGGGAAUGACAUCACACUGAACACAUCACAAAUGCUGUGGGACAAACACACACAUACACACAUACACACACACACACACACACACACACACACACACUUUCUGUGGCAUAAGUUUAGCUUUCUUUUAUUCAUGGUCCAAAGCUCUCCCUACCCCUUUUUAAUUUUUAAAAUGAUUGUUUAUGGUGUAAAUUUGUUAUAUCAUCGUUGUGUGUUUCUUUUCACUUAAAUGUGUGCUGGAAACCAAUAAUGCGUUAAUGAGCUGUGGCAGCCAUUGUGUCAAUGUAUGCUAUAACGUUUGACUAAUUAUAUACCCUCAAUCUCUUAAGUAUAUUUAACCAUUGAGUGUUAAAGUUGCUUUAGCGACUCAAUAACUUGUACUAUUUGAACAUUCUUCAGCAAAUUCCUUUGUAGAUAAAGUUAUUUGUACCGCAGUAAAUAGUUAACUCGGCCUUCCCUAUUGUCACCUGCUUUUUAUAAAAGCUGUGCUGCUAAUUUGUUAGAACUCUUUAGAACCCUUAAGUUAGUGAAAAAGGAGUUUUGAAGUACUGGUAGUGAUUUAAUGUGAUUUAUUAUCCGCUAAUGAGGUCACACCGCUUACUGGUAACAUAGGAAGGUGGUAAAAAGGAAAUGGGUCAGAGGGUUAUGGGAGAAUGGUAUAGAGCAGGGUAGAUAGGACUUAGAAUGAUAGGGUAGAGACGGAUGUUAGAAAGUGGAGAGAAGUUGGAGCAUGUGAACAUUUAUUUUAAAAAAACAUACAAUAAAUGUUCACCGUAAGAGUAUAAUAGCCCCUAAAGCAAUCUGCGUAUACAUUUUCAUAAAGGUAAAUUAUAUUCUGUUAUUUUAGGUUUCCUUUCAUGAUUAACUUGACACGUCUCCAGCAUACCAGCGCAGCCAUUACUGCAUCAUUGUCCGUGUAACACCCACGUUUGCCCACAUCUCUCAAUCUGGUACCAUUUGCCAAGCUUGAGAAGUAAACCCUCCCCCAACACCCUGGCUUCAUUACCUUUCCCUCCAUUCAUAUCUAUAAUGGAGAGCAGGUAAACUGCCAGUAGGAAGAUUCUCCUGCUCUCACAUGUCACUCAGAUCAUCAGGUGAGGAAGUACAUUUUGAAAUAUAUUUAAUUGUAAAUCUAUACAUUUGCCAGCCAAUGUAUAGUGUUUAUUUGUGCCAACCUAUUUUUAAUGCACUGUACAAUUAGUGGACAAUCAAUGAAUUUAAAAUAAUUUGGAUAUACAGGAAUGGAGGAUGAUGAAUGUCUUGCAUGACUGUCUGCACCACAGGGGUGCCCAACAGGUGGAUCCCCAGAUGUUGUAAAACUACAGCUUCCAUGAUGCUUUGCCAUUGUAAAGAUUAAUGCAUGCAAAGCAUCUUGGGAGUUGUAGUUCUACAACAUCUGGGGACCUACCUUUUGGGCACCCCUGCUGUACCAUGACUGGUGCAUCACACUUUAGGCAGAACUAUAGGGAUUGUGGUUAGGGGGGGAAGGCAAGGGGGGGGAAGGUUAAUGGAAAUCUGGAUAGAAGGAAGAAUCGUUGAGGCUGGUAUAAAUGUAUGAGAGACUAUCGGAGGCCGGGAUUUGGAAGGAGGAUAAAGGUGGCUGCUAGGAAGGAGUGACAUUGAGAGAAAGCCAGAGAGGAAUAUCUUUUUUGUUAAAUGUGGUGAUUCAGGUGUUAAGGUAUUCUCACCAGCCUGUUCUUUGGAAUUGUGCAAAACUCCCAAUGAAAGCACCAGUACCACAGGAUUGCACACUUACUAUGCAGCGUGAUUGUGUAGUGCUUCUAACAUGGCAAUUGUGAUACCUCUGUCACAGUAAAUAUGAACGGCAAUGCAUAAAAUGUGUUUUUGAAAUAAAUGUAUUGAACGUGUGGGACUUGAAUCAUUUAAAACCUAUCUGUCUGUCUGUCUGUGUCUUUUUCAUUGGGACAAUGGGAAACGUUUGUGACUUUCAGGUCUUGGCUGAAGUGGAACGGCCCAGAUUCCCAUUAUUUAGGAUUUUGGAGAGCAGGAUAAAGCGUCACAUUGACAGUGUGCAUAUUAAGACGUCAUAGUUGUCCAUGUGCUUGAAUUUUCUAUUUUACUGCUGGCUGGAUUUUUAAUUAUUUUUGCUGGCUGGAGAUAUACAUUCUAUGUUAAUUUAAACAUUUUGUUGUCUGUACAAGUAAUUUUCAGUUAAAUUAUACAGAGUAAUGAAGCUAUCGCUCCUUGGUUAAUUUGUAAUGUAAAGCGCGGCUGUUACUGAUCCCCCACCAUCUGGCUCUACGUCGUGUGGAAGACGAUUGGGGGGCACGCUCUUCUUUUUAGAAGUGAAUUUAUUGCAGAAUGAAAGUGUUUCAUGGCUGACCCUCUCAAUUCUGGGAACCAUAAAUCAGGCUAUGGGGGAAGUUUUUCAAUGAGACCAGGGCUUAACGUGUUCCCUUUAGAAGUUAUAUUUUAUAAGGAGAUUGAUUUUAAAGCUGACUCGGAACUACAAUCGCUUUUGAGUUGUGACCUUUCCUAGCAAGGGGCAUAUUUAUCUACUGUCUUGUAUUGGUUAUUUUUUUUCUCUCAUCAGUUGCAGCUUUUGCUCCUUAACCAUCAUUUUUUAAUAUACACUUUUUUGAGGGGGUUCUUCAGUUGCACAGUAGAUUUAUACAUUUUUCCACUGCUUUGUUCAAUGUGAAAAAGUUCUGCUUUCACUCUUUUAAAAAAAAUUUUUUUUUUAAACUAUCACUUUUUAUACACGCCACAGCAUCCCAAGAAGCGGGACACUGGCAGGUGGUGGGCAGGUGGGCGUUAUGCUUAUUUGGGCACAGUGCGUUGGUGCCCCUAUAAGCAGAAUACAUUGAACAAACUCAGGACGGCAGAACUGGUCCCAGAAAUUGAGACAGUCCCAACAAAAGCAGGAUGGUGGGGAGGCAUGGAUACACACUUUAAGAAAUUUAAUCAAAAUAAUGAUUGAAUGUAACCAUCACUUUGACAUUUCUCCCUCAAUGUGUCUGUCAGCCUACAACCAUGACUCAUGAACACCUGUUUAAACCCUCUGCAGAGAAUAUAAAGAUCUAAAGACUGAGGGCUGCAUUUCUCUAAAUGGUUACUCAAAAUUAAAAUAAUUUACACUCUGCAUAAUAUCAAAUGGGAUAAUUAAAAAAUAAAAUAAAUAAAUGGCAACUCUUUCAGUACCACUAAUAAUUUGGUGAAUUAUCCCUAUACCAUGUCUCCUCUUCACUCUCUAGUUUCACAUUCCAAUGUGUCUCCCUCGUUUGGCUAAUUUGGUACCACCUAUAGUAGGAGCUCAGAGUGUUUGCUGGUUUGUGGAACCCCCUCUCCCCAACUCCAAGAAACCCUUGUUGUUUUAAAGCAUUGCUAAAAUUUCAGCAGUACAGUAGAAAAUAAAGUGAACAACAUGUUUUGCUGAAUUACUGCAGAAGCAGCAGAGCUUGCAAUUAACCCUGCAAUGUAAAAAAAUUAAAAAAAGCUGUUUUGUUAAAGUAACAUUGUUUGCAAGGAAGGGAUAAAUGCCCAGACAGCCGCUAGAGGUGCUUCUACCGUCAUAGAGUUAAAAAUGAUCCUCAAUCAGUUGGUCUCAUAGAGACAAUUUGAUGUUGCAGUGUGACAUUGAACUGUGCAUGCGCAAUAGCCUCCUAAUGAUUCCCAGUAGGGAUAUUGUAUUGUAUUGGCUGAGAGUAUCUGUCUUGAUGAUGUCGGCAAAGGAGGAGGAAUGACCUUGCGAGACCAGGGUGUGCGAGAGCAAAAGCCUUCCAAACUCUCACGGUUUGAGACCAGUUUUCCUAACGUGUUAAUGUUCCUUUUACAAUUCAUCAAUACAGUCCUCAAGUAUCCAUUUUACAUAUGAUUAUAUUUUGCCCUAGAUUAGGAGGUUUACAAAUGUAGUUUAUUUAUUCAGUGUGUGUUCACUUGCAGUGCAGCUCAAUGCCAGGCUCUAAUUAAAAUCAUUAACAUGAACUUGUGUGAAAUAACAAUUAUAACUAAGAAUUAACUGCUCGUUGGCAUUUGUCUUGUAUGCAUAUACAUAUUUUAUUUUCUAUUGUUUAAUCUUUGUCACAUUUCAUUCUCCUUCUUUUGCUGCACCACAACCACUGUGAGCCUUUGACUUGCUGUGCAUCUUGGGAGAUGUAGUUUACUAUCUGGAGUGCUGCAUGUGACCAGCCCUGUUCCGUAAAUUAGUGAUGCUUGGCUAGCUGAAUAGCUGGACAUAAUGUGAGCUGUCUAAGAUUGCUGAAGGGGCCAAGGUCUUUACGCUACGGCUACAAAUGUAAACUCUCUUUUCAGUAAAUUCUGACUUAAUUAUUGUUCAUUUACGUGGGAGAGCCUAGAUGGUUAAUACACAGAUUGUUGAAUAGAACACAUAAGAUCCAGCGCACUCACUCACCUACUAAACAGCAAUUUCAAAGCUUACAGAUUUUAAUAGUUUUCUUUAAACAUUUUUUUAAAAACACCUAAUUUAGGUGAAAAUAAUUUAGUUACAGUAUAUGACCAUUCAUUUUUUUUUUCAUGUUUAAAUCUUUAUUUCACUUUUUCAAAUUACAGAGAAAACACAACACUGUGCAUCAGUAUAACAAAAAAAAAAAAGAAAAAAUUAAUAAAAAUAAAUACAAAUAAAAAUAGAAAUAAAAAUUCAUUGCGUCUUGUAGAAUAUAUUCGGCCCUCACUGUACCUGACUUUUACCGGCCAGGUCUAGUAACUGUUAUACGGAAAGGGGGAUUACAAUACCAGGUGGAUUUGUGUGUAGCAAAUCAAACUUUUUUUUUUUUUUUUUUACAAAUGUUUUCAUUUAUCGGUUUCAAUUUCCAAAGUGUUUUCUGUAAGCAUGUCAACAGGAAAUAUCCCCCUGUCUUGGCACAUAGGCCGAUACCCCCUCCAGAUGUACUAAUCUGCUGAUGGUUUAAACGCAGGAUACCCCAGCGCAGGCUUCAAAUAAUAGGCUUGCGUUAGGUGAUGGUCUGUCGUCGCCUGCAAAGUGUUAUUUCUCCAAAGACUCUGAACGGGAUGAAAUGAUUUGUGGAUAAAUUAUACCGAUUUGGACGAGGGGUGGUUGGGGGGAGAGUAUGACUAAAGGAAACCUGCAAUGUAUUAAGGAGAUAGAGAGAAUGGGAAUGAGCAGAGGGAGGGGUGUUGCAUGGAUUUGCUGCCUAUAAAGGAGGUUGGUAAUUCUUAUGCUAAUCCAGGCCUUGGAUAAGGAGUAGGCAGCCCCCCCUUCCACACAAUGGCAUUGGAGCCAGGAUGUCUGGUCUGUAGUCUAGUGCGCCUUGAAAAGCAUGUCAGACAGGGCGCCUGAGGCAGCCUUUGGGGGCAGGAGCUGAAGGAAGAGAGGGAGGAUCGUUUGUUUCCUUGCUUCCCUGCUUCCCUGCUUCUUUAAUGUGUUGGCACAAAGCCAUAUAAGAGAGAGAGAGAGAGAGAGAAAUGUUAAUUCAAGAAAUGCAGGCAACUGGGGAGAGAGUACAUUUCAUCCCCACCGGAGCAUUCUCUCUCUCUCUGUCUCUGCCUCUGUCAGUGUUAACCCAUUGUGUGCCGCAGGCCUUGCAUUCCAACACAGUGACGCACAAUUUGUCUCAGAGCGUAAAAACACACUGCUACGGGGAUUUAGUUUUGUGGUGUCUUAACGUUUUAACUAGGGAUAAACUUUGAAGUGAGUACGUCUCUCUUGGAUAGUCCGUGCCAGAAAUCUAGCAACGGGUCAUGGCAUUCUGUAACGUUUCCAGUAACAAUCACUCCAACGUGGGUAGACUGUUGCACAGAUUGAAGGAUGCAGCAAAUAUCCCAAUCAAUUGGGUGGGGGUCUUCUAAAUUUCUUCCCUUUUUUUUUUGUCCCCCCCCACCCUUUCCCUCUGCUCAAGCUGCGUACCAAAUAGCCUGAUUUCAUGGAUUCCAUAUAUAAAAAUGCCAACGUUAAAGGACUGUGUGAAACUUCAGUGUUUUAGUAAUGGUUUUACUGUACUGCAGAUUGGCAACACUAACUAUGAAAUAAAAAGGUGCGAUUUAUAGUUUCAUUUUUUUCUUCUUCUUUCAUUCUUUUUUAGCACCUUUAUUUUUACUUGUUUUGUUUAUACAGAUUGGCAACACUGCCAUCAAGAACCACUAACCUGCCAGCUCAAAAAUCCUGAUUUCGGAAAACACUUUUCUUUUAAUUUUUUUACAUUUUAUUUUAAUUAAAGUCUCUUAUUUGUAGUGAGCGAGCGUGGCUAAGGAGGCUUAUGGUGCAUAAUUCUGCAAAUGCCUUUAUUUUAUGGAGAAAAAAAAAUGGUUGGAGAGAGGACAAAAUCUAUCAAAUGCAUUAAAGUUGAAUUGGUGCCCAUAAUGUCCCUUUAAACCCUGCACUGCCCUGUUAGUUCAAUGGAGGGGCUUCCACAGAUUAUGCUUGUUUUCCCUCACAGCCUUCACUAGCGAUGGCUGUUAGAAAUUAUGACAAAACUUGUCGUAAUAACGAUUACCUCUGCCUUUUAGUCAAGUUUUGUCAGCCAUAGAAAAAUACAUAAGACAAGUAGUCAUUCAUUGGUGGAUACCAUCAUAAUGAAAAACAAAAUGUCAAAUAUAUUGGAAGUGGUACAUUAAAUGUCAGCAUAAUUUGGUGUGUGUAUUAUUAUUAAUUACAUUUUUAUGUACUGUGUAAAUACCAAUAAUAUAGAAUUUUGCCAGAAACCAUAGGUGGAUGAAGACUCUGCUCAUACAAGCUUACAAUCUAAGGGGGCAGGGGGGUUAAAUGCAGUACAGUGUUGGGGAUAGGAACCAAGUAGCAGAAUUGAAAGGUGAGAGCGAAGUGGCGAUUAAGUCCCCUAUUUAGCUUGAGAAAGUAAUGGCAGUCACCCUUGUAGUCUGUGUGUGUAUAUAAUAUUUGUCUGCCAAUCAUUAAGCCAAUAAAGUAUUUUGACAAUAUUUCUGUACCUCCUCCACUAUUUGAUGUGAUGUAUUGAUAACAGACUAAUAUUCUAUAAUCGUGGUGCAAUAGAGGAAUAGGGGUUGAUAAAUAAAAGUCUGAGGAAUGUGCGUGCUGUUAGUACAUCCUGUCCUGGGCAGACGUAGAGUGUAAACAAUCACACUAAAAGGAAUGUUUGUUGUAUUUGAACACGUGAAGAGACAGUCGUGUUAUGAGGAUGAGAAUAGGGCAGGCAUUUCAAAGAGGAAGACGUUCUUUGUUAAUAGGACACCACCGUGAAAACAACUCAGGGGUGAAAUAUAAAUAGAUCACAAACCGGUGACCCACGAAUGGGAAGGAUCUUAUACAAGACGUGUUGUUUCUUGUGGUUUUUUUUUUUUUCUCUCUUCCUCUCUAACAUUCUACCUAAAGUCGCCAUAAUUUCUACAUUUUACCAGGAAAGCUACAUUGAGAUUUCUCUCAUUUUCAAGUAUGUCCUGGGAUAUAGUACCUAGAAAGCAAGGUGCAAAUGGUAUUUUUAAAGGAACUCUAUAGAGUCAGGAAUACAAACGUGAUUUCCUUAUGCAAUAGUUUUGAAACCACUGUUUAGGUUUUUGGCCCCCAUCGUCGCUGGUUAAGGUGUAAAACUCACUUUUUUAAGUUUUCCAGCACUGCGUGGGUCUGUUGCAGUUGGCUCGGCUACCACUAUGCCUUUUUGGCAAACUUGAUCUUAGCCAAUACAAUGCUUUCCCAUUGGAAAGCAUUGGGAUGCUACUGCACAUGCUCAGUCAAUGCAGCUCUAUGACGAGCGUUCAGAGUUUCCAUGCAGAGCAUGGAGAUGCUGAAUGUCAGUGCUGCACUGACCCAGGAAACACCUCUAGUGGCCAUCUGAUUUACUGCCAUUAAAGGCGUUUCUAGGCUGUAAUGUAAAUACUGCGUUUUCUUAGAAAGCCUUCAAGUACAGACUAUACUAACCAGAACAACUGCAGUAAGAUGUAGUUGUGCUGGUGACUAUAGUGCCCCUUUAAUGCACAAUAUUUGGGAGGGUUAAGUGCAUCAUAUGCAUACAGCAACUUUUUGACCAAUCAUCUCCAAAUGUUCGUUUUUUUACUCUUAUUUCUUCUUUUCUGUUCCUGUUAAAACUUUAUAAGUCUUCCUCCCCAAUUUUAAAAGCCAAGUGCUCUUUUCAUCCCUCUUAUAUGUAAAUGUUUAUCUACUUGCCCAUUUCUCAAUAUCUCCUUCACCCACCCGCAUCUCUCUCUCAACACCACCACCACCCAUAGCUGUUUUUUUUUUCUUAAAGGGAACACUCAGAAUUUUUUUUUUCAGUAACACAGAAAGCACCAUAACCACUACAGUGCAGUGUAGUUGUUAUGGUGCCCUGGUGCCACCCUCUCUCAUCAAUUGUAAGGCUGGGGUACACUGGGUGCCACUCCCUGCAUUCACUACUGGGAGAGGGGGGGGGGGAGUUGGUGAAGUAGAUUUGCAUGUCAUCUGCAUAGAAAUUAUAUUGGAAGCCAAAGGAGCUAAUGAGUUUACCAAGGGAGGCAGUAGAGAUGGAGAACAGUAGGGGACCAAGGACUGAACCUUGGGGGACACCAACAGAGAGGAGUUGGGAAGAAGCAGAGCCAGAGAAAUAAACACUGAAAGCGCGCUGGGAGAGGUAGGUGGAGCACCAUGAGAGAGCAGUAUCUUGUAGACCGAUAUUGCGGAGGAUGAGAAGAAGCUGUUGAUGAUCAACCGUGUCAAAAGCCGCACACAGGUCAAGGAGAAUAAGGAUAGAGUAGUGACCAUGAGAUUUUGCAGCGAGUAGAUCAUUGGAUACCUUGGUCUCAUUGGUUGUGAACAAUCCUCAUUGGUCCAAGCUCGCUGAUGGCACACCACCCAAAAUUCCAAAUGGACAAAGAGGAGUGGGGGUGGGGCUAUUUUGAGACAUUUUAGGUGACUUGUAAUUUAGGCUUAUCUAUGCUAACUAAAGUGUAAUUUUAAACAAGAACACAGUAUCUUAUUUCCGCACACAUGUGUACAGCUUGACAAAGGCCCUGCUGUGGGCCGAAACAUUGCUUUCAUCUGCUCCCCUAAACCUGCUCACUUUGGGUUUACGUUUUGUGCCUGGACCAUCAUUUAUUUUCAGAAAAUUACAUUGUGAGGAUUGGUUAACCUUAGGCCCAGUUGCACCCUGGGAUCCAGGCGAGUGCAGUAUCCUGUAUGGUAAUUACAUGUAGUUUAACAGAGUUCUAUGGCAAUAAUACUCCCAAUAAUGUGUCCCAAACACUCCUAAAUAGCGACAAUUGGGGGGUAUGGAGGAACACUUCCAACAGCAAUAUCAAAACAUCAAAAUGCAAAAGUGGUCAUGGUGCUUGAAAUGAUCCUUUACACGCAUCAGCACUUGGACAGACACCUCACGACAUCCCAAUCUGCCUUCUAUAAUUGUAUCGAUAGUUAGAUCUGUCCAGUCAGACGCUUGUCAGAAGCGUUGCGGACAUACGGUACACUCUGCAAUCAGUGUCCUACCAAUCCUAUACUUGACUAUGCAGUAUGUGAUGAUGCUGAGAGCAAAAUCUAAUGGCCUGAAGUAGUAGAUGACUGUCUGCUUGGUAGCACCUAGAGGUGUGUUUUCUGUAAAAUGUAAACAUUAAGAUGCAGUGGUUUUGGUGAUUAGAAUGUCCCUUAUGACUCAUGUAAAGCUGGUAACCUUAGACUCUUAUUCCACUCUCACAACACUAAAAAUUUUAGCCUUUAGAAACAAGUAAUAAAUUUAGCUCAAACAUGGGGGUACGUCUACCUACAGUACAUACGGAGUUCUACAGCACCCAUGACUUUUUUCUCUGUAAGUCUGAAUACAUUCCACAUGUACCAUAUGUGAUUGGUGAUUCUCAAUGCUCGUUACAUAUAUAUUAUUUUCUAUGCAAACACAGUUUUGCUGGUGUUUGUAGAACAUCAUUGAAUAAAGAGUGUUUUUUUUAAAUUUAUAUAUUCAAAAGCAAACCUGUGCCGAUGUCCUCAUGAUCACAUUUAUUAUUGUACAGCGCUGCGGAGUAAGUUGUCGCUAUAUAUAAAUGCUGAUAAUACUUUGUUGCAGAUUGCACCACAUUGAGCACUCUAACCCAAUGUUGUAUGUUCUCAGUGGCUCAUUGUAUCUUUCCCAUUCAUGUAUCUGUAGAAUACGGCACAGCCUUGAUCUACAGACUGAAAUAAAGGUUUCCCUUUAAUGUAACACUAUAAGGUCAGAAAUACAAACAUGUAUUCCUGUCACUAUGGUUGUGAAAACAUAGUUUAGGUCCCUGGCCCCCCGGUCAGUAAAAUGUGAUUUAUUUUUUUUGAUUUUUUUUUAAUUUUUUUUUUUUUUUUUUUUAAAUCCCCUUUAUUCCAGCGAAAAAUGCAACACUGCACUAAUCAACAUCUCUUCAUAGAGAUGCAUUGAAUCAAUGCAUCUGUAUGGGGAGCAUUCGGCGUCUCCAUGCAGAUGCUGAAAGCCAGUGCUGCACACUGUGCAAUUCUUCCCCAGGAAGCACCUUUAGUUGCCGUCUGCAUAACUGCUCCUCGAGGUAUCCCUUGGCUGUAAUGUAAGCACGGCCAUUUCUCUGAAAAGGCAGUGUUUACAUUAAAAUGCCUGCAGGAACAGGCUAUAGACACCAGAACAAAUACAUUAAGCUGUUGUCGGUCAAGUUUUGAGCUAGAAUUGUACUUUGUGUCCUUUCUAGAGACUUGCAUUGAGUUUGUGAUCAAAUGCUUUCCGGGAAGCUUUACUGCCACGCAGAUGCCAAGUACAUUCUAGGAGCCCUGGACUUUUCUGCAGCACAUGAUCUUCUCUUGGUCUCUGUAGUGUUUUUAAUAUGGUUCUCCCCUGUGGCUAUCCUGUCUCUCUUCUCUUGUGCCGAUGAACCCUCUUUGUUUCCUAAUUACCAAGAAGUCACAGAUGUGUGAAAAUUAGGCCACAGGUCGAAGGCCGCAUGCCCCAUACCCACCCAAAUUGGAAAUGACAGGCGUCUCUGUGCCCCAGCGCUAAUUUGUCUCUGUGUUAAACUCCUCCAGAGCCCCAAUUAAAAUGAAAAGUUCUUGGGUUUUGAUGAACGGACAGAUUGAGUUAUUUAUGGUGGAACCGUAAUUGAGGCACAUCCUUGAACAAAUAGAAAUUUUUCCAUUCAAGAAUAGCGCCAGGCUGACAGGGUCGCGGGGGUCAACCUCACCGAAACAAGAGGCCAAAGAAAGCCAAAACCAGCCUUCCAUUCAUCUUAACACAGAUCCCCUUUGUCUACAUUAACUGUUGAGGUGUGCAGGUUCACCCAGCAAGUCUAAUUAUGCUUUCUGCAUUAAUCAGUGUAAAAAAUAAUUAAUCCAACUAGCAUUAUUUUUGCUCUGAAAUUGGUACCAAGCUAGAGUAUAAACAUUGAAUUAUUUUUGUUGUUUUUUCUUUAUAGUAAUGUUUGUAUAUAUAUUUUAUGUUUUUAAGAAUAUGGUUUCAUUUUCCAUUGUGUUAAAGUUUGGUUCCUGACUCUUAAAGGGAUACUAUAGUGUCUGGAAUACAAAGCUGUAUUCCUGGCACUAUAGCUCCUUCUACCCCUGCCCCCAAUAAAUAAAGGGUUAAAAACUAUUUACUUAUCGUUUCCCAGUGCCGAUGUCCCGCGGCGGUGGGUUGACGUUCCGUCCCCUACUUCGUCACAUGACGAGCGGGGUCUAAUGCGCAUGUUUGGAAUCAAUGCUUUCCUAAGGGGGAAAAAAUCUGUCGCUGGAGGUCUUCAUCCAGAGCGUGAGGACGUCCAGCGUCAGUUACCAGACCAAAGGUCCGUUUUCAAUUCAGGACCCAACCCCAGUGGCUGUCUGAUAGACAGCCACUGAGGGCAGACUUAGUGCUGCAAUGUAAGCAUUGCAGUUUCUAUGGAUCUGCAGUGUUUAACAUUGCAGCACUAUGUGCAAAAAGGACACAACAGCUUAGCACUUUAGCUCAUUGAAGUGGUCUGGGUGCCCACAGUUCCCUUUUAGGCUGCUGUGGAAAACAGGACCCAUGACCCAAAACCAGUUGGAUGGCGAUGCGUUCGGAGAAAUGUAUUGCACAGUAGCUGGGGAGCUGAAAGUUAGUCAUUACUGUUGGAAGUUGGUUCAUGUUGAUUUUAAGUGAGACUCCUAAAAUGCUUCAAAGCGAAAUGUUUUUUGGUAAUAAGUGAAAUUUUAAAUGUUUUUUUUUUUUUUUCUUUUCUGUUUUAGACAUCAAGGAUCUAAAGCCAAAGAAACGGAGGACUUUGCAUUUGUUGCGUCCCCACGCAGUUCCUUUUCCAGCUAUUCUGUAGUCUGGUCAAGUCAUUUAAACCUAGUGAGGAAACUCAAUUUUUGAAGAAUGGAGGAUCAAUUUAGAAUCUUAUUAUUGGGGACCUUCCUCCUCCUGUCACUCAGUGUUCAAGGUAGGUAAAAACAUAAGAUGCUUUAAACCCGGACUUAGAUCUCUAGGUUCUCACAAUAUAAAGAUGCCCAAUGUAUAACCAUUAUCCUGAUUGAUUCUACUAAAGAUGCAGUCCGCAUAGUCUCAAAUAACAUAAUCCGAGCAAAAUUGGCCUUACCGUAGUGACAAAAAGCAGCACUAAAAAUAUAUGCGCAAAGAAAGCUUGUUUCAUGCACUACAUUGCGUCCGUUCAAGAAAGCAAGCAGAGUUUAGGAUUUCUGAGCACAUUUACUGUCUAGAAUUAAAUGCUGAAUUGCAUUAUGUGCUUUGCUUUCAGUUACUCCAACUGGAUUGACCAGCUGACUUACUGAAGUGUUUUGUCAAAGCAAAACAAUAUGCCAGAAAAUGCAUAUUGUAAAAUAAUUUAAUACCACAAGCAAAGUGCAUUUACUAUUUCUCAGGAAUUCCUUCUGUAACCCAUAAAAUGGUACCUGGAGGCUGACAAUCAGCCCACUGUUGCCUAGUACUAACUUUCUUAUUAGCACCAGACAUCGGCCAAUGAAAUGCUUUAGAACUGUGCAAUAUUAUUAUUGCCAUUUAUAUAGCGCCAACAGAUUCUGUAGCGCUUUACAUACAUGACUAUAUGUAGAUCUAUUUUUUGUGUUGUAUACAGAAAGGUUUUCCAUUUUCUUACUAAUUGGAUAUUCUCAUCUUGUUGUUUUUGCAAUACUACAUUUGGAUUAAAGGGGCACUCCAGACACCAUAACAACUUUAUCUAAAUUAAGUUGUUAUGGUGCCAGGAGACCCCUGGCAACACUCUUACCUUAAGGGGUAACCUGUUUUCUAACAAUUUAACCCCAAAGUGAGCCACCAGCUGCGAUCUUAACUUCCCCAGGCAUCAUCAGACUUCUGAAAUCUCAGCCAAUUAGUAAAUCCCCAUUCACAAAACUGGAUUAGAAAAAAACAAAAAAACUUACAUUUUCAAGCCAGUUUUGUGAAAAGGGAGUCACUGAUUGGCUGAGAGCUUCAGCAGACCGUUGUCAGCAAAUCAGCUCCUCCCCUUCCCAGUGGCACUCAGUGCUUCCCGAAACAGAGAUUUCAGAAGCUGGAUGCCGCCUUGGUCGGAAUUGAGAUCGGCACUGGAGGAUCCAAAACAGUAAGAGUGCACCUGGGGGCCUCUUGGCACUAUAACAACUUCAUUUACAUUUAAAUUGUUAUGGUGCCUAAACUUGGUAAGUGUGUAACAAGAUUUUGACUCUGUGACUAUUUCUGUGAACUCUGCAGCCUGGAUAUAGAUUGACAUGGAAGUAAUAAGGACAUAAUUCCAUCUACACAAUGUGCCAAUAGAAUUGCGAGAAAAUCAACAUAAAGAUAUGGCCCUUCCUUUCCAUGGUGCUUGUCCAUCACAGCAACUACAGUGUGCGCACUAUAGUGAUUCACUUUUCUUUAUUUAACACUGUUUAUAUGAGCGUAUUGAAUGCCUCACUGAAUUAUUAUUGUCCGUAUCCCACACAAGUAACUAUAGUCAUCAUUAAUAUUUCCAAGGUGCAGUUGCAACAACACACAACAAAUUUUAUUUUCUCUGCUGGUUAGUUUCAUCUUGGUCUGUUUAACAAGAAAUGUGGAUAAAAGGAAGAGCACAGCUAACAUUUGUAAGAUUACAAUACAAUCAAAGGCAACGUCAAGGUGGUACAAAGGUUACUCAUUAAAACAGCCAACAUAUUAUGUGUCGCACAGAUGUAAAUAAUGGCAGUCUUCCCAAACUUCAAAAAUGAAACCUACAACAUAGGGCCAGCCCUUAAACGCUCACCGUAACGUGUUCCCUGUGUUACAACACACUUCAAUAGGAAGUGUUGUUUCAGAGAUAAAGAAUAUCGCACUUUCACCAGGUGCAAAACCCAAAUCGAUUAGAUAUUAGUAAAAAGUAGGUGCAGGCACUCAAGGUCUCUUCUAAAAGGCAGAUUUAUUGAAAACUCAACGAGCAACGUUUCGGCAUACACAGAGGGCUUUGUCAACCGUGAUCUCUGUGUAGGCCGAAACGUUGCUCAUUGAGUUUUCAAUAAAUCUGCCUUUUUGAAGAGACUUUGAGUGCCUGGACCUACUUUCUACUAAUAUCUACUAACUUUGAGUUUUGCACCUGGUGAUAGUGCGCUCUCCUUUAUCUUUGAAACACACUGUAAAACUGAUUUGUAAGAAGUUUAGCUGGGGCAGGUAAGAUAUCUAAUAUUGCAAGGUGUAAAAUAGUAAACAUUACACUUUGAUUUACAGAAACUAUAAUCCCGGCUGUCAUAUGGUAACUUUGACAAACCCACUCAUCAAAACUUAGUGGUUACAUGUAACCGUUAAUCUUCAAUCAGUGUAUUUACUUAUUACUUGAUAUUUUGCAUCCAAGUCAGCAAAAACGUUGAUUACGAACCUAUGACUACUUGUCACUACACAAAAGAAGAAAAUACAGCUACAUGUAUAAUGUACACGUAUCUGGACUCUCAACUUCAAACCAAUUAUUUGUUAGAACUGUCAGAGCCAUGAUGGUGCAUCUAGUACCAAAUUGGAUGUUGAAAGGGACACUAUAGUCACCAGAACUACAGCUCAAUGUAUUUGUCCUGGUGUCUAUAGCAUGUCUCUGCAGGUUUUCUAAUGUAAACACUGCCUUUCAGUAAAAAGACAGUGUUUACUGCCUAGGAACACCUCCAGUGACUGUCACUCAGACGGCCACUAGAGGUGCUUCCUGGGUCAGCAGCACAGGUGCUGAACGUUCCUCAUAGAGAUGCAUUGAGUCAAUGCAUCUCUGAGGAGAUGCUUACCAGCGCAGUGCAGUGUUUUGCCACACAUGUGCAAUAGCCUGGACUGGCUGAGAUCAACAGUUUUUUGAUGAUCUCAGCCAAGUUGACGGAUCCGUGGCGAGACACGCACAGGGUACACUUUAUACCUUUUAAUGUGGCAAGGGGGCCGCCCACCUAAAAUGUAUUUUUAACACUACAGUGUCAGUAAUACACAUUUGUAUUCAGGACACUAUAGUGUUCCUUUAACUUGAUCAAGAACAUUAUUGUGAUGGGCAUUCCACACCUCCACUAUCAGGAGAAUCCACCAACAUACACAUUUAGGACAAAAUAUCAAGAGUUGGGAAGAAAUCCAACUUGACUUAACUUGGUGAUUUACAUGUAACAGUUAAUCUUAAAUCAGUUAAUCAGUUAUUUAAAUUUUAAUUAUUUCGCAUCCAGGUCAGCAAAAACUUUGAUUACUACACAUUUCACACAAGAAAACAAAAUCCUGUUAGAUGUAUAAUGUACACAUAUUUGGGCUUUAAACUACAAACCAUUAUUUGUUAAAAUUGUUAGAACCAUGUGAUGACACUAAUGAUGCAUCCAGUACCCACUUGAAUGUUUAACUAGAUUAAGAACAUUAGUGCAACAGUGGGCAUUCCAAACCUCAACUAUUAGGGGAAUCCACCAAAGUGAGAAUAAAAAGCAAACUUCAAAUCUAAGGUAAAAAUGGCCAAAUUGGUAAACUUCUCCAAGCCAGUUCGGCUACUUCUGGCUCUAACCCAAAAUUCACCAUGAACUCUCACCCAGGGAACAACCCAAUAUGUUUCAUGACAUUAACAAAACUAAGAGACCUAUUCACCAAGCCGCAAGUCGUAGUAAAUGGACAACCAACAUACAUUUAGGGCAUAGUAUCCGAGUUGGGAAGAACUCCAACAUUCUCUUUUGGCACACAUUUUGUGAGCUGGGUGUCGUCACCACAACUGAUUGCUUAGUGAUGCACCCGCAUUUGACCUGGCAGUGGCCAAGAGGUGGAUCACGACUAUAUCUCACAAUUCUCUGCCAGGAUCCAGAGCAAUGUAGUCAAGACAACUGAAUAUGGAACUAUUAGAAAAUUCUGAAUUACUUAACUAUUGAACCUGAAAACAUUUUUAGCUCAACAUGAAUGAUUAGCAAAGAAAAUCAACAUAAUCCGGCAAGGAGGUUUAAACCUAGCUUAAAGUAAUUGUAAGUGCAGUGGUGCCAUGUCUGUUUACUCCUUAGCAGUAAUGUGGUAGUAGUGGUGUUGAUGAUAGACAUGCAUGAACCUAACUGCUCACAGAGGUGGUCUCACUUGUCAUCCUUGAUAACUGUGGUGGUGAACUGGCUUGCCUCUAUGCUCGCCUCACAUUCUGCUUCACCUCUGGUGCUCUUAUUGUUAGUGGGGAAGUUCAGAGAAACCAAGCCACAAUCUUUGCUGCUGGGAGGAGGAAACACGCUUGCCACGGCCUCAUGAUAUGAUGGGGUUGCUUCAUAAGUGAAGAGAGGUGGGACACAAGCAGGAGUGGCAACAUUUUGUCUAGGGUACGAGGGAUAAUAGGAGUGCAUCCUAUACUGUGAGCUUACACUGUGUCCUGGCAAACUAUUUUCACCUACAUUCAUAACUACUAUGUAAGGGACAAAUGAUACAUGUUGCAGUUGUGGUCUUGAAGAUGUCAUACUUAUGUUUGGACAGGCAUCCUGCCACUGGUUUCCUGGCUGACUUGGGACGUGGGUUCGUGGAAUACUUCUAAAUGCGCUUGCCACUGGUGGGUUUGACGUGUGCGGUUGGCGUGGCUGGGCUUGACAUUGGUGCGCUUGACAUUGCUGGGUUUGACAUUGGUGUGCUUGAUAUUGCUGGGUUUGACAUUGGUGUGCUUGAUAUUGCUGGGUUUGACAUUGGUGUGAUAGAUAUUGCUGGGUUUGACAUUGGUGUGCUUGAUAUUGCUGGGUUUGACAUUGGUGCCCAUUGCAUUGCUGGUUUAGCCAUUGGUGCGCUUGGCAUUGCUGGGUUAGUCAUUGGUGCAUUUGGCAUUGCUGGGUUAUCCACUGGUGCAUUUGACAUGAUUGCGUUUGCCACCGGUGCGCUUGACAUGAUUGAGUUUGCUACCGGUGCACUUGACACGAUUGCGUUUACCACCGGUGCGCUUGACAUGAUUGCUUUUGCCACCGGUGGUGCGCUUGACAUGAUUGCGUUUGCCAUUGGUGGUGCGCUUGACAUGAUUGCGUUUGCCAUUGGUGGAGGGCUUAACAUGAUUGCGUUUGCCAUUGGUGGUGCGCUUAACAUGAUUGCGUUUGCCAUUGGUGGUGCGCUUGACAUGAUUGCGUUUGCCAUUGGUGGUGCGCUUGACAUGAUUGCGUUUGCCAUUGGUGGUCAGCUUGAUAUGAUUGCGUUUGCAAUUGGUGCGCUUGACAUGAUUGCGUUUGCAAUUGGUGGUGCGCUUGACAUGAUUGCGUUUGCCAUUGGUGGUGCGCUUGACAUGAUUGCGUUUGCCAUUGGUGGUGCGCUUGACAUGAUUGCGUUUGCCAUUGGUGGUGCGCUUGACAUGAUUGCGUUUGCCAUAGGUGGUGCGCUUGACAUGAUUGCGUUUGCCAUAUGUGGUGCUCUUGACAUUGUUGCUCUUGGCAUUGCUGGGUUAGCCAUUGAUGCGCUUGGCAUUGCUGGGUUAGCCAUUGAUGCGCUUGGCAUUGCUGGGUUAGCCAUUGGUGCGCUUGGCAUUUCUGGUUUAGCCAUUGGUGCGCUUGGCAUUGCUGGGUUAGCCAUUGGUGCACUUGGCAUUGCUGGGUUAGCCAUUGGUGCGCUUGGCAUUGCUUGGUUAGCCAUUGGUGCGCUUGGCAUUGCUUGGUUAGCCAUUGGUGCGCUUGGCAUUGCUUGGUUAGCCAUUGGUGCGCUUGGCAUUUCUUGGUUAGUCAUUGGUGCGCUUAGCAUUGCUGGGUUAGUCAUUGGUGCGCUUGGCAUUGCUGGGUUAGUCAUUGGUGCGCUUGGCAUUGCUGGGUUAGCCAUUGGUGCGCUUGGCAUUGCUGGGUUAGCCAUUGGUGUGCUUGGCAUUGCUGGGUUAGCCAUUGGUGAGCUUGGCAUUGCUGGGUUAGCCAUUGGUGAGCUUGGCAUUGCUGGGUUAGUCAUUCGGUGCGCUUGGCAUUGCUGGGUUAGUCAUCGGUGCGCUUGGCAUUGCUGGGUUAGUCAUCGGUGCGCUUGGCAUUGCUGGGUUAGUCAUUGGUGCGCUUGGCAUUGCUGGGUUAGUCAUUUGUGCGCUUGACAUUGCUGGGUUAGUCAUUGGUGCGCUUGACAUAAUUGGUUUUGCCAUUGGGGUGCUUGACAUGGGUGUGUUCAUCAUUGGUGUGUUUGCCAUCCCUGCCCUUGCCAUUGGUGGCCCAUUUACUCCACCUUGGUUACUGCCACUUGGUCCAGCAGUCAGAGCCAUUUGGUAGGGAGAAUAAUUGUGUAAGUUGUAGUAUGGGAAGCGUGGUGGCUGGUAGAAGUUAUCAAAAGCUGUACUUACAGCCAGUUCAGGGGUGCAGUCCAUGUGUCCUCUGAUGGUGACAGACAGAUCCCGAACCGUCACCCUUCUCCUUGUGUCACUGGGUGCGGACCCUUGGGUGGAGCUGCCUCCAGUGCUGGCCACCAGACAGCGAAUGCCCAUCUUCACUUCCAGGGCCUUCUGUCUGCGCAAUGCCAUCCUGGCAGCCAUGGCCCUCUGCCUCCUGACCACCUGCCGGCACCCCAUGCACACACACCACCUCCAGGCACAGAAGCUCUUGUGGUCUUUGAGGGGCGAGGCACAGCCAUGGGCCCGGCACCGCCCGCACUCGGGCAGCUUGGCUCCUCUCUUCUUCCCCGUGGCACGGAGCUGCGCAGAGCUGCCGGCAUUGCUCGGGGACUGAUCGCUGUUAUUGUCAAUCGCGAUCCCCGAGACAUGGAGUCUGCCACCGGCCGCAGCGUGCGCAGCGCUUCCUCACCCAGGGCAGGAUGUCACCGCGCAUGCGCCAGGCUGGGCUCCGCCCGCGAGGUGCGCACUCUGCCCUGUGACACGGCUUCCUGCACGGAGCGCACCCUGCACGGUGACGUCAUCCACUUUAAUGGUAAACUGUGAAAAACCCAGGUCCAGAAUGUCAGCAAUUCCAUGGGAUUCUAAAGUAAUGCUGGGCAUCAAGAGCUGCAGGCAGAUCCAAGCGGAGUGCUGUGAACACGGGGAUUCUGAUGCCAUAUCCUGAGAGGUGACAAUGACUGCCACAAUGUGAUGUCAUAUCCUGAGAGGUGACAAUGCCAGAAUGUGAUGUCAUAUCCUGAGAGCUGACAAUGACUGCCAGAAUGUGAUGUCAUAUCCUGAGAGCUGACAAUGACUGCCACAAUGUGAUGUCAUAGCCUGAGAGCUGACAAUGACUGCCACAAUGUGAUGUCAUAGCCUGAGAGCUGACAAUGUCUGCCACAAUGUGAUGUCAUAGCCUGAGAGCUGACAAUGCCUGCCACAAUGUGAUGUCAUAGCCUGAGAGCUGACAAUGCCUGCCACAAUGUGAUGUCAUAGCCUGAGAGCUGACAAUGACUGCCACAAUGUGAUGUCAUAGCCUGAGAGCUGACAAUGUCUGCCACAAUGUGAUUUCAUAGCCUGAGAGCUGACAAUGACUGCCAGAAUGUGAUGUCAUAUCCUGAGAGGUGACGAUGACUGCCAGAAUGUGAUGUCAUAUCCUGAGAGGUGACUAUGACUGCCAGAAUGUGAUGUCAUAUCCUGAGAGGUGACACUGACUGCCAGAAUGUGAUGUCAUAUCCUGAGAGGUGACCCUGACUGCCAGAAUGUGAUGUCAUAUCCUGACCGGUGACGAUGCCUGUCAGAAUGUGAUGUCAUAUCCUGACCGGUGACAAUGCCUGUCAGAAUGUGAUGUCAUAUCCUGAGAGGUGACGAUGACUGUCAGAAUGUGAUGUCAUAUGCUGAAAUCGAUGACAGUGCCUGCCAGAAUGUGAUGUCAUAUCCUGAGAGGUGACGAUGCCUGUCAGAAUGUGAUGUCACAUCCUGAGAGGUGACGAUGCCUGUCAGAAUGUGAUGUCACAUCCUGAGAGGUGACGAUGCCUGUCAGAAUGGGAUGUCAUAUCCUGAGAGGUGACGAUGACUGCCAGAAUGUAAUGUCAUUUCCUGAGAGGUGACGAUGACUGUCAGAAUGUGAUGUCAGAUGCUGAAAUACAUGACAGUGCCUGCCAGAAUGUGAUGUCAUGUCCUGUGCUGUGAUGCAAAUAAAGAUCAUAACAAUAAUCUGCUGUUUAAUCAGUUUAGUAACUGAUCUAUUAAUAUAUAACGGAGGAGCUUAAAGUGACUCUUGACAAAGUCAGUGCGGUGGCCCGUGGGUGAAGGGUAAGGUGAUUUUACUGAAACCGUCCAUUGUGGUUACUCCAUCUUCAUCUGCCUGGAGCUCAUGUCAAACCUGUACUUUCACGCAUGCGCGAGAGUACAGGACUGAGGUCUGCCAAUAGCUGUCUCUGGUGAUGUUUGAGGAAAUGACAAAACAGCAGUUGCACCACCCUUUGUCAAUUUUUGGCAAGCUUAAGAAGUAUACCAAGACAGAUUAGUUCCUACUUUGUCUUCUGUUUGAGUCUCAGUGAAAUUCCAACACAGCUAAUGAGAGUAUCUUAUAAAUAUUUUAUCGACUGCAUUGAAGGUGGGAAGUUUGCUGGACCUUGUGAUGUUUUUUUACUCUGAGCUUUGAAUGGGCAUGCCAGCUGUUGCAUUGUACAGCUCAACGAUCUUACCAGAUAAAGCAUUGGGACUUAUGUUCCAAUAAGAGAGCUUGUUCUUUAAUGCAGCUCUGUGCUAGUGAUGUGGGGUUGGGGCGACAAGCUGUCUAUCCUGGAACGUGCUCUGUCCCUCCCUUGGUGGAGCGUCAAGUGAUUAGAAAUUAUAUUGCAACAUAGACAGCAUCUCACCAAAUCCACAUUUGGCACUGGAUCUCUGAUCAUUUUCCAUAUUACCCCUGCCCUGAUGUUCCAUGGAUUGCAUGUUUAGUUUGAGUAUUUUAGACUUUUAUUAGGUACCAAGCUUGGAAGUUAAAAUAUUGCUAGUUUUAUUCUUGGGAAACAACUAAUUGCAACCUUACAAAGAACGUCUGCUUCCUCCAAUGGAGACUCUUACUCGGAGCUCCAACUUUGUGUUAAUUGUGUGAAACCUUUGAACGGAAGUUUUUCAGUACAAAUAGUUCACAUAACUUCCUUUUUGGUAAACUGUAUAGUUUCCUUUAUGACCAUACUAGAUUUGUAACUUUCUUUUCUUGGUGUAUUGCUCAAGUUGUGUGUGUCAGUGGGUUAAAACAUGCUAUUCGCUUAAUGUAUGUACUUUUUGCAUCGUAUGUCCCUGCCAAGAAUGCAUGAUGUGGCUUUUUCAUAAUCGGCAAAGAAGGUCCAUGUUUCUCCACCUUUGAAGAAUUGAUAUUUUUGAAGGUCUGUAAUAUUGCUUACAGUUGUGUUGUUGAAAGUGGUAGCUUAAAGGUAUUCACUAUGGUCCACUGCAAACUUUGAUCCGCCAAAUGCCGUGUAUUUUAUAAUGUUUCUCUAUUUUGACGAAUCUUCUUUUAUUUACAGUUGUACCUCAUUAUGCCACAGUUACUUUGAUUGGCUCUCCAGGGCUGUAAGAAUAUGCUUUAGUUUAGAUCAUUAUUACGCAACAAAAAAUUCUUCAGAAUAGUCUAAUAGGUGGACUAACAAACAAGUAGUUGCAACAAGACAAGUUGGAUGUACAGAAACAGGAGGUUUUGAAAGCCCAUUUGAAACCAGCUUAUGUACCAAGUUAGACAAUGACUUCCAACCAUGAAGUUCUCCAGAAGAACUAUCUCCUUUGCAGUAUUUCUGUAAGCUUAGGACACCCAAGUGCUAAUUCAUUUAACCUGACAAAUAAGACCUAAAGAUAUUUUUACUAGAAACCUGUGAGCAUUUCUUUUUGUGUCAAGAAGAUGAACUAAGUGAAGGUUAGUUUAAAGAGACACUAUAGUCACAAGAACUACAGCUUAAUGUAAUAGUUCUUGUGUCUACUCCCUGUCCAAGCAGGCCCUUUUACAUACACUGCCUUGUUAGAGCGGUUACAUUGCUGCCUAGUAACACCUCUAGUGGCAGGCACUCAGAGGGCCACUAGAGGUGCUUCCUGGGUGCAGCACUGACAUUAAGCAUCUCCACCCUAUGCAUGGAGGCGCUGCUUUUUCCUCAGCGAUGCAUUGAUUCAGUUCAUCUUUAUGAAAUGUUGAUUGGUCAGCUCUGUUCUUUGCCGCACAACCUUCCAAUGCUUUCCUCUGGAAAGUAUUGGAUUUUCUGAGAUGGUCAAUUCUGAUGAUCUUAGCCAAGGAGGUGGACCGUGGGCGGAUCUGCAUGGCACUUGGGGGAAAAAAGGCAAGUUUUAACCCUAUUUAAGAGGGUUAAGGGGGACACUUAAAAUGUGUUUUUUAACACUAUAGGGUCAGGAAUACACAUUUUGUAUUCCUGACGCUAUAGUGUUCUUUUAAUAUUUUUUUUGUUUGUUUUUAAAGUGAUAAGGUCAUUAAACAUACUGAACUUAUAUCUGCUUGGCACCAACUUACAUAAAGAUGAAUACUGUUCUUUUGUAAUCUUAACCCCUAGGUUCAUUCCUUAAUUCCCACUGAAAGUGAAAACAUUUAUCAAAACGUCUCAACAGUAACAUCUUAUAACCUCUUAUUAAUUCCAAUUCCCACAGGAACAUGGUAUGGUCUCUCUCCUAACUCUAAUAAGAUGACGAUCUAGACCCAUAGUUCGUCUAAACAGCUGGUAAAUUCCUCCGACCCUUGUAAUGUUUUUAGGGAUGGCUUCUGGUUUUCCUGGCUACAUUAUUUGCCAGUGCUCUGUUUUCAAUGGCAGUGGGCGAAGGGGGUCCCAGCGAGUCUCAUGUCAAGCUUAUACUAAGAAAAUAAAGGUUCCUGCCAAUGGCGCCAAGUAAAUUAAGCCCAAAGGAAAGUUCGCUUUAUCACCUUGACUAACAUAAAUGCCCAUUUGUUAUUAAAAAAAAAAAAAAAAAAGUUUAUUUUCUUUUGGUCUCCUGCUCCACCUGUGACAUAUUCACCCAAAAACGUAUUACACCCCUCCCACCCCCUCGACAUGUCAAAGGCGAAAGCGUAAAAAUAUGCUUCAACGUGCUAUUGCCCCAGAGAAGCGUGUUGUGUUUAAGCACGGCGUAGAAAUCAGACUGAAUGUAGACAUUUGUGUGAAUUCACAAGGCCGUAACUCUAACACAUGGUUCUGAUUAAGUGUAUGGAAAAAUAGCAUACCUAUCAUGAACGUUUUAAGUUUAACAAGCCACCCUGGAAACAGAUCUGUAGUUUUCCUCCUCCCUCCCCUCCCCCCCCCCUUUUCUCCUUUCCUUCAGGCAGAAAUCUUGACAUUUUGGAAGGUAAUGCCUGAAAAGUGAGAGCGAUUGUCAGAACUGUAUAUUUUCCAUUUUCCUUGUCUCUAGGUAGUCAAAAGCAAAGUUGUGUUUACAAAUAUGUUAAAGAUUUCCAUAGACUGACAGGACGCAAGCGUUGUUAUAACAUUGUACAGCGCUGCGGAAUUCGGUGGCGCAUUACAAAUAAUAAUAAUAAUACUAUAAUGUUCAAACAGGGAAUGUCUUACUAUAUGGGAGGUGGGAAGUAUCUUGAAUUGUCACCUCUUGCUGUGAUGGGAUACCUGGCCCUGAUGAAUAAUGUCCUUUUGGUUCAGGUGACCCAGUCUUUCAGAAGACCGUUACGAAUACCCAGUCGUGUCCCUGAAAGAUGAGUGUAACAUUGAUUAUUCACAAUAUUCUGGCACUGUAAUAAAUAUUCCUCACAAAUUAUUGGAUUCUGUUAUAUAUACUCUCAAAUUGGAGAGUUUAGAGCAAAAAAUGGAAAUUGCAUUUAGUUCUUUGUAACGUAGCUGUUUUUACCGAAAGGUUUCACUCUGUUCUCCGUUCACAACAAUUUGCUGGACUAAAUCCCAUUGUAUUCCAGUGUGCCUGUUUGUUUUGGUUUUAUCUUUGUAGAUAAGAUUCUUGCUGACUGCAUUUCUUACACUUCGAGCGGACUUUUGAUGUUUCAUAUCCAAUGGCGUGCAUGCAUGAGGAAGUUGGCUAUCGGGUCUCUGACCUGAAAAGCUUGCACUCUAAAUCUGCUUAGCCAACAUAUCCCAUUUUAAAUGCUUUUUUUUUUCCCUUAUAACUUUUUCCCCUUCCUUUUGCCUGUAAACUGAUGUCAUGUAUACAAGUAAGAAAACAACAUUCUUGCAUGCUACUAAAACCCUAUUCACUUUCAGUGUCUUCCAAUUUAAAGAUCUUCAUGUAUAUUAGCAUGUAGGAAAAGUUGAGACAUAUUGUUCAAGGUAGAGAAUCUGUUUCUUACUGUGCAGGUUGUUAAACUGUUACCAGCUAACCAGCUCUGCUGUGAAUACCAAACCGAGAAAUCCCUAUUAAGAUCAUUCCUGUGUGCAGCAUUCUAAGAAUGUGUACAUUCCAUCGGAUUCCGUGGCGAUAGCACUGCUUUUAAAACCUUUUGCCCAGAAUUAUUUGUUCUUCAUAACUUCAGCUCUCCCAAAUACCAAGAGGUUUAUAAAAUCAUACAUAUCUUUCCAUUCUAAUGCUAGAAUUCUGGACAAGUGACUUUCUAUACCGCUAAACGGGCAAGUGAUUUGACGCGCUAUCUGGAGAUGUGGAAUCAGCAGCCAGGGCAAAGUAGCUGAAGGCAAUUGGCUUUUGCCCUCUUGUGGGUUUCUGGGAUGUUGAGAUACUGAGUAAUAAACGGGGGAUUGGGGAACAGCUGGUUGGAAGGAGAAAUAAAAGGAAAUGUCGGAGAAAAGGCUGAUUCAGUUCUCUCUGCCAGACCUCAGACUCCUUUGUGACUGCUAAGGCAAUAAAAGAAAAUAAACAUGUGGAGACAAGUCGUAAGCUGUGUGUAACAGAAUUUCUUGCCACGUGCUUGUUCUCAACUCCUUCUCCUUUUAACUUAAACGCCAGAAUUCUUUUUUCAUCUUUCUUCACCUUUUAGGAUGGCAUUUCCUUUUUUUUUCUGCGUGGUAGUCACACCAGCGCACAUGGUUGUGAAAAGAUGUCUCCCAACAAAACACACUAAAUAAAAUCUCCUUCCUUUUAUGGGAGGCUGCACAGCCUGGGGUUUUGCACCAAAUGCAUAAACUUCAAAAGUAUUUGUUUUGUUUUUAUAUAACGUAUACAGUUAAAUACACAACCUAUAUAAUGUGUUUAAAAAGAAUGGUCAGAUCCAUUUACUGUACCCUUAAAAGCACAUCUGAAAUGAUUAUAUAGUUAUUUCCUUUCUAGAAUAUAUUUCUCUAUCAAAAUGGGUUAUAUUUAUGCACAAUAUUAAAAGUAAUUUGAGGGUCAAGACAUGGAUUACUUUACCUUAAAUGCCAGUAAGAAUGCAUUUGGAUUACAAAGUCUGUUUGACAUUUAAAUGAAUAAAAUGUUUCACUUACCUUUUUCCAGCGCCGAGGCUCCCUUGGCACAGCUUACUACUAUGCCUCCCGUGACAUCAUGGAGGAGGCAUGGCUUGAUAUUAAUGUUUACAUUGCAGGUUAAGAUGGCCUCUAGUGGUUGUCUACUAGAUAGUCAUUAAAUUGCUUUCUGGCCCGUGAAACGACGCUGGAUGUCCUCAUGCUUUAUGACAUCAUAGCCUCUUCUGACAUCAUAGGAAAGCUUUGAGCUCCCCGCACAUGCCCAUUAGGUCGCCCCCAUUGGCUGACCGUGAAGGAGGAACCCAGGCGCUGGAUUCAGGUAAGUGUAAGUGCCAUGGGUAGAGGGGCCCUUUACUGUUAGAAAUACAAACACUAAAGCUUUCAUUUUAAAUUUGAUACAUGCUUUAUAUGAUCAUUCACAUGCUGUGUGCACAGGUUUUACUUGUGAUAUGAUUUAGGUGGUGGAAUUUUUAUUGUCCAGAGCCAUAAAUACCAAACACUGAAGGUUAACACUUGUGUUUAUUCUCUCUCCUGGAAGAAGAGUCUAUGGUUUGUCUGGAGGUUAUUGAUCCGCAUUGAAAUCAAGCUUUGUCCAUAUGUUGUCUAGCCGUCAAACAAUUAUUGUCUCCGGUGACAAGUUACAGUCACUUAGAGCCCUCGGACGAUCAAAACUGAUUCUAACGUUUGCAAUUGUUGCCUUAGCAACCGUUGCUUCUUGUAGGACUUUAUAGUUCUUUAAUUGGUAAAAUAAGUUUAAUUUGAUUAAAAACAAACCAUCCAACAGGUAUCUUAAAAACGCGGUGUGUGUGUUUUCCUUUAUUUUCUGUUUUUGUAAGUCUUCACGUUACAUAUUAUUGCUCUCCAUGAUGUUGAUGGUUCAAAUACAAAGUCGGUCACCCCUGUUGGAAAGUACUGAGUACUGCACCAGUUAUUUAUUGUAUUAUGGUGUAUUGUGGUAAUGUUGGGCUCAAUGUAAUGCGGGAAGGAUUUGGCUCCUUUGAUGCAAGCAUUUACCCUAGCCAAUCCCCCACUGGCCAUCAGUUCCCAGUGACUACAAAAUACAGAUAUGUUAUGAUAAGCAGCCUGUGGUCUGGACUGGUAUCAGUUAACACCUCUUCUGAGUAAUUCAGUUCAGUUGUCUGUAGUUUCCUUAACAACUAAUACAAAUCUUUCUUAGACACUGUGAGAUUUAUAUUUUUCCCCUGAAAGCCCCAAAAUGCCAUUGUGUUUACCUUUAACCUCCGCCAAAUGUCCUAAGUGUAAAAUAUUUGUUGGGUUUCAGUCAUAACUGGCAUAGUCGAGUCCAUGGAGGCUGUGCAGGAGGGUGGGCUGAGGGCAGGACAUGGCGCCAUAUGGGUGGUGGGGAAUACCCAGGUUUGUAGAGAAUUCACAGUAGUUCCUGCUGUAAUGAUGCCCCAAUGACACUGCCAGAGGUGACAUUACAACUCGCAGAAGAGGGAUUACACUCUGUAUGUGCAGCAUUUCAUUGCCACUGCGCAUACAGACUACAGGCACCGCAACUGAAGUGGUCAUGGUGCUUGCAGUAACCCUUUAGUCACAUUCCACACGAGAAUACAGAUACGUUCACACUAACAGAGAACUCAAAGUACAAGCUGGCAUACACACACACUGACAUGCCACACAGCAAAGUGAAUGUAAAAUAGGUGUUUGCAAUUAUUUUCUGGUGGCACUUGCAGUACUUUUUGUGGUCUGAGGUGCAUCUCCAUCAGCUUAUAAAGUCAAGUUUAGGAUUAUUUAACGACCUGCCAAUCUUUUAUCAGGAUAUCCAGUCCUUUAUCUGUGUGUGUAUACUGGAUAGUUUCUAAAUGUUGCUUUGUUUAAAGGGACACUAUAGUCACCAGAACAACGGCAGCUUAUUGAAUUUGUUCUGGUGAGUAGAAUCAUUACCUUCAGGCUUUUUGCUGUAAACACUGACUUUUCAGAGAAAAUGCAGUGUUUACAUUACAGCCUAGGGAUAACUUCACUGGCCACUCCUCAGAUAGCUGUUAGAGAUCCUUCCUGGGUCAUGGCUGCCUAAAAUGCAGUGGGCAGGUCUAAAGGAAACAGAGCCAGAGCUAACAGCUCCAUACUUGUAACUUGAAUACAGUAAGAUUUUGCUAUAUUUAUGGAGGCAUGGGGGUACCAGAGGGGCUAGAUGGUGGUUUUAACCCUAUAGGGCUGACCCUAUAGUGCCUCUUUAAAGAGUAAAUGAGCUUUUGUGAGACACUUGUUUUAGAUGUUUGAUUUCUGAUACCUAUUGGUCUCUUUAUGCAGUGACCAGCAUUGAUCAGAGUUAGUGGAAGAGGAGGAACAAUGUUUCUGAUGCCCUGGCUGUGCCUUGCUUGUACCUGGGAUUUAUAAUGUCACUUCCUUCAUUUUUACUAUUCAAUUGAAAGGAAAUGGAGCAUUACAUGGGGGGCAAGGUGACACAAUUUGUCAUCAAAAGAUGUUGAUUUUCCAUCUGCAGCCAGACAUGUGAGGGUUUUUUAAAAGAUUUAAAAGAUUAUUCCAAGCACCAUGACCACUUCAGUGAUUUGAAGUGGUCAUCGUGCCUGGUGUCUGUACGUGCAGUAUUUGUUUGAAAAGCUGCACAUGCAGAGAUUAAACCCUCCGAAAUGGCUUAUGUCAAUUCUGUUUUGUUGGCCAGAAUGACGGUUAUUGACUGAGAGUGAUCAGUUGACACUCUCAGCCAAUGAAUGCUGACCCCUGUGGUGCCGGAAGCACAUCACUGGACCACCAGGAUGCAUUGGGGACACAGGUAAAGUGGCUACCCAUUGCUAAACGGUUUGCCUCAUUACUGGGAAACCAGGCCAGGGUACUCUUGGAAUCAUAACCAUUUAUUUAUUGGCAUUAUAACCAAGUUAUUGGGUUAGCGUUAAAUCGGAGUGUCUGACACAGAAAGUAUAAUUCGGUUUUUAUGGAGUAAUUCUGUAGAGUCUGAAUACAUCCUGCCUGUUAGAUCCCGGUAAGGAACGUUCUAUCUCUGGCACAGCUCUCUGGCCUUUGAGCUAGAUUCUGUUAUACUGACGUCCAAAUGAAACACGCUUACACAGUGCUGAGGAAAUGCUUGCAGACGGAAAAGUAGUAUUUAAACUGAAUCUGUGCAGUAUGUCUGGAAAACCAGUCUGCAUUUCAUCCCUUCUCUGCCACAGAGGUUUGGAUCUCAUUUCAUCCUUCGCUCUGCUUUGUGUAAAGUCUUUAUCGCGCCAUUUGCUGUUUCUCCUUGAGAAGAGCUUACAAUCUCUAUAUAUUUAUAAAAUAAACUAUUAUUUAACUGGGCUUCCAUUUUCAGAGAUCUGGUUUACUCUUAGGCGCUAAAUAAACAUCCCCAGACUAUCUUGCUGUCCUAUAACAAACCUCGGAACAGGCGAUUUAAGAUUCUAGAAUUCCAGGGCAUCCGUUCAGCAUUUGGCAGAAGCUCCAUUGAUCAGAAUAUGGCGCUUUUUAACUGUCCGUGUAGUUCCAGGUUCUACUCCGAACUUGAAUAGAGGUCACCAUUGACAUACUUGGAUUCCCAAGGGGAUAAAUACAGAGACACACACACACCUUAAUUAUUUAAUUCAGGUGUUACAGUCAGAGCCAUUGCCACAGGUAUAUGAAAUCAAGCAUCUAGCCUCACAUAUCCCAUACACCCAUUAUUGACUGGAUGUGAGCAUUAUGCCCUGAUAUGGCCAUGACCUUCACAUUCUGCAGGUAGAUUGCACAUGAACACCCAUCAACAUAUUUAUUUAAUAAAGUCUUAUUCAGUCUUAGGUCACUAUUUCCCUUGUUACAUAUUUAUAUUGUUGUCUCUGUGAGAAUGGAAGAUCUGUUCAGCAGUGGCUUAUGUUAUAGAAAGAGGGGGGCACCCACAAAAAGUAAUACAUAGGCCAUCAUGCAGCUUUCUCCAUAAAUAUCCUUAAAUAAUUGCAAUUACUUGGUAAUAAGUCCAAUUGAGCUAAUCCUCCCUGAUGUACUGGUAAUGGCAGGGUAACUGCUUUUUGUAUCUAAUCUGACCAGCCAUCUUUUAAACUCUAGCUCUGCCUUUGGAAGCAAAUCGUUACGCUGGCUUCUUAUCUUCAAUCACGUUUGGGUGGGAACUGCUUCUAUAGAUCUGCUGCAGUUUAAACAAAGCGAAUGCUGUGUGUGAGCAAUGGGUGUAAUAGCUUAUAUCGGAUAACCUGCCUUAGGCCUUGCACUCCCAUGCCACAAAAUGAGGCUGAAAUCCAACGGGAGUUGCCCAGACUGAGAAAUUUGUGAAUAACUCUGCUUUGGGUAGGCACACAAUUUAGUGGGCAGUGCAGCAGUCAGUAACUUUACUUCUUAAUCAAUACAGAUUAAGACAAAACUUUAGGUGCCAGCGGCAAAAUGGCUUCUUGGCGUAUCCUGCCCAGAAUUAAAUGGUGUUUUUUCUACACUGUUUUACGAUUUAUUUUAGUAUUCUGGGGAGGAACGUGUAUAGAUGUCCGGUCCCGGUUUGCCAGAGAUUAGUGGGACUUCCACUCCUGGACGGCAGCGGUCAUGUUAAUAAACACUUUGCUUUCAAAGAACAGAGUAGACAAAAUGGCUGUUUCCACAGCUCCUUUCCCGCAAUAUCAUUAGGAAUGAACGGCGACAUUCUCAAAUAGUUACCGUUGCUGUGGAGUGCAACUCACAUUAAUCGAAGUCUGACCAGGACAUGUAUGUCCCUGUGCUGACAUACGAUUAAAAGGCAUCCUAGCCUUUACCCUAUUUUAAUUUUUUUAAAACUUGUAUAAUUUAAAUGAUACAGAAUGGAGUUGCCUGAAAGUUAUGUGCAUCAUGGAAAAUGAAUGGCAACUCCCUCCUGGUGACACGCAUUAUCAACUCAAUAAAGGGUUAUUUCUUAAAGGGAGAUAUUAAAGUGAAUUUCAAAGGCCAGAGUAGCUGAUCUGGAGGAGUACCUGACUUAGAGAAUUUCUCCAGUUCGGCUGUUCUGGCCUUAAAUGUUAAAUUCACUUUGAACUCUCACUUUAGUAAAUAAGUCUUGUGAUUUAUUUUGUGUCCAGUACUCCCCGUGGCAUUAUUUCCUCAUAAUGCACUUAUCAUUGUGUAUUAUUUGUCAUUUAGCUCAGUGUGCUGCAAUAACUGUGUUUGUGUAACAUUUGGAAAAUAUGGGCCCAAUAUCAUUUAUGGCUGCAAUGCUCCCCCCACCCAACCCCCCGUGUUUCCGUGCCUGCCUUCAGUCAUCUAACCUGGUGUUUAUUGUUUGCAGGGCAAAGCCUGGACAUCAUGCCACACAGACCAGCGAUGAAGUCGAACUCCGAUUCCAAGAAGCAGGAGAAUGGAGUGACUCUGGCUCCCGAGGACACCCUUCCAUUCCUACACUGUUACUGCUCUGGUUACUGCCCAGAAGACGCCAUAAACAAUACAUGCAUGUAAGGGGACUGCUGCAAAACGCGUUUACAGAGCUUGUUUACAAUCGUGGCGGUAACACUUUCUUGCACAAGUUAUUGUCCUCUUAGAAUUGCUGUUGGGUAACAAAUCACCCCACCGUACAUUGGGUAGAAAUGAUCUGAUUUUCCAUUGCAUAGUAACAACGGUACUCUUUGGGUACAGCAGAACUUAAUAUGGGGCAAUCAGUAGGUUCUCUCCCUUGUCCGUCACAACACGUUUGCUGAUGAGAAAUAAUUUCUAUGCGUUCCACCUUUCAGGAUCAGUAUGGAAUUGGUAAGCACAGGGACGAUCAUUAUUCCUUUCAGUGCCAUCAAAACGUCACAUGCCGUGCUUUGCCAUGUGCUGGUUAUUUAUCUCCCACUGAAAGGCUUAACCCCUUAGUUACCAAUGAUGAUCACUGCCCUUGUAACUACCUUGCCUUAAUAAGAUCCAAUUGGGACAUUAAACUUCCCAGUUAUUUGUGACAUGAGCAAUGUGUUAGACUGCUGUUACUGCUUAUGCAGGACACGAACAGUAUGGCAGUGACGAUAAGGAAUUAAGGUGUAAAACAUUAUAUUAUCUAAAAAAACAAACACAUAGUUUGGCCUGCCUCUCUCUCGCGCUUACAACAGAUUCAUUAAAUACACUUUAUUGAGCACGAUUUCAUUUUUACCCCCCUGUAUUGGGGGUACUGUGUCGUAGUGGUGGGCUAAACACGAUCUGGCCAUAUGGUGGAUCCCUGUAAAAUGGAGAGCUGUAUUUGUGUGUGUGUGUGUGUGUGUGUGCUGUUCCUUAAUCAGGAAGUGUAUUCACGGAGGACAAUACUUGGUUUCAGUCACUUGACUAAUAUAGGGAAUGUUUUCCAUCAGUUUGCACAGAAAGUGCCUUCCCUGCUCGUUAAUUGUAAAUCUACACUCUGACGUCCAACUAGUGUUGAGCUCAUUGCAUUUAAUUGUUUCAAAUCACUUGUUUGAAUGUAGAUCUAGGAUCUGUCAUUGUGAUUUACAGAACGUUUCCUACACGGAUCCCUAUAUUAAAUUGCUUCUGUUAAAGGGACGUAAAAAUUGCCAUAUGCUGCCCUCUAGUGACUGUUAACAAUUACUACACUGUUUUUCCUAACAUAAUGUAGCUGUGUCUUAUAUUCUUUAUGCCUGUAUUAUAAUGCGUUUGUAAAGGUAUUUAUUGUGCUCUUAUAUGCACAAGUUUGCAUUUUGUAACAUUCAUUGGCGGCUAUUUAUGAAGAGCAUGGUGCAAAGGUAUAAAAGAGGAGAAGUUGAUAGGUACAUUCCGCUACUUUCUUGAUCAUUUUCUCAAUUUUAGAAGUUUUUUUUUUUUUUUUUUUUUACAUAAUGACCAUUUAAAAAAAAAAUUAUAUUUUACAUUUUGUAUUAAUGAACUUAUUUUUAUUCUAUCUGUGGGUUUUAGGGCCGUUUGAUAGCAUAAUUUAUCUUAGUGAAAGUGUGUCUGGUCAUUAGUUUGAUACCUGUACACUGUAUUUGCCAUGAGUUGUGCAGAUGUGUUGCCUGAAAAUUAAUAGAAUAUUCUUUAGAAUAAUCUUCUCACAGAUCAGAGAUAGCCGUAAUAUCAGUCAGUGGUAACAUAAGCAGCCAGUAGAAAAUCGGGUAUAUACUGUAUACAGUCCGAUUUAAAUAUAUCCAAUAGAAAAAUGAAGCAAUUGAGUUUGAUAAAGUGUGUUGAACCUGCAUCUGCUGAUGACCUAUUUUGAAUAGGCCAUUCUGUAAAGACACAAGGAGUUCUGGGAACAGAAAGCAUCCUUCAGGGGCUGGAAACAUUCCUGGGAUUCUGUUUUAGUUAUCUUGGCAGGAGCCGUACCUGGGGGUGGGAGGCUGGAAUGAAGCUUUCGCCCAUUAUUUGAGGUUGGGUGUAAAUCUAUAUAUAUUUUUCCUACAGGACAAAUGGUCACUGCUUUGCAAUUAUUGAAGAUGAUGAACAUGGAGAAGCAGUAUUGUCAUCCGGCUGUAUGAAGCUUGAAGGGUCUGAUUUUCAGUGCAAGGUAAUGGCAGACUCCGUGCUGUUCUUCUAAAGCUUGUGUAAAAAUUUCAAAAUAACAUUUUCCUGCUUAAGUAACUUUCUUUUUACCCUUUUUGUUUAAAAAAUAAAAUAUUGCACUCCUCCUUUCUGAGAGAAGCCAUGUUUGUUUCACUGUGUAUCACUUACGGUUUGCUUCAAACAGCUCUAACACGUCAGGGGAAGCCAAAUAACACUGAUACUGAAUCUAGAGUGGGAAAAAAGCUUAAAUAGUAUUUAUGGAAUUAUUCUUACAUUUAUAUUACAAUUUUAAAAUGCAACAUUUUGAAAAUUAUAGUAACUUCUAACCAGAUUCUGGUAAGUACACUAGUAACCUUACUAAACUGCGUUAUCUAUUUAUAAUAAAUGAGCGGUCGGCAAUCAACAAUUUUGCAUUUACAAUUUCCUUUUUUUCCCCCCUGAAUAGGAUUCUCCCAAAGCCCAGAAACGGAGGACAAUUGAGUGCUGCCGAACUGACUUUUGCAAUAGGGACUUGCAACCUACGCUGUCCCCUAUUAUUCAAGGUAAGGCGGGUUUCCCAUGUAACACAUUCCACAUAUUCGAGGAAUUUAGGGGAACUACGGCAUAGUAUUGUCUAACUAUACCGUUUAUUGAUUUAGUGAAAUGAGUUCCAAGUGACCCCAUGCGUUUAGUUUGAUGAAGCUGCCACUAAUCACUGGACUCUGUGCUGUAAUUCUUGUAAUUCCGAGUGUUUGUUCUGAGCUUCUUUUUAUGAAAGGGAGCCCCUUAUACACAGUGUUACAUUCAGGAUAUCAUAAGUCACUUAGGUAGAUUAUUAAUUUUCUCUACGGUCAACCUAAAAUUACCUAAUAACAUUACUUUUGCAAUUUCUAUGUGAAUGAUUAUUUUAGAUUUAUAUCCAGUUAGAUUAAUGUUUUUGGAUGUUUUUUUUUUUUUCUUUCAUUUUCGGACUGAUCCGUAUCAGGUGGGGUGCGAGUUAGACGUAUGUCUGCAUACACAUUACACAUCUAAUCAUGCAAACGUAUAGCUGCUAGGUUUUUAAUAUUGUGUGUUUAACACUUUCUUUUAAUGUGUGUGUGUUUUUUGUUAAGUUGUCAAAGCACCAUUACAACCUGCGUCAUCCAGCAUAUGCCAUUGAAAGCAGGAGCAAGUCCUUUCUGAUCCUGUUUCAGUAAAUGUCAGAGCCGGUUUUAGAAGCACAUUUCUGAUAUUUCUUGCUGCUCUACUUUAGCAGAUGAAACAGAUUUAUUGCUCCGUUUUCCUGUGUCAGAGAGAGAGAGAAAUAAUUGGACGUCUCUUCCAGGAAUCCCAUAGAGAUUAAAUGUCACUGUGUCCUAAUGGUGUGUCAGUGUGUCUCUAACGGGAUUAUUUUACUAAACCAUGAACCAUGAUAAAUUAAUACCAUUUUCUAAAUGUUAGUAUUUAAUAGUCAACCUGGGCUAAUAAAUAUUGAAUGAAUUUUUCUUUAACGGUCUCAGUUAAGACUAUUUACUAAACAUUUGUUUCAAUACAAGACAGCAGUCUCCUAGAAUAAUGAGAUGUUAGAUAAUACAAAGGGCCAACAUUGUUGAGUAUAGCCGCCCCCUCUGAUCCAUUGCCCCAAGAGAUAAACUGGUAGAACUGAUUGUCACUGCUUUCCAUGUACUGAGUAUCAUUUGUUUUGUGACAGGUGGCGUGUUUAGUAGAAGUGUGCACCUCAUUGCCCUUGUGAUAUCCAUUGCCGUCUGUUUAUUGAUCACGGUGGUCAUCAUCUUCCUCGCCUGUAUCUACAAGUAAGAUCUUGUUAUCUGUCUUAGCAUGUUCUGUAAUGAUUGAUGAACAGUAGUACAUUGUAAGUCCUUUAUAGCGAGCAUUCUACAAAUGGCAUCCAUUGCGUUCUGUGCCUUAAUAUAUACUAGGAGUGCUCAAUAGAUUGUCCACAGAUCUACAACUUUCAUUAUGCUUUGUCAUUUUAUAGACUGGUAAAGCAUCAUGGGAGUUGGUUAUAUAACAUCUGGCGACCUACCGUUCGGACGUGUGCUAUGCAUUAUUCAUGCAGUAUAGUGUACCCUUGCCAUGAAUCAGUAGAUAUGAGAAGCCAAAAGAAUUCUGUAAACAGAUUUAGGACUAAAGCAUAUACUUGUGGGUAGUUUAAUAGUGCAGUAGGCCGGCUUUUAGACUCUCAGCUGCUUACAGUGAUCUGUAAGUCCUGUAAUGCUUAGCAAGUAGAAAAUUAGCAGAUCACAAGUUUUGUGAAAGGUAGUUAAAGCUACCUUCUGGUAUCUCUAGAUUUAAUGCGCAGAUCCCUUCCAGUUUAGAUGCAUCUGUAGGGCCAAGAAUGCUAGAUGAGGAAAAUUGGUCCGAAUUUGAUCUUUGUUUAAGCUCACAUUAUAAUUUUUAUUAUUGCUAUAAAGAUUUACAAAUAUAAAAUGGGGCUAAACGUCAUUGACGUAGGUGCAUGUAGUUUUGAUAGUUUAUUUACAUUCAUUCCUAAUCUAUCCUCCUAUGUCUAUCUAGUGAGUUUUAGGGAGUGAGUCUUUGUAUAGUUUACUUUUUGCCAGUCUGUUACAGACAUUAGUAUUUUCAUUUUCCUCUCUUCCUUUAUAUUGUCUAUACUAAAUUGGCUACCUGACAAUCAGCUGUGAUUUAUUUAGCACCUACUUCAGACUUUCGCAGGAUGUACUUUACCUUUUAUAUUGGAAGCGGUAAUACGUGGUGGGACACGGGAUUGGAUCGAUCUUCUUAUUGAAUUCCCACCUGCUCACCACAGGCAUUCGUACUCCUCUGCUUAUCUAGUAUUUCUUUGGUUGCCUGGCCUUAACAUUUUCUGGUUUGAGUUUACAUAUAGAGCCAUAGCUAAUAAAGCUCUUUAUCCUCUCUAUACCAGUAAUGUUUUAUGUAGCUCCUUUUUCGAUCAUUUUACUUGGACAUAGGAGCUAACCUUCCAAGGUUCGUUCAUUCACUUUAUAACAAUUUAUUGCAGAAUCUCUAAGAAUACUCACCCUGUUACAGGCUCAUUAUUCAACACAAAUAUUACGUAGUACUUCUAUUCAUAGCUCCAGAAAGUACAGUAGGUUUACUUUAGGUGAACCUAUUCAUUUUUUUGUGUGUUCUCGAAUUGUCAUUGACAGGUAAUUGACAGGUAAUUACAAUCUAUGAAGGCUUUUUUUCUGUCAAAGGGUUCCAUGAGAAGAUUUUGUUGUGAUGGACAAAGUUGAUCACAGUUGUUAAAACCAGUAAAAGUAAAGCAUACUUGGGGUAUUAUGGUGUGCGCCACCUGGUGGUGAUGUAAUGUCAUUAUGAACAUUCAAUUGAUGAUAUAAAACUCAUGAUAAUAGUUACAUUGUCUCAUAACUUGUGGUUUGCUUUUUUUUUUUUUCCAGACAUAAAUAUAAAUCACAGAGGAUGUUUUAUAAUCGUGAUUUGGAACAGGACGAAGCAUUUAUACCAUGUGGGGAGUCAUUAAAGGCUCUUAUUGACCUUUCUCAAAGCUCUGGUAGUGGAUCUGGACUCCCUCUGCUGGUAAAGAGUGUUUUCAUUACAUCUCCUUACUUUUUGUUUUUUUAUUUGUAUUUAUAACCAUUAAUAUUCUGGUCGAUAUUUACUGGUACUGUUAUUCUUAUACAGGUGCAGCGUACCAUAGCUAAGCAAAUCCAGAUGGUGCGGCAGAUUGGGAAGGGAAGGUAUGGAGAAGUUUGGAUGGGCAAGUGGAGAGGAGAGAAGGUUGCUGUCAAAGUGUUUUUCACCGCAGAGGAAGCCAGCUGGUUCCGGGAGACCGAGAUCUAUCAAACAGUCCUCAUGCGUCAUGAGAACAUCCUCGGUAAGAAAACAUUAAUUACAGGAACACUAAAAUGUUAUUUUAUAUAUGAAGGUCUCUUUAGAGGCUGUGGUGGUUUUUUUUGUUGUUGUUUUUUUUUUACCUCCUAAUUGUGUCCUUUAAAUUUUGUAAUGCAGGUUUUAUAGCAGCUGACAUUAAAGGGACGGGCUCAUGGACCCAGAUGUACCUGAUAACAGAGUACCAUGAAAAUGGGUCUUUGUAUGAUUUCCUAAAGUGUGCUACGCUUGAUACACGGUCUCUGCUCAAACUGGCAUAUUCAACUGCCUGUGGACUGUGCCACCUGCACACUGAAAUCUAUGGCACCAAGGGGAAGCCGGCUAUUGCCCACAGAGAUCUGAAAAGCAAGAACAUUCUGAUCAAAGAAAACUGGACUUGCUGUAUUGCUGACCUAGGCCUGGCUGUCAAAUUUAACAGGUACCUUGCAUCUUUUCCUUGGGUGGUUAUAUGGUGAAAAAGUUGACAAUCAAUAGACCAAAUAUCUGAUGUUGAAACUGAGAGGAAACCUUAACAAGUUCUCUGAACCACAGGUGACAAACAAGUUGGGAAUUACCUUGUUACAUAUAGAAACUACCAAAAUAUAACUCCUGGUCUUUGGCUUGUAAUGUCUUAUUCUGGAAGAUCGGGUAAUGGUUGAAAAGCACAUUGCAGAGAGAGUGUACAUGAAGAUUUCAAAUACAGCCUUGAGUCAACCCUUUAAAUUAAUUCUAAAGACAAUACAUGAACAUUAUGCAAAUUCCCCAAAUUAAAAUGAAAGCGAUGUUUCUGCAUUUGCUGCAAAUUUUCAGUAUGUGCAGUCUCUGCAAAGGGAUUUUAGAAACGGUUAUGAUGCUAUAGGCACAUAAAAAGUUUCUAGUUUAGUUACUCGAAAGGCACGGACAGCAGUAUGGAGGGAGGGCAUUAAAGAAGGUGAACUUGUGGAGGUACGUUAAUAGGAGCGCCCUUUUAAGAAGACUGCUGACUCCUAUAAAUGCACACAAGUAAAUUUAUGUUGGAGGUCUGUGGAAGGGAGUCCGCAGCCAGUCAGGAAAAAUUAAAAAUGUAGGUCCACAGGCAUCACAAGUCUAUCUGGCGCGGGAAAUGCUGGCUACGCCUCCUCUCUAGACAGGACGUUCAUUGGCCGCCGGGUGCACGACAUAGGGUAUAAAAAGAACUCUUUCAGCAGUAACACGUUUGCCUCUGAUGAAGGUGCUUCUGUAUUGCACCGAAAUGCGUGUUAGGCGUUUUUCUUCUGUCCCCUUUGUUGGGACUUCACAUUUAUUCACGGCAUGGCACUUUAUUGUCCUGACAUUUAAUUAUCAUUUUUUCACUUUUUGUACAUAUGUUUAAAUAGAUAGCCUUAUUUCUCCCUACCACUGGAAGAGGUUUAGCUACAUUGGGCUAGGCAGAUACUAUUGUAUCCUUUGCAACCAGAUACAAUGUUGCACUUCAGGUUGCUAGAUACUUAAGUUACUAACUAUCUGUCCUUUCUAUCUCAUUUGGCUAAUACUCUUUUCAUGGAUAUGAUGUGAGCAUUAUAAGCUUCACAAUAUCCAUGUUAUAUAGAUCCUCUUAUUAUAUAUUCACCUAUAACCUCUAUUUACAUUUGAUGUUAUUUGUGUUAGCAAAUACUUUAUAUACUUUGGAUUUAGAGUAAGAGGCUUCAUUGUCAGUUUGUUCCCUGCUUGAUGUAUUAGUUUAAUAUAGCAGUGACAAAAUUGAGCCUGAUGUAUUAAAGCUCAUAAUAGUUGUCAAUAGUACUGCUUUUACAGAUAAACAAUAUAUUAGCAUCAUCCAGGGUUUUUGUCAUCUUUAUUUGUUUAAUUCAUAUAUAGGGACAUUUAGCUCUCUCUUUAUAAUACGUUUCAAUUUGAUACAGACUACUUUAUUAUCUCCAGAUAUACACAGUUCGAUACAUCUGUUUUUCUAACAUUUGUAUGCUCUGUUUGUUUUCUUUUCUUAAAUAAUUUGGGGUCAGGCCCCUGGAGUCUCCUUCUGGUACUGGGUAAAUCUGCCUCCACCAGUGACGCCAACUUUGGUGGACGUCGUAUGGUGGAGACCGACUUCCCUUUUAUAUAUUUUUAUCUUUUUACAUAUAUUAUACAUUCUUCUUUUUCUAGUGACACACACGAAGUUGAUAUACCGUUGAACACUCGUGUUGGCACAAAACGUUAUAUGGCUCCCGAGGUUCUGGACGAGAGUCUGAAUAAGAACCAUUUCCAGGCUUACAUCAUGGCCGACAUCUAUAGUUUCAGCUUGAUCAUCUGGGAAAUGACCCGUCGUUGCAUCUCUGGCGGUAAGAAUUAACACAUCAUUAACAUUCUAACCCAUGCCUGGUUACUACGGGCUAGUGAUCCAUUUCCUCCGGUGUCCUGCUUUGGUAAAGUUCGAGAUCACAAUCUAAUAAGAAUUAAUUAAGUAUAAUUACUAUUCUGGUAUAUGUGUACGUAUAAAUCAAUGUGUAUGCAUACAUAUACACAUGCAUAGGUUGAUCUAAAUUCCUAUCCUAGGGCAUCUGUGUUUUACGUUAAACAUGCCUUCGUCCACAGCUUAUCCUUAAUGCCUGCAGCUGUCACUGGUAAUGGCUGGGGGUAAUUGAUACUUCUAGACGGUGGUAGCUCCACCCAGUGUCUAGAAGUGUCAGGCGUAGGAAAUUUACGGUGACAAAGUAUUCCCUACUUUCUCAGUAUAUCUCUAGACUGGGGUUGCAAUUCAGUGAAGUUCCAACACAGUCAAUAUGAGUAUUUCAUUCUAUAUUUCUGGGUGGGGGGCGGAGACAAUGCUGCUUUAUAAAUAGAUUUUUCUCCCAUUGGUCUCACAGUUCAGACACUGAAUGCUGAGUAAUUAAGGGACCGGCCACAGGAGGUCCCUCUGCUCUCCACCCAUACCAACUACAGUGCACACACUGUAGUUACUAUGGUAACUCCUUAGCUAGCACUUCUAGUGCAUUCUGGGGCGUAUAGUUAUAAAUUUACGUGAUGUCACUCUGAGAUGCUGGCAUGCUUAAAGCAAGGCAAAUCGGCAACAAACAGAGGAGGAAACGUGAGCAGAAUGAAGGUGCGUGUUAUAGAAGUGUAAUAUCCACCUCUUUCAUGAGUGGAAACCCAGGUAAGGCAUUUUAUCCAUGGCAGGUUUCCUUUAAGAGGAUGCGUGUUUAAUAAACAGCCUACGUCAACCAAUGGUUUAUUUGUUUUGUUUUUGUAUUAUUGCAUUAUAUUUAUUGUGUCCAAUGUUCCUGAUUUAAAGGUAUUGUUGAGGAAUAUCAGUUGCCAUAUUAUGACAUGGUGCCAAGUGACCCAUCGUUUGAGGAUAUGAGAGAGGUGGUGUGCAUCAAAUGCUUACGGCCUACAGUGUCAAACAGAUGGAACAGUGACGAGGUAAGUACCAGACAAUUUGAUAAUGCUGUUUUUAAAGAACCCAUAAAGACUCUAAUAAAUGGGCAUCAUACCUUAGGAUUUACACAAGGUAGACCUGGUAGAUGUGGUUGUAGUUACUUAAUAUCAUUGGUUCUGCCUUAUGAGAACCUGGCACAAAAUCUCGUCCAACUCUGUUUAAGCUCUUGGUUAAUUGACGGUCACAGCCAUGAUGUUCACAACUAACACUUGCCUUUCUUUUUUUUUCCCCUGUAUCCGCAGUGCUUGAGAGCAGUCCUAAAACUAAUGGCAGAAUGUUGGGCUCAAAAUCCAGCAUCACGUCUCACAGCUUUGAGGAUCAAGAAGACUCUUGCAAAGAUGGUAGAGUCCCAGGACGUCAAAAUUUGACACCGGAUGGCUGGGACCAACAGAGUCAGGACUCUGAGACUAGAGGGAGUGCAAAAGGAGGGUAGCUGAGGCUUCCAGCCUACCUCCCCAACGCAUUUUGCAGGCUGCUAAAUGGGCUUGUUUCAGUACAGUCUAGAUUAUUGUGCUGAGGCCCUGUGCGUACUCAAGAACAGAUUUACGUUUUUAUUUUAUAUUAACACUUUGCGCUGACAUAUAUGGUCCUGGUGAAUGAGUACUGAAAUGCAUGUUCAGAAUAUUUUGCUUUCUAUGAAAGCAGCACUCAAGAUAAAGGCUUUUUAAAAUCCCAUUUUACCCUGGUGAGAAUUGGAGACGUCCAUGAGUAAUUAGCUGGGCUUCGCAGUGGAAUUCAUCCAGAAUCGGAACAAGUCGAAUUUGCCUUUUCUCUCACCUGUAUGCAGGAGAACUUUGGGUUCCGUUGUGCCAGAAUUCAUUAUUUGCCUUUUUGCCACCAAUUAUUUUAUUUUUUUUGAAAAUCAUGGUGAUUUUUUUUUUUUUUAAAUCUAGCCAUCGAAAAUGCAAAAUAUGUAAUCUGUGGUUAAGUUUGCAUAUUUCCACGUAAUAGACAGCAUUCUCUUUUUUUUGUAAUAGACAUUUUACAGCGACAGUAUCCAGAUGUAGACACAGACUUCAGCUUGUGAACAGUGGGAAAUGUUCCAGCGCACAGGUUCCAGCACAAGUUGUCAGUGUUGACUGCUUGUAUUUACAGUGGUUAUUUUAUAUCUUUUUUUUAUUUUUCCAUGAAGUCCUACCGUUAAAGAAAAAAAUUAAACUCAAAAUGUCUCCGAGCUACUCUCAUUUGAGUUUUAAAACCGCUCUGUAUUUAUAGCCAAGUGUGUAAUAGUUAUUACAAGUUGGUGCCGUGUUCCCACAGAUGUAUGCUUCCUGGUUCUGUGUGUACUUGUACAACAAUAAUAUGUUUAGUGUAAACCUGUGUGUGCAGUUCUAAAGAAGCUGUGUAAUGACCCUGUAUGUCAAUAUGUAAGCUCAUACAUUGCACACAGGAAGCCAUUGUAAAUCUAACACUGUUGGUGACAUUGGGGAGACAUGGCCCUCUAGGCACCACAUAGGCUAUUUCAGAGGUUCCCAACCCAGUCCGCAAGUGCCCCCUACCAGUCCAGGAUUUAGGAGAUUACCCUGUUGUGUCUAAAGUGGGCUUUUUUUUCCCCCUUCUAAAAACACCAUUGUCACAACUGGUAAUCCCUUAAUCCUGGACUGGGUUGGAAACCACUGGUCUAUUUAAAAGAGCAGCAUGUUAAAAUUUAAAUCCAUUUUUUAUUUUGGCCAAUUCAUGAAUUGUCAUGUUGGUAACUGAUACAGCCUCUACUCUCUGUGUGUCAUCAAACUUUUGAGUUAUCAUUGUGACCAAACCGGAGUCCUUUAAAAAUUGAUAGUAUCUUUUAAUCUGCUAGUAUUACUCUGUUACGAAAUUCAUAUCAUCAAUGUGCUGUGACUCCGAGUCGGAUGUGCUGCUUGCAAUGUCUUCCUGGGUUACAUCCCUGUAAAAUCCAUUCUAGUGGCUGAAUGAGCUUUGAGAGAGGUUGCCUAAAUACCUGAGUCUUUGUCCAACUCUGACUUAAAGUAAAAAGACCAAUAAUUAAUUGACACAGAGAUGGUUCAACUUUGACAUUUGAUGAGGUUGAUACCCGUACUAAUGAAUGUGUUGCCUCCUUUUCUAUUUAAUUUUUUUCGUUUUUUGUUUUCUGCACUGUGCCCAAUAUGUUAAACUCGAAGCACAUGAAAUCCUAACCAUUACAAUCUGUAUUAAAAUUUACAAUUUUAGAUUCACACUACUUUGUGGUUUCACCCACACUUUAGUAUUGCCAAAAUGAAAAUCUGAUCUGGGAGCCUUUUGUAACAUUGCUUUGUCUAUGCCAAGUUUAUUUCAUUUGUGUAUAUAUAUUUUUUAUUUUAUUUUUUGGUUUACUAAAAGGGUUGGAAUAAAUCCGGAAUUCUCAUUAAAUGGGGCGCCAACCCAUCACCUUUUUUAACCUAAUGUUCUUUUUUUAAAACCGUCCUUUUGCCAAAUGUAAUUAAACUGUCAAGAAAGACAGACUGGGUAGUGGAGACUGUGUGUUGCAAGCCUUAUUUGUAUAAUUCCCUUUUAAACAAUUGCUACUAAGGUAAAUAUAAACCGUGACGGAAAAUAAAUAAAAGGGAUAUUAAUUAGGUAUGCAUUCAGCUAAGUUGCUUAAACAGGAAAGCGUUUGCGUACGAGCCUUCAUGAAGUUAAUUGCAAAGCCUGCAGACAAUGUGUUUUGAUAUAGAAUAAAGUUACGUUUAAUUUUGAAAUAAACCACUUUCCUGCAUUAAAAAGCUCCAGUUGAGCUGACAUAGAAGGCUUCAAACUCGUCUUUUAAAAUUUAGUAGAACGGAAAUUUCAAUUAUCCAGUUCACUCAUACUUGUGCUUUCAGAUUAAUUUGGUGGUAAUUCUACUAAUCAAACUUGUAUUGUGGCUGACUUGGAUAUCAAUUUAAGGAAGGGAAAAAAUAAUUCAAGUGACAGACAUCUGAAUGUGCUUUGUUUCAACAGACAAUUAAAUUUGGCCUUUAAACCCAAUUUUAAAUCCACGGUCAGAAAGUUAAUGUAGGCGGUAUUUCAGAAGAUAAGUCAAUGCUGUUUUUUCUAAUUACACUUUUUCUCCUGCAGUCCUAAAUCAAUAGACCCAUCAGGGUUAUUCGUUAAUGUUAGAACUGUCAGGAAUUCACAUCUAAGGCCAGAGUAUCCGAACUGGAAGCUGAGCUGUCAUGGAGGAUAUUUCCAAUAAGGCUACUCUUGCCUUAAAUUUGAAAUUCACUUUGAACUUUUAGCAUCCUGGAAUGUGCUGAGCGGCUUUCAAAGCACAGGAAAUAGUCUGUACAUUUGAUAUCGGCAUUGCUAGCACUUUGUAAAGAUGACAUUUUAGGCCACCCAGAAUCAUGUUUGGUAUGACCACAGUAAAUACACAUUAACUUAUUGGGGAGAUUUAAUAAGUUCACAUCAAUUGUUUUUCUGUUUGGAAUAAUAAUUGUAUUGUUGGCCUUUAAAGACCUAAUACAACUUCACUUUGUAAACAUUUUAAGGGACUCUCCAGUGCCAGAAAAACAAACCAUUUUCCUGGCACUGCAGGUCCCCCCCCUCUCCAUCCCACCCCCCAUCCCAAGUUGCUGAAGGGGAUAAAACCUGUAUCCAUGUCCCUUGGUGCUUUGUCAGGGUCCGCCCCCACUCCUCCCCCGCCAUCAUCCGGUGGGGGGAGACCUAUUGAGCAUGCGCGGCCAAAGGCGGGGGAGACCCACGUGCAUUAGACUUCCCCAUAGGAAAGCAUUGAAAAAUGCUCUCAAUGCUUUCCUAUGGGGAUUUCCGUGACGCUGGAGGUCCUCACAUAGCGUGAGGACGUCCAGCGACGUUGUAGCACACUUUUCAUGUGCUAUAAACACGGAAGUGCCCUCUAGUGGCUGUCUAGUGGACAGCCACUAGAGGAGGAGUUAACCCUGCAAGGUAAAUAUUGCAGUUUAUGAAAACUGCAAUAAUUACACUUGCAGGGUUAAGGGUAGUGGGAGUUGGCACCGAGACCACUCCAAUAGGCAGAAAUGGUCUGGGUGCCUGGAGUGUCCCUUUAAGAUUGUCUUCAAAAACCCAGCUUGAAACAUGCUUUUCCAUGGUUACAUUUGAUGAAAUUUGUUUCCUUGGUUCUACAUCAGUUUUCAAGGAACGUCACGUAAUCAGGAAAACCGCUCUUAACCUCAAAGCUGUUCUUUUAAGAGCAAAUGUUUCUCUGUGUUUACAAAGGAAAUAGGUUGUUGAUCCAGUGUAACCUUACCGUACUCAUCUUACAAAAUCCUCUAUUAGUUUUAAUUACAAUCUGUUCUAACAUUCUAUAACGGAAAAGGGCUGUGUACAUGCAUUCAAUAAUUGUUUCUUAAAUUGGGAUUAAUUGCAAUUAUUGUGGAGCAUAAUUGCUCAGCUGUGGAGACCGCCCCAAUCCCCACCUUCUUAUGUCUCCUCCAAUAUUUACACCCCUUUCAAAAGAACAGGGAAGUGCUUCAAUCCAGUUCCUGUUUGUUCUGAUUGGCCAGUAAAACUCCUUAUACAGAUAAUGCCAUCCUCUGCUAAAAUGUGUUCCUUAGUAGACAUCCCUUACACCGUAACCACUCCAAUGAGCUAUAGUCUUCAGCUGUCUGUCUCUAUGAGCAGUAAUAUAACCCUUACUCACCCAGUGCCUUCAGAUAGUCUAUUUUAUGUUUUCUGCAAAUCUGCAUGAAUCUUUACACCCCACCUUGUGGUGAACUCAGUGACUGCAACUAGUAAAGGCUGCAGUGUGUAACUACAGUAAGCUUAAGUGGUUAUGGUGUGGAGUGUCCCAUUAACCUCAAUAUACAGAUAUAGUGCCACCUCAUAAAUAUCUAAACUCAAGGAGCAUCGAGAAUAUAGAUUGCCAAAAAGGGAACAUUAGCAUUCAAUUAUAGUACCCUAUUGCUAUUUCAAUAUAUUAAAUCCUGUUUUUAUUGGUAUAUUUUAAAUAUGUUCCUGUUUUUUUGUCUCUGAAUGUAGUACUUUCUGAUUUGUCAUGUUAACGUGUGUGAAAUCCAAUAAUGUAUUAUUCUUGAACACAUAAGGGGACAGUUUUAUUUAGAAAAAGAAAACACCUUAAACACAACAGGGUGAUCCUUAAAUCCUGGCCCGGUAGGGGUUACUUGAGGUAUUAGAGCAUUCUUCCAUUGGUAUUACACAUAACAAGUUGGACAUGAGCCUUUACAGAUCAGUAGUUUUCAACCAGUAGCAUGGUUCAAGCCACCUCUGUGUGCCAUGAUCACAUUCAGUGCUGUAAAAGAGUGGAUGCAGUCUUAAAAAUUGGUUGUAAGUAGAAUUAGGAUUUCCAUCUGGCUCCUAAAAGGAAACGGUCACUUUUAUGGAAUCUACACCAUUGAUUAAAAUAUUAAAAAUCAAGGAAUUCACUUUUUCCCCUUCAUUAAAUGCUCUUUUCUUUUUACAAUGAUUGACAGGCAGCUAAGAUGGAGGCGCCCAGUUACAGGAUAAAGAGGGGCAGAUUUCUGUUUUUAAUCUUAUUUUUCACAUCACACAAAUAUCAUUUGAUUAAAUAUAGGUAUAAAGAGACAUAAUAUCAAAUAUCCUGGGACGUUACACGUUCCCUUUAAAACGAGUAAGUCCGUUUCACCAAAAGUAAAAAUCUCUCGAAUAAGGCUUUAAGAAAAUGUGACAUUUUAGAAGCUGCUAAAGUUAAAAGAAGAAAAAUAAGUAGGUGUGCCUUGGGAGAUUGCUUUUUAAUGCAGUGUCUCAGGUUGGGAACCUGCGAUGUAGACAGUAGAAGAUUAAAAGCCAAUGUUUCAGAGAGAAUAGGCUUUAUAAAGCUAUUCCUUAAAAACCCUUCAAGGAUUACAGAUCUUCGUACAUGAAAACAAACAUACAUUUCAAAUCUGUAGAAGUAAAUUCUAUUCGUAUAAUGACUUUUUGUUUGAUCCAAAGUCCCUCCUUGGGGUUCUAUAUUGUAAAGCAGGAAUGCCCACACUAAUCCCUUGUAGAAUUUUAGGAUUUUUCUAACAGCAUGUAAUUAAUAAGCAGUUGUCUGGCGCUAAUCAGGAUAUUAAGCUUUAUCUCUUGAAAUGCCACGGUCCAGGAGAGCUUUGCUAAAAUAGUCUUCUUCUAAAGUACAUUUUGCCCCUUCUUUGUAAUGACCUAAACAAUCUGCUGUAUAAGCCAAAUACUUUUUUAUUUUUAAGAGAACACGUCAUUAUGGAUGUUGUAGCUUAAUACUGUCUACUUAGAAAAGCAUUUUACAUUCAUGAUCACAAAUUAUUUAAAUACCCACUGGCAUUAAAAUAUACCCUUGGGAUGAACCUAAUAGUCUAGCCUUGCCCCAUGCAAUGUAGUAGUGUUGUCAGGAGUCCUCUGAUGUGGUCUGAGAGAAGCAUUUUGCCAUCGCUCAAUACCAGGUUGCUCCUGGCAUGCUGAAGUGCUUAUGGUGCUUAGAGUAUCCCUUUAAAAGAUAUUACCAGAUGUCUAGCUACAUGAAAACUGUAGCACUGAGGUUAAAUACUUACUAAGCAUCUGUGGUUUGGUGUCAUCUGCAACUGUAGCUCUGAUUGACACAUUUGAUUAACCCCUCUGUUGAGAUGACAGAAGUAUUUUUUUUUUAGCACUGAGUUGGAGACUUUAUAAUAAACCUAUAUCUAAUGAAAGCUCAUUUAAUAUAUGUCCCCUAAUAAUAGACUUGUUUUGACUGCAUAUUAGGAAACCUUAAUUAUGUUCUAUAAGGUAAGAAUCUAAUAAUCUAACCACGUAUUACGGUCCAACUUUAUUCAUAGUACAUACCCAACAAGGAGCCCCUCUCAGAAAUCUGUGUUAUCUAAAAACACGUUUUGGCACAUGUAAACAGCGUUUUAUAAAAUUCAGAACUGCUUCACAAGUGAGCGAAAAAAACAGAAUCAUAUGUAUACGGUGGUCUAAAACAACAACAAUGAAAAUGGCUUCACAUGUUUUCAAAGUUGACCAUUUCUGGUCAAUUCUCCUAAAUUCCUAAUUAACCUAUAAUAAACCAUGUGUCACCAAUCUAUAAUAACUACAGAAGACUAUUUUUUAACUUAACUUUUUUCCCCGCCAUUAGCUACUAUAUUAAAUUCUUUUUAUUACACAAAUUCAAAUGUCAACCAAUAUACAUCUCAUGAAACUAUUCAAGGGACAAAACAAACAAGCAACCCGCCACUUAUUUGCAGAAUAGUCAUUAUUAGAACUUGUUCCAGGCUGUUUGAGGUCUUUAAUUAAGAAACGUUUAAAGUUAAAAUAUCACCCAAUAAUUUGCAGACUUUGUAAUAAAAGUGCUUUAUAACAGAAAUUCUAUUAAAACUGACCCGUUUUAAUAAUGAACUGAGCGUGUUGCCCUGCCGGAGUGGGGUCUUUAAGACUGAUUGCUAAUUAACGGUCCGUCUGUGAUGCAACAAUGUCUGACCUAAAUUGUCUUGUAUAAUGUAUACAACAAAAUAACUUGUAGUUAAUGUAGUUUAAUUGUAAAUAGCAAAGAGAAUGCUAAAAUAAGCAGUAUGAUUAUACAAUUGUCAUAUAUAUAUGCCAGACAUGUAGAAUAUUGCCUUUUAAAAAUGUAACAUUAAAUGUAUUUUGUACAGCAUCUGGUUUUAAAAGGUGCCUUAUAUUAAGUUUACCAUAAAUUGCUUUGUUCUGUACACAAGACUAUGUCCAAUGUAUCAUUUCUAAGUAAAAUAAGCUUAUUUUAGUAAAUUAUUGUUGUGUCCGUUUUUAAUCUGCUUUUCCUGUGUAUUGCAGCCAACUUGACAAUGGAAGGAGCUUAAAUGAACACAAAUCUCACUGUGCAGUAGAUAUACACCCAGUGAGUAUAUGCAUUACUAUUUCAUGCAUAUAUUAAAUGGGGGUAGUUCUUAUUAACUACAGCCUCGGCAAGC